AUCUGCACGUGCCCAGCCCGUGUCUGGCAAAGGCCUGCGAGUUUGGCGCUGUGUGUAUGGUGAAGAACGACAAGCCCGUAUGUGAGUGCACCGAAGCCUGCAUCCAGACACCUGACCCAGUGUGCGGCAGUGACGGCCACAGCUACGGCAGCCAGUGUGAGAUGAGGGCCAUGGGCUGCGCCCUGCAGAGGGAGAUCCACAUCCAGCACCGAGGACCCUGCAGUGAGUACCGGACUAUACUGUAGUAUACUGUAGUACACUAUAUAUGUAUACUGUACAUCCCUGACCAUGUGACCUGACCAGGAAAACAGGAAUAACUCUGGGCCCUAGGGUAUAAGGUCAUAUCAUGUGGUCAGGGAAAAACUUCUGGUCUUAAAAUGAUACUUUGGGAUUUUGGCAAUGAGGCCCUUUAUCUACUUCCCCAGAAAUCUAUGUUUGAAGGAAGUUGCUAACUAGCGCUAGCGCAAUUGCUAACUAACGUUAGUGCAAUGACUGGAAGUCUAUGGGUAUCUGCUAACAUGCUAGCAUUAGUUAGUUAGCAUUGGCUUGAGAAACUACCUCUAACUUCCUUCACACUGGAUACAGAGACAAAAAAAUUAAAAUAGAUUGCAUUUUCAACAAGAAAGGUCUAAAAUAGGGAAAUUGCAGGCUUGUGCCGGGCUAGAGGAGCGCUGAAAAGGGAAGGAAGGAUGAGAGGAGACAAGGAUAAGAGUGGAUAGGUGAGAGGGACUCUGGGGACUUAGAUAAAUGGCCUCUGCCAAAAUUCCGAAGUAUCCCUUUAACUGUAGCAUAAUAUAAUAUGGUAUUAUAGUAUGAACUACUAUGGUCAUUUAACUUACAGUGAACACAUAUUUAGUGCAUGUGGCCCUUGUGUGCAUCAAACCUUUUGCGGUUGCAUGCACCAUAGUCCAGCAAACCAACCACCAAACCAAUUUACACACGUUCUUUAAUGCCACUGUACUCUGAGUACGUCAUCCCUCUCACCUCUCCAAUCUUAUCCUCGUCUCCUCUCAUCCUCCAUUCUCUUUUCAGCGCUCCCCCAGCCCAGUACAAGCUUGCAAUUUCCCUACUUUUUACCUUUCUUGUUGAAGAUGCAAUCUACUUCCAAUGAGAGAGGGAACAGCCAUGCUCCUCCUGUUUAAUUGGUGACUGAGUCAUGAGUCUUUGUCUGCUCUCAAGAACCGGGGUAAAAAUAUCCCGGCUUCCGCAGGCACCCCUUUCAUUGCCUGUUUUCUUUUUCUUCCCAAAAGCCUGGUUAAUCCACUUGAUGAAGCCAUUUUAGCUAGACUUAUUAAUGGCAUCUCUAGUGCUCAUUUUCCCAUAAAAGAGUAAUUGAUGAUGACGAUGAUUAACAUUUUCCUUUUACCAACAAACCGUUUGCUCCUGUGCCUUCCGUUCCAUGUCCUUUCCUUGCUCUUAGUUAUCAGCCAGAGUUCACACUGCAGCUUUAGUUUGAAUGAGAUGUUCUCUUAUUGUAAAUGUGGGCUACGCCAUAGGCCUGUAUCUCUAUAGUAAGGAACAUGAAAGCACAGAUCAGACGUGAACAAAUGAAAAUAAAUAUUUACGUCUCUUCACUUAUCUGUUCUCUUAUUGGCUACUUAGCAAAGUUGAUGCAUGUUGCCUGCUAGCCAUUUGGUCCUAAACAGGUAAUAGCUUUUGAUUUGAUUUGAUUAUGAUCCCCAUUAGCUGAUGCAAAUGGCGACAGCUAGUCUUACUGGGGUCCGUCACAUAAAGAAAAAUACAUUACAGACAAAAUACUUUACAAUUUGCAUACAUUUAAAAACAUUAACAUGUAGUGCGUGCGUGCGUGCGUCUAUCAGUUACACAUACAGUAGCAGUAAAAGUUUGGACACACCUACUCAUUCCAGGGUUUUAGAAUAAUAGUGAAGACAUCAAAACUAUGAAAUAACACAUAUGGAAUCAUAUAGUAACCAAAAAAGUGUUAAACAAUUCUUCAAAGUAGCCACCCUUUGCCUUGAUGACAGCUUUUCACACUCUUGGCAUUCUCUCAACGAGCUUCAUGAGGUAGUUUUGGGUCAUUGUCCUUUUGAAAAAUUAAUCAUAGUCUAACUAAGCGCAAACCAAAUGGAAUGGCGUAUUGCUGCAGAAUGCUGUGGUAGCCAUGCUGGUUAAGUGUGCCUUGAAUUCUAAAUAAAUCAUUGUCAGUGUCACCAGCAAAGCACCCCCACACAUCACACCUCCUGCUCCAUGCUUCAUGGUAGGAACCACACAUGCAGAGAUCAUCCAUUCACCUACUCUGCAUCCCACAAGGACACGGCGGUUGGAACCAAAAAUCUCACAUUUGGACUCAUCAGACCAAAAUAACAGAUUUCCACCGGUCUAAUGUCCAUUGCUCGUGUUUCUUGGCCCAAACAAGUCUCUUGUUCUUAUUGGUGUCCUUUAGUAGUGGUUUCUUUGCAGCAAUUCGACCAUGAAGGCCUGAUUCAUGCAGUCUCCUCUGAACAGUUGAUGUUGAGAUAUGUCUGUUACUUGAACUCUGUGAAGCAUUUAUUUGGGCUGCAAUCUGAGGUGCAGUUAAUUGCCGAUUUCUGAGGCUGGUAACUCUAAUGAACUUAUCCUCUGCAGCAGAGGUAACUCUGGGUCUUCCUUUCCUGUGGUUGUCCUCAUGAGAGCCAGUUUCAUCAUAGCCCUUGAUGGUUUUUGCGACUGCACUUGAAGAAACUUUAAAAGUUCUUGGAAUUUUCAGGAUUGACUUACCUUCAUGUCUUAAAGUAAUAAUGGACUGUCGUUUCUCUUUGCUUAUUUGAGCUGUUCUUGCCAUAAUAUGGACUUGGUCUUUUACCAAAUAGGGCUGUCUUCUGUAUACCACCCCUACCUUGUCACAACACAACUGAUUGGCUCAAACGCAUUAAGAAGGAAAGAAAUUCCACAAAUUAACUUUUAAGAAGGCACACCCGUUAAUUGAAAUGCAUUCCAGGUGACUACCUCAUGAAGCUGGUUGAGAGAAUGCCAAGAGUGUGCAAAGCUGUCAUCAAGGCAAAAGGUGGCUACUUAUCUCAAUUAUAAAAUAUAUUUUGAUUUGUUGAACACUUUUUUGGUUACUACGUGAUUCCAUAUGUGUUAUUUCAUAGUUUUGAUGUCUUCACUAUUAUUCUACAAUGUAGAAAAUAGUAAAAAAUAAAGAAAAACCCUGGAAUGAGUAGGUGUGUCCAAACUUUUGACUGGUACUGUACAUGUCAGUACAUACACACAAAAAGUAGGCCACCUGGGGGAGAGGCGCUGUGCAGUGAGGUGUUGCUUUAUGUGUUUUUUGAAACCAGGUUUGCUGUUCAUUUGUGCUAUAUAAGAUGGGAGUUCCAUGCAAUCAUGGCUCUGUAUAAUACUGUACGUUUUCUUUCAUUUGUUCUGGACCUGGGGACUGUGAAAAGACCCCUGGUGGCAUGUUUGGUGGGGUAAGUGUGUGUCAGUGCUGUGUGUAAGUUGACUAUGCAAACAAUUUGGAAUUUCCAACACAUUAAUGUUUCUUAUAAAAACAAGAAGUGAUGCAGUCUGUCUUUCCUCAACUCUUAGCCAAGAGAGACUGGCAUGCAUAGUAUUGAUAUUAGCCCUCUGAUUAUAAUGAAGAGCAAAAUGUGCUGCUCUGUUCUGGGCCAGCUGCAGUUUAACUAGGUCCUUUUUUGCAGUAAUUGACCAUAUGACUGGACAAUAAUCAAGAUAAGAUAAAACUAGAGCCUGCAGGACUUGCUUUGUGGAGUGUGGUGUCAAAAAAGCAGAGCAUCUCUUUAUCACGGACAGACCUCUCCCCAUCUUUAUAACCAUUAAAUCAAUACAGUGGGGAGAACAAGUAUUUGAUACACUGCCGAUUUUGCAGGUUUUCCUACUUACAAAGCAUGUAGAGGUCUGUAAUUUUUAUCAUAGGUACACUUCAACUGUGAGAGACGGAAUCUAAAACAAAAAUCCAGAAAAUCACAUUGUAUGAAUUUUAAGUAAUUAAUUUGCAUUUUAUUGUAUGACAUAAGUAUUUGAUCACCUACCAACCAGUAAGAAUUCCGGCUCUCGCAGACCUGUUAGUUUUUCUUUAAGAAGCCCUCCUGUUCUCCACUCAUUACCUGUAUUAACUGCACCUGUUUGAACUCGUUACCUGUAUAAAAGACACCAGUACACACACUCAAUCAAACAGACUCCAACCUCUCCACAAUGUCCAAGACCAGAGAGCUGUGUAAGGACAUCAGGGGAAAAAUUGUAGACCUGCACAAGGCUGGGAUGGGCUACAGGACAAUAGGCAAGCAGCUUGGUGAGAAGGCAACAACUGUUGGUGCAAUUAUUAGAAAAUGGAAGAAGUUCAAGAUGACGGUCAAUCACCCUCGGUCUGGGGCUCCAUGCAAGAUCUCACCUCGUGGGGCAUCAAUGAUCAUGAGGAAGGUGAGGGAUCAGCCCAGAACUAAUCGGCAGGACCUGGUCAAUGACCUGAAGAGAGCUGGGAUCACAGUCUCAAAGAAAAUCAUUAGUAACACACUACGCCGUCAUGGAUUAAAAUCCUGCAGCGCACGCAAGGUCUCCCUGCUCAAGCCAGCGCAUGUCCAGGCCCGUCUGAAGUUUGCCAAUGACCAUCUGGAUGAUCCAGAGGAGGAAUGGGAGAAGGUCAUGUGGUCUGAUGAGACAAAAAUAGAGCUUUUUGGUCUAAACUCCACUCGCCGUGUUUGGAGGAAGAAGAAGGAUGAGUACAACCCCAAGAACACCAUCCCAACCGUGAAGCAUGGAGGUGGAAACCUCAUUCUUUGGGGAUGCUUUUCUGUAAAGGGGACAGGACGACUGCACCGUAUUGAGGGGAGGAUGGGUGGGGCCAUGUAUCGCGAGAUCUUGGCCAACAACCUCCUUCCCUCAGUAAGAGCAUUGAAGAUGGGUCGUGGCUCGGUCUUCCAGCAUGACAACGACCCGAAACACACAGCCAGGGCAACUAAGGAGUGGCUCCGUAAGAAGCAUCUCAAGGUCCUGGAGUGGCCUAGCCAGUCUCCAGACCUGAACCCAAUAGAAAAUCUUUGGAGGGAGCUGAAAGUCCGUAUUGCCCAGCGACAGCCCCGAAACCUGAAGGAUCUGGAGAAGGUCUGUAUGGAGCAGUGGGCCAAAAUCCCUGCUGCAGUGUGUGCAAACCUGGUCAAGACCUACAUGAAAUGUAUGAUCUCUGUAAUUGCAAACAAAUAUUUCUGUACCAAAUAUUAAGUUCUGCUUUUCUGAUGUAUCAAAUACUUAUGUCAUGCAAUAAAAUGCAAAUUAAUUACUUAAAAAUCAUACAAUGUGAUUUUUUGGAUUUUUGUUUUAGAUUCCAUCUCUCACAGUUGAAGUGUACCUAUGAUAAAAAAUUACAGACCUCUACAUGCUUUGUAAGUAGGAAAACCUGCAAAAUCGGCAGUGUAUCAAAUACUUGUUCUCCCCACUGUAUGUUUUGACCAUGACAUUUUACAAUCUAAGGUAACACAACGUAAUUUAGUCUCCUCAACUUGCUCAACGGCCACACCAUUCAUUACCAGAUUCAGCUGAGGUCUAGAACUUACGGAAUGAUUUGUACCAAAUGCAAUGCUCUUAGUUUUAGAGAUGUUCCAGACCAGUUUGUAACUGGCUACCCAUUCUAAAACUGACUGCAACUCUUUGUUUAGAGUUAGAGUGAUUUCACUAGCUGUGGUUGCUGACGCAAAUAGGGUUAAAGCAUCAGCAUACAUGGACACACAAGCUUUGUUUAAUGCCAGUGGCAGGUCAUUGGUCAAAAUAGAAAAGAGUAGAGGGCCAAGACAGCUGCCCUACGGUACACCACACUUUAUAUGUUUAAUAUUAGAGAAACGUCCAUUAAAGAAAACCCUCUGUGUUCUAUGAGAUAGAUAGCUCUGAAUACACAAUAAGGCAGAGGUUGAAAAGCCAUAACACAUUUUUUUGUUUUUCAACAAUAGGUUAUGGUUAAUAAUAUCAAAGGCUGCACUGAAAUCUAACAGUACAUCUCCCACAAUAUUCAUAUGAUCCAUUUCUUUAAACCAAUCAUCAGUCAUUUGUGUCAGUGCAGUACAUGUUGAGUGCCCUUCUCUACAAGCAUGCUGAAAGUGUGUUGUUAAUUUGUUUACAGAGAAUUAGCAUUGUAUUUGGUCAAACACAACUUUUUCCAACUGUUUGCUAAGAGCUGGCAGCAAGCUGAUAGGUCGGCUGUUAGAACCAGUAAAGGCUGCUUUACCAUUCUUGGGUAGCAGAAUUUCAUAAAUUCAUCAAGUGAUGCGUCUGGAUGCUCCAUAUUAAUCACAUCAGACCAACAAAUGUUUUUAACAUCAUCCACAUAAGUCACAGCAAAAUCUUUUGUAUGAUCUCUGAUACACUAUUUUAGGCCCAGCUUUUGGAACCGUUACUUACCUGGAUAUAGAUCACUGCAUCCAAUGGGUACGGAAACAGUUUCAGAACACAGUUCUACAGUAUUAGUAAAAAUGAAGAUCAAUACUAUAUGAUAUAUACUGAACAAAAAUAUAAACACAACAUGCAACAAUUUCAACGAUUUUACUGAGUUACAGUUCAUAUAAGGAAAUCAGUCAAUUGAAAUAAAUGCAUUAGGUCCUAAUCUAUGGAUUUCACAUGACUGGGUAGGUGCACAGUCAUGGGUGGGCCUGGGAGGGCAGAGGCCCACCCACAUGGGAGCCAGGCCCACCCACUAGGUAGCCAGGCCCAGCCAAUCAGAAUGAGAUUUUCCCCACAAAAGGGCUUUAUUACAGACAUAAAUACUCCUCAGUUUCAUCAGCUGUCUGGGUGGCUGGUCUCAGGUGAAGAAGCCGGAUGUGGAGGUCCUGGGCUGGCGUGGUUACACGUGGUCUGCGGUUGUGAGGCCCGUUCGACAUACUGCCAAAUUCUCUAAAAUGACAGUGGAGGCGGCUUAUGGUAGAGAAAUGAACAUUCAAUUCUCUGGCAACAGCUCUGGUGGACAUCCCUGCAGUCAGCAUGCCAAUUGCACGUUCCCUCAAAACUUUAGACAUCUGUGGUAUUGUGUUGUGUGACAAAACUGCAUAUUUUAGGGUGGCCUUUUAUUGUCCCCAGAACAAGGUGCACCUGUAUAAUGGUCAUGCUGUUUAAUGAGCUUCUUGAUAUGCCACACCUGUCAUGGAUGGAUUAUCUUGGCAAAGGAGAAAUGCUCACUAACAAGGAUGUAAACAAAUUUGUGCACAACAUUUGAGAGAAAUAAGCUUUAUGUGAGUAUGGAACAUUUCUGGGAUCUUUUAUUUCAGCUCAUUAAACAUGGGACCGGCACUUUACAUGUGCGUUUAUAUUUUUGUUCAGUGUAUUUUUGUUCAGUAUAGUUCCUGUUGUGUUUGUAAACACCCUGGUAGGUUGAUUAACAACCUGAACCAGAUUACAGGCACUGGUUACAGUGAGAAGCUUCCUCUUGAGCAGACAACUUGAUGAAAACCAGUCAAUAUUCAGGUCCCUAAGAAAGUAAACCUCUCUGUUUACAUCAUAUACACUAUCAAGCAUUUAACACAUUAUCUAGAUACUGACUGUUAGCUUGGUGGCCUAUAGCAACACCCUAAAUUAAUAGGCUUUAGAUGAGGCAGGUGAACCUGCAACCACAACACUUCAAUAACACUUGACAUGAGAGCUUCUCUAAGCAUUACAUUGAAAUGGCUCUGAAUAUAUAGCUCAACCCCUCUCCCAUAGGCAUUCCUGUCUCUUCUGUCGAUAUUAUAUCCAUGUAUUGCUACUGCUGUAUCAUCAAAAUAACUAUUUAAGUGAGUCUCAGAAAUGGCUAAUAUAUGAAUGUUAUCUAAUGUUAGCAAGUUAAUGAUUUCAUGAACCUUAUUUCUAAGGGGGAAAAAAGUAUUUAGUCAGCCACCAAUUGUGCAAGUUCUUCCACUUAAAAAGAUGAGAGAGGCCUGUAAUUUUCAUCAUAGGUACACGUCAACUAUGACAGACAAAUUGAGAAGAAAAAAAUCCAGAAAAUCACAUUGUAGAAUUUUUAAUGAAUUUAUUUGCAAAUUAUGGUGGAAAAUAAGUAUUUGGUCACCUACAAACAAGCAAUAUUUCUGGCUCUCACAGACCUAUAACUUCUUCUUUAAGAGGCUCCUCUGUCCUCCACUCGUUACCUGUAUUAAUGGCACCUGUUUGAACCUGCAGAGAGCUGGGACCAAAGUAACAAAGCCUACCAUCAGUAACACACUACGCCGCGAGGGACUCAAAUCCUGCAGUGCCAGACGUGUCCCCCUGCUUAAGCCAGUACAUGUCCAGGCCCGUCUGAAGUUUGCUAGAGUGCAUUUGGAUGAUCCAGAAGAGGAUUGGGAGAAUGUCAUAUGGUCAGAUGAAACCAAAAUAGAACUUUUUGGUAAUAACUCAACUCGUCGUGUUUGGAGGACAAAGAAUGCUGAGUUGCAUCCAAAGAACACCAUACCUACUGUGAAGCAUGGGGGUGGAAACAUCAUGCUUUGGGGCUGUUUUUCUGCAAAGGGACCAGGACGACUGAUCCGUGUAAAGGAAAGAAUGAAUGGGGCCAUGUAUCUUGAGAUUUUGAGUGUAAACCUCCUUCCGUCAGCAAGGGCAUUGAAGAUGAAACGUGGCUGGGUCUUUCAGCAUGACAAUGAUCCCAAACACACCGCCCGGGCAAUGAAGGAGUGGCUUCGUAAGAAGCAUUUCAAGAUCCUGGAGUGGCCUAGCCAGUCUCCAGAUCUCAACCCCAUAGAAAAUCUUUGGAGGGUGUUGAAAGUCCGUCUUGCCCAGCGACAGCCCCAAAACAUCACUGCUCUAGAGGAGAUCUGCAUGGAGGAAUGGGCCAAAAUACCAGCAACAGUGUGUGAAAACCUUGUGAAGACUUACAGAAAACGUUUGACCUGUGUCAUUGCCAACAAAGGGUAUACAACAAAGUAUUGAGAAACUUUUGUUAUUGACCAAAUACUUAUUUUCCACCAUAAUUUGAAAAUAAAUUCAUUAAAAAUCCUACAAUGUGAUUUUCUGGAUAUUUUUUUCUCAUUUUGUCUGUCAUAGUUGACGUGUACCUAUGAUGAAAAUUACAGGCCUCUCUCAUCUUUUUAAGUGGGAGAACUUGCAAAAUUGGUGGCUGACUAAAUACUUUUUUCCCCCACUGUAUAUGAAUAUGGCCAAUUUUUUGCCUUUUCCUGGGUAGCUUAUCAGAGAUGGACAUAAUAUAGAAAAUAAUAAACAACGCAAGAAAAAAAGAACAUUUCAGCAGUCCAUCAAUCAGUUGCUGUGUGUGUGUGCUGCGGUGUUGAAGCUACGAACACACAUGCUUGGCUCUCUCAUCCCUUCCAGGCUUUGGGGAGGGAGGGUGGACAAUGAGCCUGUCAAAGCGGAUAUACGUUCCCACAUGCUCUGGCAGCUUUCAUCGCUGGGAUAAGUUCUUCCCUCUUCUGGCCCACAGCUUCAGGAUAGUACUCGUUGAGGAAGAUGUACAUUCCUCUCAAGUUCUUGGCUCUUUCCAGCUAACUUGUCCUUGAACCUCAGGAACCUGACCACUAUCGGCCUGGGCCUGUCACCUGGGCCGGUGGGGGUUUUCCAGUCCUGUGGGUGUGCUCCACCUCAAUCUUCCUGUGGUCCAUCUUCAGUUUCUCAGUGAUAAUUUCCCUCACUUUGUCCUCAGACUAUGUCCACAUCUCGUGGAGAUUCUGCAAUUCCGUCCACAACAAUGUUGUUCCGCCUUGAUUGUCCCUAGAGAUAAUCUGAUUUAUCCGUCAUUAUCAUGGAUUCACAUACAGAACUGAUGUCCUCUCUCAAUGAUAGAUUGCUGUCAUCUUGCUAUUCUCCUGUUUAAACUCAUCGAGAUGACCCUGGGAGAACUGCAAACUGUUCUUCAGGUCCCGGACCUCUCUGGUCAGAUUGUCCAUUAUUUUAUUAGUUGACUAGACCGGUAUUUGGACCCAACACUUGAAGCUAUUUUCUUGUUAUUGUAACAACUGCUUGUAGAACUAUUUUUGUUCAUUUAAAAGAUCCUUCACCUGUGAUAAAGAGACACCAAUGUCCUCAAUGGUACCAUCGUCUUUGUCAUGGUAGUAACGUAGGCUACCCUGUUACUCCUUGCAGUUCCAGACAGGGCAGAUCGCAGGGCAGAUGGAAACAGCAACAAACAGCAGUGAUUCAAACAGUCACACUUCCGGGACAAUCCGUGGUCUUAUCUGCAAGGGCUGUGGGCUGUUUACAAGCUGCUAAGGAAACCUGGCUAGCUUGAUAGCUAACUAAUGUUAAUUAGAAGCUACUUCUCUGGAGAAAAAUAGACCUACUAUUGUUCCCAGUGAACGUCCUACACCUUAAUGUGAUUUUAUAUUUUGGCAAUUAUUUGAAAAUAAGUCUGUUUAUUCAUAGUUAUUUUACAAAAGAAAGCCUUGAAAAAGAUUCACGUUUCAAUGCAUGCCACCGGAACUUGAACCCUUAUAGAUGUAAUACAAAUAUAGAGUGAUCUAAUCAGUCCCUCCAGGAUUCUGCGAUUGCAACAUUCUUUGCAAAAUCAACAAUUCCCGUAUAUUAUGCUAAGGCUUGCAAAUUUGACCAAUCACUGCACUAUUUCCGCAUAAAACACUAAAAUCAUCGCAACGUUAUCGCAUAAAACUGACUCAUCACCGUAGUACAAAAAGAGGGCUUGCAAUUUCAACCAAUCACGCACAUUUACCGGAUGAUAUGGUUAAAUCAAGUCACACUUCAACAAACCUUUUCACUCGUCAGCGCAUUUAAGCGACAAAUUAGACAAAAUCAUUGCAUAUUGCCAUGCAAAUUGUCCGAAUUGCAGCAGCAAAAUGAAACAGUUUUGCCAGCAAAUAUCACAAAACAUCUCUGCGAAAUCCUGGAGGGACUGUCUAAUAAUAUAGAGUUAUAGAGAUGCCUGAAGCCAUUUAUCAGCCAGUAACACAGACUGCCAAUACCUUAACCACUGUUAGCCACCCUGUAAAGUUACAUCUGCCUCCACCAGCACACAGAGAGGGAUUACUUUUGCCUGGCUCGGCUUAGCACCUUUACGCUAGCUCUACCCCUUAUAGUUUCAACUCGAGUUUCACGUUUAAUCCAUUGCAGAGUUGUUGGCAGGGGGGCCGAUGUGACUCCACUAUUAUUUCCCCUCUCCGUGGCCCACCCAUCUCGGCUGAAACCCUCCCUAUUACAAAUUGAAAUCUCUGCGCAUAAGGAUGAAUUCCAAUGGGAAAUGGAGCAAAAGGAAUGUUUGAGCCGGGCGGGCAAACUCAGUUUGGAGAUGUCGUGCAUGCAGGCAGCGUUAGGAAGACAGGUCUCGUCGUGGCGCCGCCGGAGGGUAAUGAAUAGUCUUUAUUUAAAAAGGCGAGGUAGUAGCGGGCCUCGCCGUGUGUGUAAUACAGCACACACACACAGCAAUAUGGAUGGCAGUGAGUCCACACAGAAACAGGAGUCAGCAGAACAGGGCAAUAAAAGCGCCAGGCAGGCAGGCAGUGCUAGGCGAGGCCUGCUCGAGGAAUGAUGAUGGUGAUCUGGGUUGGUUUAUUCUGUGCUGUUUGCACUGCUUUACACAAGCCUCUUCAAACUCCACUGAGUCAUCUCCUCCCUCCACCUCCACUAUUAUCUGUGUUAAUUAUCACAGCCCAUUCAUAUCACUGGCAUACUGUGUGUGUGUGUGUGUGUGUUGGGGGGGGGGGGGGGGGGGGGAUAGAUAAGUGUGGUUGUGAGUCUUUAAAGGGGAUGGGAAGUGUGUGUGUUUGCUUUUAUCUCACGUGGGUUUGAAUGCAGAGACAACCUGUGUGUGUGUGUGUGUGUGUGAAUGGCCUAUAUGCAUGGUCAUAAUUAUUAUUUUCCUCCCCUCGGGGGGAUUGAAAAAUGGCGCUAGGGGAAAUAGUCAUCUUUACUGUUCAUGUGCAGUCCGAUAGUGAGUGACAUUUUGUAUUAUUCUUUUGUAUUUCCUCCUCCUUAUGUUUGAGUAGCGGAUGACCUUGUGUAUCUGGCUGGCUGGAAGAGGCAGAGACACGCAUGGCUAAAAGACCACAGAAGGAUAUCAGUCGCUCCGAAAGGCACUUUCUAUAUAUAGAUGAGAGGAGAGACGAGAAGUCAUUUAGAACAGAAAAAAACAUCAGGUGUUUUUCACAGUUGCUGCAAACAAUACAUACAGUGGGGAAAAAGUAUUUAGUCAGCCACCAAUUGUGCAAGUUCUCCCACUUAAAAAGAUGAGAGAGGCCUGUAAUUUUCAUCAUAGGUACACGUCAACUAUGACAGACAAAAUGAGAAGAAAAAAAAUCCAGAAAAUCACAUUGUAGGAUUUUUUAUGAAUUUAUUUGCAAAUUAUGGUGGAAAAUAAGUAUUUGGUCAAUAACAAAAGUUUCUCAAUACUUUGUUAUAUACCCUUUGUUGGCAAUGACACAGGUCAAACGUUUUCUGUAAGUCUUCACAGGGUUUUCACACACUGUUGCUGGUAUUUUGGCCCAUUCCUCCAUGCAGAUCUCCUCUAGAGCAGUGAUGUUUUGGGGCUGUCGCUGGGCAACACGGACUUUCAACUCCCUCCAAAGAUUUUCUAUGGGGUUGAGAUCUGGAGACUGGCUAGGCCACUCCAGGACCUUGAAAUGCUUCUUACGAAGCCACUCCUUCAUUGCCCGGGCGGUGUGUUUGGGAUCAUUGUCAUGCUGAAAGACCCAGCCACGUUUCAUCUUCAAUGCCCUUGCUGAUGGAAGAAGGUUUUCACUCAAAAUCUCACGAUACAUGGCCCCAUUCAUUCUUUCCUUUACACGGAUCAGUCGUCCUGGUCCCUUUGCAGAAAAACAGCCCCAAAGCAUGAUGUUUCCACCCCCAUGCUUCACAGUAGGUAUGGUGUUCUUUGGAUGCAACUCAGCAUUCUUUGUCCUCCAAACACGACGAGUUGAGUUUUUACCAAAAAGUUCUAUUUUGGUUUCAUCUGACCAUAUGACAUUCUCCCAAUCCUCUUCUGGAUCAUCCAAAUGCACUCUAGCACACUUCAGACGGGCCUGGACAUGUACUGGCUUAAGCAGGGGGACACGUCUGGCACUGCAGGAUUUGAGUCCCUGGCGACGUUUGUGUUACUGAUGGUAGGCUUUGUUACUUUGGUCCCAGCUCUCUGCAGGUCAUUCACUAGGUUCCCCCCGUGUGGUUCUGGGAUUUUUGCUCACCAUUCUUGUGAUCAUUUUGACCCCACGGGGAGAGAUCUUGCGUGGAGCCCCAGAUCGAGGGAGAUUAUCAGUGGUAUUUUAUGUCUUCCAUUUCCUAAUAAUUGCUCCCACAGUUGAUUUCUUCAAACCAAGCUGCUUACCUAUUGCAGAUUCAGUCUUCCCAGCCUGGUGCAGGUCUACAAUUUUGUUUCUGGUGUCCUUUGACAGCUCUUUGGUCUUGGCCAUAGUGGAGUUUGGAGUGUGACUGUUUGAGGUUGUGGACAGGUGUCUUUUAUACUGAUAACAAGUUCAAACAGGUGCCAUUAAUACAGGUAACGAGUGGAGGACAGAGGAGCCUCUUAAAGAAGAAGUUAUAGGUCUGUGAGAGCCAGAAAUCUUGCUUGUUUGUAGGUGACCAAAUACUUAUUUUCCACCAUAAUUUGCAAAUAAAUUCGUUAAAAAUCCUACAAUUUGAUUUUCUGGAUUUUUUUCCCUCAAUUUGUCUGUCAUAGUUGACGUGUACCUAUGAUGAAAAUUACAGGCCUCUCUCAUCUUCUUAAGUGGGAGAACUUGCACAAUUUGUGGCUGACUAAAUACUUUUUUUCCCCACUGUAGUUUACAAGUUGGCAAAUGUAGGUCAUAUAAUAUGAGAAUAUAAGCAAGCAACAGAGAGGGAGAGACAUGAGAGAAGCGGGAAGGUGGUGCGAGAGAGGGAAAGUUAUAAAAGAGGAGAGGUAAAUAGUGAGGAGGGACAGAGUAAUAGUUAUAGAGCAGUCACUGGGAGGUCGGCUGGGGAGUAUUUUAUCGUCUGGGCCAUUUUCAGAGCCCUUCACUAAACAAACGGCUCUCUUUCUCUUUAUGUUACAGGACAACUCCUCCCUCGAUCCCUCAUUGCAGCUCGAGUCUCUCUGACUAUUAUUACUUGUCUGAGAGUAUGUGUAGCGUUCUGAGGCUAGAGAGGCUCUUUAGCUUUUCUUUUCCUCACCAUCUCUCUCUCUAUCCAUCACUCGAAAUGGCUGUCUCCACAUGGCCACUUUUUACAACCUCCCCUUCCACCGUCAACUCCCCUCCCCCGUCAGACACGUCCCCCCGCCGCGUUAACGCUGUUAGCGCUGUAGUGCUAGCUAUCCAUGCCCUGUGUUUACAGCCAAUAAGGCAGCCCGGUUUGGUCCGGCUAGCUGUACGUGUCCCGGCACCAACGACCGGCCGCACUGGCUGGAACAGAGGGAGCGAGACAGAGCCAGAGGAGGGAGAUGAAGAACGGAGGCCUUUUUCGGGACACGGGCCCUGAUAAAGGACGACACUCACCGUGAAUUAUUACCCCUGGGUCCGGAGCGCCGGUGUCACAGUGAUGCAUUCUCCAUCACCGCCGGCCACCACCUCAGCCACAUUUUAAAAAAUUGCCGCCUGACUUUUUAUUUUAAUCAGGCCCCCAGGCCAGGCUAACCACUGCGAGUGCCUGCGCGACACGGGCUGACUUCCUGACUUUAUUAAUGUGUAAUAAGGUGUAAUUAGCAGGUUAAUAACACAGGGGUGGUUUCCAUCUGAGUGGCCCGGUCUCUCCAUUAGCCAUUAGCGCUAAAUCAGCAGCUGUUAUUACCUAGCCGCUAAUUGAAUGUGAUAACGGAUGUGCGACGCCACGAUGCUAAUGCAAUCCUCCAGGUGUAAAUGGCAAGCGCUGCCCACCCCUCUCCGCGGGGCGAGUCGCAUCUCCGCUCUGGCUCCGUAAUUCACUCAGGCUGCCGCUGAAUCAUUGAUAUCUUCAGCAUGUCGGUACUAUAGGCAAUGCAAGGCAGAGGGUAAAAAACUGAAUGGAAAACAAGCAAAGGAUCAGACUAAAUGGAAACUGGAAAGAGAGGAUUCUUGUCACUAUUCUCAGUCCAGAUCAUCCACUGAAACGUGCAGCUUUGUAAAGUCUGCAGGCCAUCUGGGGCCCUCUCGACAUGACCAGCCUUUCGAAGGGGGUUAGGUAAAAACAUGACAUCAUGGUGACAUCACGGUUGUGGUUCUAUCUGCCCCCCCUCUCUUUUUCUUACUAACUCACUCACUCACUAAACUCACUGACACACAUACUGUACAUACAGUUGAAGUCGGAAGUUUACAGAUACCUAGGUUGGAGUCAUUAAAACUCGUUUUUCAACCACUCCACAAAUGUCUUGUUAACAUACUAUAGUUUUGGCAAGUCGGUUAGGACAUCUACAUUCCAACAAUUGUUUACAGACAGAUUAUUUCACUUAGAAUUCACUGUAUCACAAUUCCAGUGGGUCAGAAGUUUACAUACACUAAGUUGACUGUGCCUUUAAACAGCUUGGAAAAUUCCAGAAAAUGAUGUCAUGGCUUUAGAAGCUUCUGAUAGGCUAAUUUACAUAAUUUGAGUCAAUUGGAGGUGUACCUGUGGAUGUAUUUCAAGGCCUAUCUUCAAACUCAGUGUGUCUUUGCUUGACAUCAUGGGAAAAUCAAAAUAAAUCAGCCAAGACCUCAGAAAAGAAUUGUAGACCUCCACAAGUCUGGUUCAUCCUUGGGAGCAAUUUCCAAACGUCUGAAGGUACCACGUUCAUCUGUACAAACAAUAGUACACAAGUAUAAACACCAUGGGACCACGCAGCCGUCAUACUGCUCAGGAAGGAGACGCGUUCUGUCUCCUAGAGAUGAACAUACUUGUCAUGACUUCCGCCGAGGCUGCCUCCCCUCCUUGUUCGGGCAGGCUUCGGCGUUUGUCGUCACCGGAGUACUAACCACUGCCGUCCCAAUCAUCAUAUCAAUUGUCUUGUCAAUCACACACACAUGGUUCUAUUCGCCUAAUUAGUCCAUGUAUAAGUGUUCUCUCUGCCCCCUUGUCCUUGUGGGUGAUUGUUUGUUGUGGAGGUUAGUAGCUUGAUGGAGCUCUUGUAUUUGGUAUCGACGGGAGUAUUUUUCCUGUGUGCCUUGUAUUUUCCAGUGCACCUGUUUUGUGCCCUGGAGUGUGUUUGACGCAUUUCUAAGUAAACCUGUAUUUUUCGGAUUAAAGCCUGUUUCUGUGAUUUACCCUCCUGCGCCUGACUCCUUCAACACCACCUUAUCACAGUACUUUGGUGCGAAAAGUGCAUAUCAAUCCCAGAACAACAGCAAAGGACCUUGAGAAUAUGCUGGAGGAAACAGGUUCAAAGGUAUCUAUAUCCACAGUAAAACAAGUCCUAUAUCGACAUAACCUGGAAAAAGGGGGUACUUGCAAGCCAAAGAACACCAUCCCAACCGUGAAGCACGGGGGUGGCAGCAUCAUGCUGUGGGGGUGCUUUGCUGCAGGAGGGACUGGUGCACUUCACAAAAUACAUGGCAUUAUGAGGAAGGAAAAUUAUGUGGAUAUAUUGAUGCAACAUCUCAACACAUCAGUCAGGAAGUUAAAGCUUGGUCGCAAAUGGGUCUUCCAAAUGGACAAUGACCCCAAGCAUACUUCCAAAGUGGCAAAAUGGCUUAAGGACAACAAAGUCAAGGUAUUGGAGUGGCCUUCACAAAGCCCUGACCUCAAUCCUAUAGAAAAUGUGUGGGCAGAACUGAAAAAGCGUGUGCGAGCAAGGAGGCCUACAAACCUGACUCAGUUACACCAGCUCUGUCAGGAGAAAUGGGCCAAAAUUCACCCACUUAUUGUGGGAAGCUUGUGGAAGGCUACCCAAAACGUUUGAACCAAGUUAAACAAUUUAAAGGCAAUGCUACCAAAUACUAAUUGAGUGUAUGUAAACUUCUGACCCACUGGGAAUGUGAUUAAAUAAUUAAAAGCUGAAAUAAAUCAUUCUCUCUACUAUUAUUCUGACAUUUCACAUUCUUAAAAUAAAGUGGUGAUCCUAACUGCCCUAAAACAGGGCAUUUUUACUAGGAUUAAAUGUCAGGGAUUGUGAAAAACUGAGUUUAAAUGUAUUUGGCUAAGGUGUAUGUAAAUAUCCGACUUCAACUGUACAUACAUACACACACACACAGACACACACAUUCUCUUUCUCUCCCCCUGUUACCCAUACUGGUCUUAUGUACUCCCUCAGACCCUAACUCUGUCAUACCUGUCUCCCUCCAGACGAGGUGUGUGCCAACUGUUCAUUCGGGGCGAUCUGCGACGGGCAGUCGGGCCGCUGUGUGUGCCCGCAGGAGUGUGUAGAGUCCCACCAACCGGUGUGCGGCAGCGACGGCUCCACCUACGACAGCGAGUGUGAGCUCAAUGUGCGCGCCUGUACCAAGCAGCUUGACCUGCGUGUGCUUGCCCAGGGAGAAUGCAGUGAGUAAUGCUACCACCAAGUGUGUUCCUACCAGCAGUGUGGUUGUACAAAUUUACUAUAUAUAAACGCAACAUGCAACCAUUUCAAAGAUUUUAUUGAGUUACAGUUCAUAUAAGGAAAUCAGUCAAUUGAAAUAAAUUAAUUAGGCCCUAAUCUAUGGAUUUCACAUGACUGGGAAUACAGAAAUGCAUCUGUUGGUCACAGAUCAAUUUUUUGUAAAAGUAGGGUUGUGGAUCAGAAAACCAGUCAGUAUCUGGUGUGACCACCAUUUGCCUCAUGCAGCGCGACACAUCUCCUUCGCAUAGAGUUGAUUAGGCUGUUGAUUGUGGCCUGUGAAAUGUUGUCCCACUCCUCUUUAAUAGCUGUGCAAAGUUGCUGGAUAUUGGCGGGAACUGGAAAACGCUGUCGUACACGUCAAUCCAGAGCAUCUCAAACAUGCUCAAUGGGUGACAUGUCUGGUGAGUUUGCAGGCCAUGGAAAACGGGGACAUUUUCAGCUUCCAGGAAUUGUGUACAGAUCCUUGCGACAUGGGGUUGUGCAUUAUCAAGCUGAAACAUGAGGUGAUGGCGGUGGAUGAAUGGCAUGACAAUGGGCGGUAUCUCUGCAUUCAAAUUGCGAUCGAUAAAAUGCAAUUGUGUUCGUUGUCCGUAGCUUAUGCCUGCCCAUACCAUAACCCCACUGCCACCAUGGGGCACUCUGUUCAAGACGUUUACAUCAGCAAACUGCUCGCACACACAACACCAUACACGUGGUCUGUGGUUGUGAGGCCGAUUGGACAUACUGCCAAAUUCUCUAAAACGACUUCGGAGGCGGCUUAUGGUAGAAAAAUUAACAUUCAAUUCUCUGGCAACAGCUCUGGUGGACAAUACCGUAGUCAGCAUGCCAAUUGCACGCGCCCUCAAAACUUGAGACAUCUAUGGCAUUGGGUUGUGUGACAAAACCACAUUUUAGAAUGGCCUUUUAUUGUCCCCAGCACUAGGAGCACCUGUAUAAUGAUCAUCCUGUUUAAUCAGGUUCUUGAUAUGCCACACUGGUCAGGCGGAUGGAUUAUCUUGGCAAAGGAGAAAUGCGUGACCAAAACUUUACAUGUUGCGUUUAUAUUUUUGUUCAGUGACUAUGUCUUAUUAAAGUAAUGUAAUUGUAUCUCUGUUGUAUUUUAGCAAGCAUAUUCCUUGUUCAUGAUUCCACUGCAUAGUCACUGACAACCCUGUGUGUGUGCGUUCGUCUGUUUGUGUGUGUGUUUGUAUGUGCAUUUACAGAGACGUGCGGCAGCGCUGUCUGUGCCUGGGGGGCCCGCUGCAUCCAGAACAAGUGCGAGUGCACGCAGUGCCAGGGCCAGGCUUUAUCGCCUGUGUGUGGCAGCGACGGCGUCACCUACGACAACACUUGCGAGCUGGGCUUGGCAUCCUGCGUCCUCAAGAAGAAGAUUGAGGUGGCCAAGCCCAGCAGCUGCGACGAAGGUAGGAAUUAUGAAAUUAUGAAAACUGUUUUUAAUAAUAUUUUCUUUCCAUUGACUUCUGUCAUUGUCCACUUUGUUUUGGGAGCUACAGUGGGGAGAACAAGUAUUUGAUACACUGCCGAUUUUGCAGGUUUUCCUACUUACAAAGCAUGUAGAGGUCUGUCAUUUUUAUCAUAGGUACACUUCAACUGUGAGAGACGGAAUCUUAAAACAAAAAUCCAGAAAAUCACAUUGUAUGAUUUUUAAGUAAUUAAUUUGCAUUUUAUUGCAUGACAUAAGUAUUUGAUACAUCAGAAAAGCAGAACUUAAUAUUUGAUACAGAAACCUUUGUUUGCAAUUACAGAGAUCAUACGUUUCCUGUAGGUCUUGACCAGGUUUGCACACACUGCAGCAGGGAUUUUGGCCCACUCCUCCAUACAGACCUUCUCCAGAUCCUUCAGGUUUCGGGGCUGUCGCUGGGCAAUACAGACUUUCAGCUCCCUCCAAAGAUUUUCUAUUGGGUUCAGGUCUGGAGACUGGCUAGGCCACUCCAGGACCUUGAGAUGCUUCUUAUGGAGCCACUCCUUAGUUGCCCUGGCUGUGUGUUUCGGGUCGUUGUCAUGCUGGAAGACCCAGCCACGACCCAUCUUCAAUGUUCUUACUGAGGGAAGGAGGUUGUUGGCCAAGAUCUUGUGAUACAUGGCCCCAUCCAUCCUCCCCUCAAUACGGUGCAGUCGUCCUGUCUUCUUUGCAGAAAAGCAUCCCCAAAGAAUGAUGUUCCCACCUCCAUGCUUCACGGUUGGGAUGGUGUUCUUGGGGUUGUACUCAUCCUUCUUCUUCCUCCAAACACGGCGAGUGGAGUUUAGACCAAAAAGCUAUAUUUUUGUCUCAUCAGACCACAUGACCUUCUUCCAUUCCUCCUCUGGAUCAUCCAGAUGGUCAUUGGCAAACUUCAGACGGGCCUGGACUUGCGCUGGCUUGAGCAGGGGGACCUUGCGUGCGCUGCAGGAUUUUAAUCCAUGACGCUGUAGUGUGUUACUAAUGGUUUUCUUUGAGACUGUGGUCCCAGCUCUCUUCAGGUCAUUGACCAGGUCCUGCUGUGUAGUUCUGGGCUGAUCCCUCACCUUCCUCAUGAUCAUUGAUGCCCCACGAGGUGAGAUCUUGCAUGGAGCCCCAGACCGAAGGUGAUUGAUCGUCAUCUUGAACUUCUUCCAUUUUCUAAUAAUUGCGCUAACAGUUGUUGCCUUCUCACCAAGCUGCUUGCCUAUUGUCCUGUAGCCCAUCCCAGCCUUGUGCAGGUCUACAAUUUUAUCCCUGAUGUCCUUACACAGCUCUCUGGUCUUGGCCAUUGUGGAGAGGUUGGAGUCUGUUUGAUUGAGUGUGUGGACAGGUGUAUUUUAUGCAGGUAACGAGUUCAAACAGGUGCAGUUAAUACAGGUAAUGAGUGGAGAACAGGAGGGCUUCUUAAAGAAAAACUAACAGGUCUGUGAGAGCCGGAAUUCUUACUGGUUGGUAGGUGAUCAAAUACUUAUGUCAUGCAAUAAAAUGCAAAUUAAUUACUUAAAAAUCAUACAAUGUGAUUUUCUGGAUUGUUUUAGAUUCUGUCUCUCACAGUUGAAGUGUACCUAUGAUACAAAUUACAGACCUCUACAUGCUUUGUAAGUAGGAAAAGUGUAUCAAAUACUUGUUCUCCCCACUGUACUGUUGAUAGCUGGUGAUGUUGAUCAAUCCCUAUUGAUACUGUAAGUAUCUCCCAUCGUCAGGGAAAGAUAAACUUGUGGUCACUACUAAUCGUGAAGAGAAAAUCUCAACUUUGAGACAGAGUGCUUUUUUAUACAUGACUUGCUUCACAAGUGGCAGCCUAGUUCACAACGUAAACCCUUUGUGGAGCUGCUCUCCUCUGUCCUACUGGCACAGUUCCAGAGCUUCUACUCCUCUCCUCUGUGUGACAAUCAGCCCUCUCUCUUGGUUUCUUUGUCACCGUACGGUUGUCAUGCAGACAACGUCACCGAUAGUCCCUUGUGGCCAGACGUAGUCACCGUCACCGAGACUAUCAUCGUUUGAGGAGGUGUGAACACAGAGCAGGUUUCACCUGCCAGAAAUUAUGAGAGAGAUGGAGAAGGGGGAAAUAGACGGGGAAAAUGGAGAGGUGGAUAGGGGGGAUGGUUUAUAGGGGGAAAAUGGAGAGAUGGUGAGUUGGAAAGAGGGGGAGAGAGAGAUAUAGGGAUGGAGGGGUAGAGAAAUAGCGAGAUGGAGAGACUGAGAGAUGGACAGAGGGAGGAAGGGGGUAAAUGGGUGAGAGUAGUCUGUCCUGGGAUUUGUUCUCUCUCUCACUGAGCCGUUGUCUACUCUACUGUUUACGGCCAGCUCUGCUCGCCAGCUCUUAACUCCCAGCUGGUCGUGGUCGAUUUAACAUAAUCUCAUAGACUGAGUCAAGUAACCUUUUGUAUGUGUAGCAGAAAGAAAUGUGCCAUGAUACACACACACUGCACAUAUAAUACACACACACAAAUAAACUGUUCCCCAUAUCAUCAUUUUACUCACACACAGCACCUAUAGUAUAUACACACACUCAGACACAUACACACACACACACACUGUGCCCCAUAUCAUCAUUAUAUGCACACGCAGCACCUAUAGUAUAUACACACACUCAGACAAAUACAGUGCCUUGCACUGUACAUAGUUAUGCACGCUCAAGUUUUCAGUUUUUUUGUCUUAUUUCUUAUCUGUUUAACAAUAAAAAUAUAUUUUGCAUCUUCAAAGUGGUAGGCAUGUUGUGUAAAUCAAAUGGUACAAACCCCCCAAAAAUCCAUUUUAAUUCCAAGUUGUAAGGCAACAGAAUUGGAGAAUACUUUCGCAAGCCACUGUACACACACACAUUGUGCCCCAUAUCGUUGUUCCACGCCUUGUCACCAUUCCUCUUGCCCCUCUAAUAGAUAACUAACCCACAACCCCCCUUUCAACUAGAAGCCAGGGCUUUGUUCAUGGGGUAGUUCUAGUAGUAGCUUAGUACUGGUAGAAUUCUCCAACUCCGGCAAAUUGAACAAGUGAUUUAUUUGUUUAUUUAGACCCAACUUAAAAAACAUAUUCAUUAGUCACGAGGAGAAAUGGAAGUGUUUUCUCACUCUUUUAUUUAGUGGUAAUGAAAAAUGACAGUGUUCCCACCAUUGGCUGUACAGGGAGAAUUUAUCACCUGUUUAAUUUCACACUCUGGUAGGCCCGGGCUCAGCUUCUUUGUUGACACUGACAAAGUGGCGGGUGAGCAUAGUGUAUCACCUUGGGGCCCAGGACGGUUUUAAUUGAAUACACAUUUACUAAACAGGAUUAUGGGUGAGGAUAUCACACGGUGAUGCACAGGCGAUGAACUAUGCACCCCCGAAUACGGAGGGAGAGAGAGAGAGGGAGGGAGAGAGAGAUGUGGAAAAGAGCUCAUCAAAAGCAGAUCAGGGGCUUUUUCCUCCUUCGCAGCCAUCCAUCCAUAACCAGCGCUUGCAUCUAUCUCGCUAAGAAACUUUCUCUCUUUCUCUCACUCUCUUCUCCCUGUCACUCCAUUCUUCUUUAUGUAGCGGGGGUUUAUUUGGACUAACGCGCUGUCACAUCCUUCAACAGCAGUCUGUCUGAAGGGCUGACAAAUGGUGUGAAAACAAACAAAAGUCUGGAGCAACAAGCCACCAGCGUGUCUGGGCCGACCAAGGCCACACUGUUUUCGAUCCCCCCUAAUACACUUCAAAACACACACACAGACGUAUGCAGUAGUGAUGGGGGGAAAAUCUAUAUAGUUACAUACAGUUGUGGAAAAAGUACCCAAUUGUCAUACUUGAGUAAAAGUAAAGAUACCUUAAUAGAAAAUGACUCAAGUAAAAGUGGAAGUCACCUAGUAAAAUCCUACUUGAGUAUAAGUCUAAAAGUAUUUGGUUUCAAAUACACGUAAGUAUCAAAAGUAAAUGUAACUGCUAAAAUAUACUUAAGUAUCAAAAGUAAAAGUAUAAAUUAUAAAAAAUUCCUUAUAUUAAGCAAACCAGACAGCACAAUUUUUUAUUUAUUUUUAUUUUUUACGGAUAGCCAGGGGCACGCUCCAACACUCAGACAUCAUUUACAAACGAAGCAUGGGUUUAGUGAGUCCGCUAGAUCAGAGGAAGUAGGGAUGACCAGGGAUGUUCUCUUGAUAAGUGUGUGAAUUAGACCAUUUUCCUGUCCUGCUAAGCAUUCAAAAUGCAACUAGUACUUUUGUGUGUCAGGGAAAAUGUAUGGAGUAAAAAGUACAUCAUUUUCUUUAGGAGUGUAGUAAAGUAAAAGUUGUCAAAAAUAUAGAUAGUAAAGUACAGAUACCCCAAAAAACUACUUAAGUAGUACUUUCAAGAAUUUUUACUUAAGUACUUUACACCACUGGUUACAUAUGGGGAUAUUACUUUUGACAAUAUAUUGUAUAGUUUUGACAAUAUCGCAAUAUUAUUUUUGCGCUCGUUGGCUGUAACUGCACCAAAACUCCAGUAUUUUUCCUUUGUAGCUUGUUCUCCAUCUUCUUUUUAAAUAGGGAGACAAUUUUCCAGCACUUUUAUUUCCAUGACUGAUCAAAACUCGUUUUCUUAUGGCUCUCUUGUCCUUCUGCAGCAGACAUGGUGAGCAAUAUGUUUGGAACAUUGAAUCGCAAUAAAAAUCACAGUAUCGAAUCGCAAUACAUGUAGAAUUGUGAGAAUUGCAAUACAUAUCGUAUCGGCACCUAAAUAUCAUGAUAAUAUUGUAUUGUGAGGUCCCUGGCAAUUCCCAGCCCUAGUACGGAGACGUGCAAACACGCGCACACAAAGGGGACUUGUGACAGAUGACAAAUGGUCAUGUUGAAAUUCACACAGGUCAUGAUAUUGGUACAGUGUUUUUUUACAGACAGGAGUGUGUCCUGGUCCUGAUAUUGAUAGUAUUGAGGUGACUCGGGCCAUGUUCUUCCGAAGUUCACACCCCUUUCUCUACUUUACCUCCCAUAAUCCACCUUUAUAUCCUCUCUACUUCUUCCCUCCCUCUAGUCAUCACCUCAUCUUAUUAGUAAAUCACACAUUGCUUCCUCUAUUGCUUCUACCGUUUUUAUUUGCUCAGACAAUUCCCAGCCCUUCUUUAAAAUAGAGCAAGAAAAAAUGGUUUAUUAUUUUAUUUUCUCCUCUCUCCAGAGUCUCCACCGUACUGUAUUUGCUCAUCUUAAUGGAGAUCCCUUGGCUAAACGGAUUCUGGUUAUGACAUGAUUGAGUAAAAGGAGCAGGCAGACAUGGGUGCUGGGAGAAUAGCUGAUGCAGACAUCUUCCCUGCUAAUUAAAAGGUUCAUAGGCAGUGCGGGUGACAGCCACAUCAAAGACCAACAGCUAAUUGGUGCCCCCCUCCUUCGCUUAACUCCCUCCCUCUCUUAACUUGUAUUUAUUCAAUUUCUUAGGUUUUAUUUUAAACUUUAGAAGACUCACAAAAUGGCCUCUCAUAUAUUGGUAUCAAAUCCAUUUCACAAUCCUUUUUUAUCAUCUCCAUUUAUCAUAAUCAACACAGUCACAAUGAUAGCGAAUCCUAACAAUUGGAUUCGGUUUCAAUUGUUUUGUACGGUCUUGGGCAUAAAAAAAAAAGAGAAGGAGACAGUCUUUGUUUUGAGUUUGAUGUGUACCCUCCUUGAUACCCCUGGCCUCUGGAGUUCCUCCAUUGUUCACUGUGUGUGUGGGGCUAAUAAAGUGAAUGCCCUUCCACUGUAUCGACCCCUCGAGCAUGUCAGAGCCCAUUGCUGAUGACCCAUAUCAGGCCGAGGGGACGGACUGCUGCUCCUCUUGUCCCUGCACCGCCCGUUACAGUGUGACCUGCCCCAUAAUCCACUUAAGAAAAUGGGUUAUGCUAAGUGGCACUUCCACGACUACACCAUUGAUUUACCCAUUAGGGCCAGUGGAGGCCUUGCUACAGCACCCCGUCAAUACAGAUGGGAGUGAGUCGAACGGUCGAAAGAAGCAUUUGGGCUUCCUAGUACUGUACAUCUUGUUUUAAAUGUUGUACAAUAUUGCAUUAUAACUGGUCUGGAGAAUAUCAAAAGGAUAACUUGCAUCAUAGAUGCAGGCCCCCUGUAGCUCAGUUGGUAGAGCAUGGCGCUUGCAACGCCAGGGUUGUGGGUUCGUUCGAGUCUUUCUGGGUAAACCUCUAAGAGCUUUCCACACCUGGAUUGUACAACAUUUGCCCAUUUUAUUAUUUUCAAAAUUAUUUAAGCUCUGUCAAAUUGGUUGUUGAUCAUUGCUAGACCAUUUUUCAGGUCUUGCCAUACAUUUUCAAGUAGAUUUAAGUCAAAACUGUAACUCGGCCACUCAGGAACAUUCACUGUCUUCUUUGUAAGCAACUCCAGUGUAGAUUUGGACUUGUGUUUUAGGUUAUUGUCCUGCUGAAAGGUGAAUUCAUCUCCCAGUGUAUGGUGGAAAGCAGACUGAUCCAGGUUUUCCUCUAGGAUUUUGCCUGUGAUUAGCUCCAUUCCAUUUGUGUUUUAUCUUUAAAAAACUCCCCAGUAUUUAACGAUUACAAGGAUACCCAUAACAUGAUGCAGCCACCACUAUGCUUGAAAAUAUGGAGAGUGGUACUCAGUAAUGUGUUGUAUUGGAUUUGCCCCAAACGUAACACUUUGUAUUCAGGACAAAAAGUGAAUUGCUUUGCCACAUGUUUUGCAGUAUUACUUUAGUGCCUUUUUAAAAACAGGAUUCAUGUUUUGGAAUAUGUUUUUGUUUGUACAGGUUUCCUUCUUUUCACUCUGCCAAUUAGAUUAUUAUUGUGGAGUAACAACAAUGUUGUUUUCUCCUAUAAUAGCCAUUCAACUCUGUAACUGUUUUAAAGUCACCAUUGGCCUCAUGGUGAAAUCCCUGAGCAGUUUCCUUCCUCUCCGGCAACUGAGUUAGGAAGGACACCUGUGUCUUUGUAGUGACUGGGUGUAUUGAUAAACCAUCCAAAGUGUAAUUAAUAACUUCACCAUGCUCAAAGGGCUGGCUUUUCAAUGUUUCUAUUUUUUAUACCCAUCUGCCAAUAGGUGACCUUCUAUGCGAGGCAUUGGAAAACCUCCCUGGUCUUUGUGGUUGAAUCUGUGUUUGAAAUUCACUGCUCGACUGAGGGACCUUACAGAUAAUUGUAUGUGUGGGGUACAGAGAUGAGGCAGUCAUUCAAAAAUCAUGUUAAACACUAUUAUUGCACACAGUGAGUCCCUGCAAUGUAUUAUGUGACUUGAUAAGCACAUUUUAUCUAAUUUAGGCUUGCCAUAACAAAGGGGUUGAAUACUUAAUGACUCAAGACAUUUCAGCUUUUCAUGUUUAGUUUAUUUGAAAAACAUAAUUCCACUGUAGGCCAGUGACACAGAAUCUCAAUUUAAUCCAUUUUAAAUUCAGGCUAUAACACAACAAAAUGUGGAAAAAGUCAAGGUGUGUGAAUACUUUCUGAAGGCACUGUAUAUUCUUUCUAUGGAAUAUCUAUUCCAAUAUAUUUGUUCAAUGUUUCAGCUUUCUAAGUCUCCGAUCUUUGGAAAUAAUUCAGGCUCGUUGUUUGUCCUUGUUACCGCUCUCUGAAGUGCCAUUAAAAAUAAAUAAAAAAUGUUACAAGGACAGCUCUUUAAAAAGGCCUUUUUGAUCCAGUGAAGUUUACUGUUUUACAGUAAAUCGAAAGUUUACAUUCCACAGUCACCAAUACAAAAAGCAUCUGAAUUACUUUUAGCGGAAGUCUGGAGAAAAGUCUGUUAUUUUUCGGUUUUUAAACAACUUAUUGACCGACAUCGGUUCAAUUAUUUGAAUUACAUUUCGUUCUUUUUUUGUCUGUGAGCUCAAUGUGCACAUUGCACUGCAGUUUCUCUAGAGAUAAAUCAGAUCAUAUGCAAGAACAAGAGGGGAUACAUAGAGCAGUUUCUUUGAGGUAUCUCUACCUGAAAAUACAUGAUCUAAGUGAUUUAAUAGUUUUAUUCAGCAGUCAUAAAAGUAUGCCUUAUUUAUUUUGAAAAACUACUAAAAUAGUGAUUUUGUCAGACAGCAUAGGCAGCAGCUCUAUAGAGAUGAGAUGAUGACUUGGAAUGAAAUAAUGUCAUUAAAUAAAACAAAUGUAAAAUACACAAGAACGAAACUAUUUUAUUAAAGUAGUGUGAAUAACUAAUGGUUUAGUAAGUGAUAAGCAGUCAUGGGCACUCACUACCAUCAUGGGACUUUUAUUUUAAAAAUGUUAUGUUUUGUUAGGGCAUUCAACCCACAUAAUGCAUAGUCCAUUAAAUGUAAAAAAAUAUAUACACUGCUCAAAAAAAUAAAGGGAACACUUAAACAACACAUCCUAGAUCUGAAUGAAUGAAAUAAUCUUAAUAAAUACUUUUUUCUUUACAUAGUUGAAUGUGCUGACAACAAAAUCACACAACAAUUAUCAAUGGAUAAAAUGUAUCAACCCAUGGAGGUCUGGAUUUGGAGUCACCCUCAAAAUUAAAGUGGAAAACAACACUACAGGCUGAUCCAACUUUGAUGUAAUGUCAUUAGAACGAGUCAAAAUGAGGCUCAGUAGUGUGUGUGGCCUCCACGUGCCUGUAUGACCUCCCUACAACGCCUGGGCAUGCUCCUGAUGAGGUGGCAGAUGGUCUCCUGAGGGAUCUCCUCCCAGACCUGGACUAAAGCAUCCGCCAACUCCUGGACAGUCUGUGGUGCAACGUGGCGUUGGUGGAUGGAGCGAGACAUGAUGUCCCAGAUGUGCUCAAUUGGAUUCAGGUCUGGGGAACGGGCGGGCCAGUCCAUAGCAUCAAUGCCUUCCUCUUGCAGGAACUGCUGACACACUCCAGCCACAUGAGGUCUAGCAUUGUCUUGCUUUAGGAGGAACCCAGGGCCAACCGCACCAGCAUAUGGUCUCACAAGGGGUCUGAGGAUCUCAUCGCGGUACCUAAUGGCAGUCAGGCUACCUCUGGCGAGCACAUGGAGGGCUGUGCGGCCCCCCAAAGAAAUGCCACCCCACACCAUGACUGACCCACCGCCAAACCGGUCAUGCUGGAGGAUGUUGCAGGCAGCAGAACGCUCUCCACGGCGUCUCCAGACUCUGUCACGUCUGUCACAUGUGCUCAGUGUGAACCUGCUUUCAUCUGUGAAGAGCACAGGGCGCCAGUUGCGAAUUUGCCAAUCUUGGUGUUCUCUGGCAAAUGCCAAACGUCCUGCACGGUGUUGGGCUGUAAGCACAACCCCCACCUGUGGACGUCGGGCCCUCAUACAACCCUCAUGGAGUCUGUUUCUGACCGUUUGAGCAGACACAUGCACAUUUGUGGCCUGCUGGAGGUCAUUUUGCAGGGCUCUGGCAGUGCUCCUCCUGCUCCUCCUUGCACAAAGGCAGAGGUAGCGGUCCUGCUGCUGGGUUGUUGCCCUCCUACGGCCUCCUCCACGUCUCCUGAUGUACUGGCCUGUCUCCUGGCAGCGCCUCCAUGCUCUGGACACUACGCUGACAGACACAGCAAACCUUCUUGCCACAGCUCGCAUUGAUGUGCCAUCCUGGAUGAGCUGCACUACCUGAGCCACUUGUGUGGGUUGUAGACUCCGUCUCAUGCUACCACUAGAGUGAAAGCACCACCAGCAUUCAAAAGUGACCAAAACAUCAGCCAGGAAGUAUAGGAACUGAGAAGUGGUUUGUGGUCACCACCUGCAGAACCACUUCUUUAUUGGGGGUGUCAUGCUAAUUGCCUAUAAUUUCCACCUGUUGUCUAUUCCAUUUGCACAACAGCAUGUGAAAUUUAUUGUCAAUCUGUGUUGCUUCCUAAGUGGACAGUUUGAUUUCACAGAAGUGUGAUUGACUUGGAGUUACAUUGUGUUGUUUAAGUGUUCCCUUAAUUUUUUUGAGCAGUGUAUAUAUACAGUGAGGGAAAAAAGUAUUUGAUCCCCUGCUGAUUUUGUACGUUUGCCCACUGACAAAGACAUGAUCAGUCUAUAAUUUUAAUGUUAGUUUUAUUUGAACAGUGAGAGACAGAAUAACAACAAAAAAAUCCAGAAAAACGCAUGUCAAAAAUGUUAUAAAUUGAUUUGCAUUUUAAUGAGGGAAAUAAGUAUUUGACCCCUCUGCAAAACAUGACUGAGUACUUGGUGGCAAAACCCUUGUUGGCAAUCAUAGAGGUCAGACGUUUCUUGUAGUUGGCCACCAGGUUUGCACACAUCUCAGGAGGGAUUUUGUACCACUCCUCUUUGCAGAUCUUCUCCAAGUCAUUAAGGUUUCGAGGCGGAUGUUUGGCAACUCAAACCUUCAGUUCCCUCCACAGAUUUUCUAUGGAAUUAAGGUCUGGAGACUGGCUAGGCCACUCCAGGACCUUAAUGUGCUUCUUCUUGAGCCACUCCUUUGUUGCCUUGGCCGUGUGUUUUGGGUCAUUGUCAUGCUGGAAUACCCAUCCACGACACAUUUUCAAUAUCCUGGCUGAGGGAAGGAGGUUCUCACCCAAGAUUUGACAGUACAUGGCCCCGUCCAUCGUCCCUUUGAUGUGGUGAAGUUGUCCUGUCCCCUUAGCAGAAAAACAACCCCAAAGCAUAAUGUUUCCACCUCCAUGUUUGACGGUGGGGAUGGUGUUCUUGGGGUCAUAGGCAGCAUUCCUCCUCCUCCAAACACGACGAGUUGAGUUGAUGCCAAAGAGCUUGAUUUUGGUCUCAUCUGACCACAACACUUUCACCCAGUUCUCCUCUGAAUCAUUCAGAUGUUCAUUGGCAAACUUCAGACGGGCCUGUAUACGUGCUUUCUUGAGCAGGGGGACCUUGCAGGCGCUGCAGGACUUCAGUCCUUCACGGCGUAGUGUGUUACCAAUUGUUUUCUUGGUGACUAUGGUCCCAGCUGCCUUGAGAUCAUUGACAAGAUCCUCCCGUGUAGUUCUGGGCUGGUUCAUAACUGAUCUCAUGAUCAUUGCAACUCCACGAGGUGAGAUCUUGCAUGGAGCCCCAGGCCGAGGGAGAUUGACAGUUAUUUUGUGUUUCUUCCAUUUGUGAAUAAUCGCACCAACUGUUGUCACCUUCUCACCAAGCUGUUUGGCGAUGGUCUUGUAGCCCAUUCCAGCCUUGUGUAGGUCUAAUAUCUUGUCCCUAACAUCCUUGGAGAGCUCUUUGGUCUUGGCCAUGGUGGAGAGUUUGGAAUCUGAUUGAUUGAUUGCUUCUGUGGACAGGUGUCUUUUAUACAGGUAACAAACUGAGAUUAGGAGCACUCCCUUUAAGAGUGUGCUCCUAAUCUCAGCUCGUUACCUGUAUAAAAGACACCUGGGAGCCAGAAAUCUUUCUGAUUGAGAGGGGUCAAAUACUUAUUUCCCUCAUUAAAAUGCAAAUCAAUUUAUAACAUUUUUGACAUGCGUUUUUCUGGAUUUUUUUGGUUGUUAUUCUGUCACUCACUGUUCAAAUAAACCUACCAUUAAAAUUAUAGACUGAUCAUUUCUUUGUCAGUGGGCAAACGUACAAAAUCAGCAGGGGAUCAAAUACUUUUUUCCCUCACUGUAUAUGAAACUAAAAAAAAAAUAAAAAAAUUAUAAUUGAAUCGAAACAGAACCGACCUCAAAAAGCACUAAUCGUUCAGCACUACUGGAGUGGAUUGAUAAUUGGAUCUUACAGAACACUGUGCAAUUAGUGGCUUCCUCAUAUCAGGAAAUCUGUGUCCAUGAAACAGGCUCUUGCAUUGAUUCCCCCUCGCAGGGAGGCAAGUGGUAAUAUUUUCCUCCUCCCUCUAUCUUCAGCUUUAAUUGAAAUGUAAAGGAUGCCUCACUGGUGGCAAUGUUGUGCCUAAUUUAUUUUGUCAAUCGCAGGUCCUCUCCAUGGUUGGUCAUUAUAUUGUACUUCAAGCAGCGCCUUUGGUUCAAUCUCAGUGCCAACGUGAAGGAAAUUCCAAUAUCCAAAGGUGGCGUGCUCUGAAUAUAUAAACACUCUGCCAAGAACUCAGCUUUAACUUUUUUUGGGGGGGGAUGACAAAGAUGGAAGGCAUUUUUACUGCUGUAUGAAAAGGUUAGGGUUUCUUUAAAUGUGUAUUUGUGCUGGGCUGUUAAUAACUAUUUAAAUGUUUUCUCUGUAUGUGUGUGGUCUUUGCAGAGUGUGGUUCAGGAGGGUCGGCCUCAGGUGUUGAGAGCUGCGAACAGGACAGGUGUCGUACGUUUGGAGGCUCGUGGGACGAGGACACAGAGGAUGACCGCUGUGUCUGUGACUUCGACUGCAAUCGCGUGCCUCGCAACCUGGUAAGCCUUAACCUCCUGGUUAGCCUUCCCAACAACAACCAUGUAUGUGGUUUUACUUAAAUAGUGGUGGUUUUCAUUUCAAGCAAGCCUAUGUAAUUCCUAGGUAAUGAAUGCAUGACAUCUGACAUUUACAUUCUGUCAAUAUCAGUGCAAUUUAAUUUUCAUAUUGAGAUUGAACUUCAUGCAAUGUUGCGUGGUUUGAAAAUUAACGAUGUACAGUGCCUUGCAAAAGUAUUCAUCCCUCUUGGAGUUUUUCCUAUUUUGUUGCAUUAUAACCUGUAAUUUAAAUGGAUUUUUAUUUGGAUAUCAUGUAAUGGACAUACACAAAAUUGUUCAAAUUGGUGAAGUGAAAUUAAAAAAAUAACUUGUUUCAAAAAAUUCUAAAAAAUAAAUAAGGGAAAAGUGGUGCGUGCAUAUGUAUUCACCCCCUUUGCUAUGAAGCCCCUAAAUAAGAUAUGGUGCAACCAAUUACCUUCAGAAGUCACAUAAUUAGUUAAAUAAAGACCACCUGUGUGCAAUCUAAGUGUCACAUGAUCUCUGUAUAUAUAAACCUGUUCUGAAAGGCCCCAGAGUCGGCAACACCACUAAGCAAGGGGCACCACCAAGCAAGCGGCACCAUGAAGACCAAGGAGCUCUCCAAACAGGUCAGGGACAAAGUUGUGGAGAAGUACAGAUCAGGGUUGGGUUAUAAAAAAAUAUCUCUGUAUAUAUACACCUGUGCUGAAAGGCCCCAGAGUAUGCAACAUCACUAAGCAAGGGGCACCACCAAACAUCCCACGGAGCACCAUUUCAAUCCAUUAUUAAAAAAUGGAAAGAAUAUGGCACCACAACAAACCUGCCAAGAGAGGGCCACCCACCAAAACUCACAGACCAGGCAAGGAGGGCAUUAAUCAGAGAGGCAACAAAGAGACCAAAGAUAACCCUGAAGGAGCUGCAAAGCUCCACAGCGGAGAUUGGAGUAUCCGUCCAUAGGACCACUUUAAGCCGUACACUCUACAGAGCUGGGCUUUACGGAAGAGUGGCCAGAAAAAAGCCAUUGCUUAAAGAAAGAAAUAAGCAAACACAUUUGGUGUUCGCCAAAAGGCAUGUGGGAGACUCCCCAAACAUAUGGAAGAAGGUACUCUGGUCAGUUGAGACUAAAAUUGAGGUUUUUGGCCAUCAAGGAAAAUGUUAUGUCUGGCGCAAACCCAACACCUCUCAUCACCCCGAGAACACCAUCCCCACAGUGAAGCCCGGUGGUGGCAGCAUCAAGCUGUGGGGAUGUUUUUCAUCGGCAGGGACUGGGAAACUGGUCAGAAUUGAAGGAAUGAUGGAUGGCGCUAAAUACAGGGAAAUUCUUGAGGGAAACCUGUUUGUCUUCAAGAGAUUUGAGACUGGGAUGGAGGUUCACCUUCCAGUAGGACAAUGACCCUAAGCACACUGCUAAAGCAACACUCGAGUGAUUUAAGGGGAAACAUCUAAAUGUCUUGUAAUGGCCUAGUCAAAGCCCAGACCUCAAUCCAAUUGAGAGUCUGUGGUAUGACUUAAAGAUUGCUGUACACCAGCGGAACCCAUCCAACUUGAAGGAGCUGGAGUAGUUUUGCCUUGAAGAAUGGGCAAAAAUCCCAGUGGCUAGAUGUGCCAAGCUUAUAGAGACAUAGCCCAAGAGACUUGCAGCUGUAAUUGCUGCAAAAGGAGACUCUACAAAUAUUGACUUUGGGGGGGUGAAUAGUUAUGCACGCUCAAGUUUUCUGUUUUUUUGUCUUAUUUCUUGUUUGUUUCACAAUAAAAAAUAUUUUGCAUCUUCAAAGUGGUAGGCAUGUUGUGUAAAUCAAAUGGUACAAACCCCCAAAAAAUCAAUUUUAAUUCCAAGUUGUAAGGCAACAAAAUAGGAAAAAUGCCAAAGGGGGGUGAAUACUUUCGCAAGCCACUGUACUUUGAAAGGAAAUUGCUAUAGCACGCUGCUAUGUUCCAGCAUUCAUAUGCGUAUGACUACAAUUCUCCUCAGGUGUGUGGCUCAGAUGGGAAGACCUACAGCAACGAGUGUGAGAUGAAGAAGGACAGGUGCGAAAGGCAGGAGCACCUGCUGAUCCAGAAUCAAGGACCCUGUACAGGUGAGCUGCCUGGACAUCCCACCAUAACUGAUCUAAGACUAAGAUCAGCCAGAGUAAUAACCCAUCUCGUACAGAGGAUUCAAACAGCUUACUACUUUGUCGUAAAGAAACGCCCAGAAAUCCUGUUGUUUUUUCUGAAUAGCACUUUAGUGGUAACAUAUCCAACACAAUGUCAAAGCUUGCUGGCGAGAGCUUCAUUCCCCUGAUUCAAUGUGGCUACAUAUGGCUCAACGUACAUGUGGCUACCAAAGGCUCAACAUGAAGAAGCUCCUAUUUCUCUAGAGACAGCCACCACAGGUGGUAGGCAGUUUAGCAGGGAACACUAGUUAUACUCGAGUCUCUGCCUUGGCAGUGCAAACCACGUGCUCUAACUGAAGAGGCCGUAUAGAGAGGUUUCUGUAGUAGGCCAGAGCGAAGCCAAAGGCACAUAAAAGAUUCUGUGUGAUCACAGAAGCCUGUUUGAUUCCUUGCUGUCCUCAAAAGAGUGAGGGAGCAAACAAAAGGGAGAGAAUUGGAGAGAGCGAUACGCUCGGGUUUCACACUCGCAUCCCUGUAGAGUCGUCCCUCCUAAGCUGGCUUUUUGGGCGCUUUCUGUCACGCUUCUCCACCAUCUGCGGAGAAUCAAUCCCUUUUCUUGUGGAGUGCUAUUGGUGCGUGAGCUCUGGGCCCUCUUCUUCUACCAAAAAGCUCAGAUCAAUGGGAAUUCCAUUGGGACCUUCUUCAUUAGCUAUGCAUCGAGGAACUUGUCUUUGACCACGUUUUGACCUCCAAGCCUUCAAACUCAGGAAAGCUCCUGAUGGCUUUCACUAACUAGACAAAACAAAAAUGGUUUGACCUUAACAUUUUUUACUGUCUUAUGUUGUUUAGAAACAACUUACGUUUUGUGUCUCUGGGAGUUCUUUGAUCUAUGUCAGCUGUCUCUGAAGAACUUUCAAGCUGUCCUAUUUUGCAUUUUCUAUCAGAUAACCUGGUCAGUGAUUCCAGUCUUCAUGAGGUCUAAAAAAGAUCCUGUGGGAUAUAUCGUUGCUACAUGCGGAGGCACUCAAUUCUCCCCUAGUAGAAAUACAAAGGCUACAUAUACAGAGCCAUGUCAGCAGCAGACCUUGAGAUAGCGAGAGUAAUACUCUCACAAUAGAGAGAACUGCAUUAUGCCAGACAAUGGCCACUGAAGAGGAAAAACCCUUGAAGGGUUGAAGAACAUAUGAAAUUAAAAGUUCCCCCUUGCCCUAAUAGGCUCAGGACAGUGAGUAGCAGGAGCGCUGAAAAGUGGCAAGUUAAUGAACUGUGUCCAAAGCCCAUCACUGGAGUGGGAAAGCACUGGAAAAAGAAAGAGCAAGUCAUCACCAUUAGGCUUCGGCUCAUAUCCACACCAGUAAGAGUGUGAUUUAUGGGCCGGUAGCUGCAGCCUCCAAACUCCAAAUGAGAAAAACAAGAGAGGAAGAAAGAAAGAGAGAGAGCGAAGGGGAGUGUUCUUCCUCCCAUCUCUACCACUGGAGGCCAUUUUAAUCCAAGGGCUGGAGAGAGUUUGAGCGAUAAUAUAUUGCCUUGGCCGUUGAACCACCCCCCUGCCUCCCUCUUUACCCUCCAUCCUUCCAUCUCGCUCUCUCGUUUCCCUUAUACACAAGUCUCUGUUGGGUAACAUAUUUGUUCAGGGUGUGUUGUAUUCGGUUUUCUUUUCGAGCUGUCACGUCGGCGUGGAAUCUGGCACAUGCACAGACAAAACAACUACACACAUUCGCUCACAGAUUGGCCCAGUCCAUCACAUUCAGCCGCAGACUCGUUUUUUUCUGCUUCUGAAAGCUUGUAGAGAUGUGUCGCACGCUGCAAUUUCACAGGAGAACAACUGAAGAGAAUAGGCCUCCUAGGAUGUGGCAAAUGUCAGCUGUUCCACUAGGAUCACCAUUGUUUGUUUUCAGGUAAUGGCAUAAUUUCCCCCUGAUUUUGAGCCGUUGUCAGGAUUGGGAAAGUAGAAUUGUUAUGUAGAAGCCAGAUGCCAGCUUUUCACCUCUGGCCCUCGAGGUGAACCUCAUUGUUCGCUAGAAGUUGCAUGUUGUUCAGAGAUUGUGUCUUCUAAUUCCUUUUAAGAGAGCCUUCACUGUCACUCUAAAAAGUUUGUUUUAUCUUUUCUUCUCUCCCUCUUUUGUUCCAUCCUCGGUCCCAUCUCUUCAUCAGCGAUUUCAGCCACCUCUCUGCCGGAGCUGACAGCACCACAACGCUGCAGUCAGUCAGUCUACGGUUGUUGCCGUGACAAUAAGACGGCGGCCCUUGGUGUGGGACUCGCUGGAUGCACCAGUAAGUGUGCCGACCUCUUACCUGACAUCUGACAUCUGACCUCUCACCUCUGACCCCUUGUAUUAUAUCCCUCACAAUGGUAUUAACUUAUUGAUCAGAUGCACACAAACAGCCUAGCGUACAUUUGCUGGAAAGGAAAACCUGCAUAUAAAGUGAUAUCUAAAGGUCUACAUAUAGGGCCGGUUUCCAAGACACAGAUUCAAGUCUAGUCCUGGACUAAAAGCUAUUUCAGUCAGUGGAGGCUGCUGAGGGGAGGACGGCUCAUAAUAAUGGCUGGAAUGAAGUAUAUGGAAUGGUAUCAAACACGUGUUUGAUACCAUUCCAUUCACUCCAUUCAAGCCAUUAAACUCCAUUCCAGCCAUUAUUAUGAGCCGUCCUCCCCUCAACAGCCUCCACUGCUUUCAGUUGAUAUAUGCAAUUGAACAUCUUUUUAAUCCUGGACUAAGCUUAAUCAGUGUCUGGGAAACCAUCUGAUCCCCCUCUGGCAUUGACUCAGACUGGAGAGGGUCUGCUGUUGCUUUGAUGUUGUAGCUGUGUAUAAUUAUGUAAUUAAUGAAAUCAUCCAAUCAGUCCUGUCCUUGGUGUGUCCCCAGGUACGUGCCAGUGUAACCCGUAUGGCUCCUACAAGGGGACGUGUGACCCGUCCAGCGGCCAGUGCUCCUGCAAGCCCGGCGUCGGGGGACAGAAGUGUGACCGUUGCGAUCCAGGCUUCUGGAACUUCCGCGGCAUCGUCACAGAGAACUUGAGCGGCUGCACACGUAAGAGACCUCCUCGUACUUCGCCGCUUUCUCCAUCUGUUUUCUUCACAUUAACUGUCCUGAUGUAGGGAACAGAAGAGUUUUGGUCCUGUGCAGUGCUUAAUUGGUAAAUCGGGAGAUGCCGGGAAACAAAAAGUGAGCGCGAGAGGGGGGUGACCUGGGGAGCUCUGAGGUACCUUUAUAAUAAAGCAUUGCAUGUAUAUCAUCAUAUUUGCAUAGUGGCAUAGAGCAGUAGAGUAUUACAUUUACAUUUUAGUCAUUCUUAUCCAGAGUAGAGGCGCUUACAGAAGUUGCACACAUGGGGAACAUAAUUAGUAGCCUAAGGUCCGGGAAAAAUUUGGCCUUUUAUAAAUGCAUUUCAUACAAUUCUGCACAUUUUACAUGACUGGAGACUUUGGCAGAAUCUUUAAUACCGCACAAAUGAUCUAAAUGACGGGCUACUUUGACACUGAAAAUCUGAGAUCACUAAAAACGACCUUGUCUUGCAUCCAUCAAUAGCCUAGGUGUGUGGAGACACAUAUUGUAGGCUACAAUAUGAGGAGAAAAUGUCAGUCCUAAAAAUGCUUUCCAGUUUCACUGACUCGCCCAAUGAUGCGCAGCUCACUCGCCGGUGAUGGCCGAUGCGUUCAUGCCAGAAGCCUAUCUGUCUCUUGUUUUACUUUGUAAAACACUAUUUGGUAGCCUACAGCAGACCGAUUAGUCUUCUCUUUUCAGCAGUAACCAUUUGCUUUCUAACCUGUGUUUUCCCGCGAUUGUAUAUGAAAUAAAGGCCUGUUUUGUCUGCAUGCUGUUCACUGACAGAUUUGCCGCGCGUUCCCGACUGUAGGCUAUGCUUUGUUAUUGGGCUACACAAAAUCCACAGCUAGGCUAUUUUUUAAAAGAAGCUAUUGAUCCUCUGUGGCUAAAUUAUAGGCAUUCGCAUGGUGUGGUAGGCUAUUCUGAAUUAUUUAAUUUGUUUCUGAACAGACAGCAGUCAUUUUGGCAAAUUUAUUUCAAUUUAUCAGGGGUGCUGCGGCACCUCCAGCACCCUUCCCGCGGCUAUGAUUCUAUAACGAUAUCAAUGAUGAAGUGCAACACUGAAGAGAUUAGAGUUGCAGGCUCAUGUCUAUCAGAGCAGAGAGAGGGAGAGAGCUCAUAGAAAGUUAAUCUCAUUCUAGUUCUGUGAGAGAUACAGCCACGCUUCUCACACAGCCACGUGUUGGUCUCAAACAUACACUGAACAAAAAUAUAAACGCAAUAUGUAAAGUGUUGGUCCCAUGUUUCAGGAGCUUAAACAAAUGCUCCUAAGGAAUUUUCCUUAGAGCUCCGAUACAGGAUUGUGUCGAGGCACAGAUCUGGGGAAGGGUACCAAAAAAUGUCUGCAGCAUUAAAGGUCCCCAAGAACACAGUGGCCUCCAUCAUUCUUAAAUGGAAGAAGUUUUGAACCACCAAAACUCUUCCUAGAGCUGGCCGACCGGUCAAACUGAGCAAUCUGGGGAGAAGGGCCUUGGUCAGGGAGGUGACCAAGAACCCGAUGGUCACUCUGACAGAGCUCUAGAGUUCCUCUGUGUAGAUGGAAGAACCUUCCAGAAGGACAACCAUCUCAGCAGCACUGCACAAAUCAGGCCUUUAUGGUAGAGUGGCCAGACGGAAGCUACUCCUUAGUAAAAGGCACAUGACAGCCCGCUUGUAGUUUGCCAAAAGGCACCUAAAGACAUGAGAAACAAGAUUCUCUGGUCUGAUGAAACCAACAUUGAACACUUUGGCCUGAAUGCCAAUCGUCAUGUCUGGAGGAAACCUGGCACCAUCCCUACGGGUGAAGCAUGGUGGUGGCAGCAUGAUGCUGUGGGGAUGUUUUUCAGCGGCAGGGACUGGUAGACUAGUCAGGAUCAAGGGAAAGAUGAAUGGAGCAAAGUACAGAGAGAUCCUUGAUGAAAACCUGCUCCAGAGCGUUUAGGACCUCAGACUGUGUCACGAUCGUCUAUGAAGUAGGACCAAAGCGCAGCGUUGGUAGCGAACAUAUUGACUUUAAUGCAAUACACGAGAAUACAAAACAAAACACGAUCAUGAAGUCCUCAGUGACAACGACUGAACAUAGAACAAAAACCCACAACCCCAAGGUGAACAAUGACAGUUUAAAUAUGGCUCCCAAUCAGAGAUAACGAGCCGACAGCUGACACUCGUUACCACUGAUUGGGAGUCACUGGACCAAACAAUGAAACAACCAAUAACAACCCAACUAAUCCCCAAACACAACAAAAAUGAACACACCCUGGCUCAAUAAUACAAAGUCCUGGAGCCAGAGCGUGACAGUACCCCCCCUAAAGGCGCGGACUGCGACCGCGCCUCAAAGAACCCAAAUAGGGGAGGGCUGGGUGGGUGUUGCUCCUCGGAGGCGGCUCCGGCUCUGGCUCCGGGCUUGACCACCAUCCUACAUCCAUCCCCCCGUAAUGGCCCCGGUCCGAUCCCACCCAGCUGGCUGGAUCCGGACUGAUGACGCGCACCCCUAGCUUGGCGCGUGAGGCAGGGACGGACCGGACCUGGCUGACGAUACGCAUCCUCGGCUUGGUGCGUGGAGCCGGAACGGACCUCCUCAGGCUGACGACUCGCCUCCCUGGCUUGGUGCGCGUAGCAGGAAUAGGCUGAACCAGGUUGACGACUCGCCCCCUUGGUUUGGUGCGAGUAGCCGGAACGAGCUGACCCAGGUUGACGACUCGCACCCUUAGCCUGGUGCGAGUGGCAGGAACAGUCCGGGUUGGGCCGGCGACGCACACCGUAGUUUUGAUGCGUGGAGCAGGAACCGGCCGGGCUGGGCUGGCGACGCACCCCUUUGGCUUGGUGCGUAGAGCAGGGACAGGCCGGGCUGGGCUGGCGACGCGCACCAUUGGCUUGGUGCGGGGAGCAGGGACGGGCCGGACAGGGCUGACGAAACGCACCCCAGACUUGGUGCGGGGAGCAGGAACAGGUCGAGCUGGCCUAGCGACGCACACCGUUGGCUUGGUGUGGGGAGCAGGCACGGACCGGACAGGGCCGACGAAACGCACCACAGACUUGGUGCAGGGAGCAGGAACAGACCGAGUCGGGCUGGCGGCGCGCACCACAGGCUCCAUGCGAGGAACAGGAACAGACAGGACCGCAGUGAGGACUCACACCCCUGGCCCUACACGGGGAUCAGGAACGGGCCGGACCGGACUGGUAACACACCCCAGUACCCUUCGCCGUGCCUCCACACCUUCCUUCCCCUUCGUGACCAGUGGCCCCCUUAACCUGGCGGCCUUUUCUGCCAACCUACUGCACUCCUCUAACCCGUACUCCUGCUGCCCCGACGUCGUGAGCCCCCCCCUAAAAAUUUUCUGGGGGUCUCUCCUCUCCGUGGACCAGGCCUCUAUAGUCCUCUCCCAACCUUCGCUCUUCUGUCUCCACCACUCGUCAUCCAACUCCUGGAAACGCUGCUUGGUCUCGUUGUGGUGGGUUUUUCUGUCACGAUCGUCUAUGAAGUAGGACCAAAGCGCAGCGUUGGUAGCGAACAUAUUGACUUUAAUGCAAUACACGAGAAUACAAAACAAAACACGAUCAUGAAGUCCUCAGUGACAACGACUGAACAUAGAACAAAAACCCACAACCCCAAGGUGAACAAUGACAGUUUAAAUAUGGCUCCCAAUCAGAGAUAACGAGCCGACAGCUGACACUCGUUACCACUGAUUGGGAGUCACUGGACCAAACAAUGAAACAACCAAUAACAACCCAACUAAUCCCCAAACACAACAAAAAUGAACACACCCUGGCUCAAUAAUACAAAGUCCCGGAGCCAGAGCGUGACAGACUGCCCUUCCAACAGGACAACGACCCUAAGCACACAGCCAAGACAACGCAGGAGUGGCUUCAGGACAAGUCUCUGAAUAUCCUUGAGUGGCCCGGACUUGAACCCGGUCAAACAACUCUGGAGAGACCUGAAAAUAGCUGUGCAGCGAUGUUCCCCAUCCAACCUGACAGAGCUUGAGAGGAUCUGCAGAGAAGAAUGGGAGAAACUCCCCAAAUACAGGUGUGCCAAGCUUGUAGCGUCAUACCCAAAGGAGCUUCAACAAAGUACUAAGUAAAGGGUCUGACUACUUAUGUAAGUGUAAUAUUUCCGGUUUUUAUUUUUAAUAAAUUAGCAAACAUUUAUAAAACCUGUUUUUGUUUUGUCAUUAUGGGGUGAUGUGUGUAGAUUGAUUAGAGUGGGGGGAAAACUAUUUAAUCAAUUUUAGAAUAAGGCUGUAACCUAUCAAAAUGUUGAAAAAGUCUAGGGGUCUGAAUACUUUCCAAAGCCACUGUAUCUGUGUUCCCAGUCAUGUGAAAUCCAUAGGUUAGGGCUUAAUGAAUUUAUUUCAAUUGACUGAAUUCCUUACAUGAAUUGUAACUCAGUAAAGUUUUUGAAAUUGUUCCAUGUUGCGUUUAUAUUUUUGUUCAGUGUAGGUUGCAAUGUUACGCAAACCAUAAGCCCGAAUCAACUCUUUGAAUAUCGGGGGGGCAGGCAGGCGAAUUAACAAGGGGGAAACUCGAAUUAACUUUGAUUUGCUUUUAUUAGAAUGUUCACAUUGCAAAAAGUGACAAUUAUUUAUUAUUUAUCUGGCCAAAUUUGUUUCAUAAUGAAACAGUCCAAAAUGGAGAGGUGCCGGAUCCUCUUCCGGCAGGAUCCAGCUCAAAUUUAGCAAUGUUCCUGUGUAGUACAGUUAGAAGACUAUGGCGCUUGUAAUUCAAGGAUCAUUGGCUCCCGCUGGGGCUGGCAAUACGAAAAUGUAUGCCCUUCUGUAAGACGCUUUGGAUAAAAGCUUCGGCUUAAUGGCAUAUAUUGGUUAUAUUAGUUAAGAGUAGCACUUGGCUGUAAAGAGCUGGGCUCCCGAGUGGCACAGUGGUCUAAGGCACUGCAUCUCAGUGCUUGAAGCGUCACUACAGAACCGCUGGUUCGAUUCCAGGCUGUAUCACAACUGGCCGUGAUUGGGAGUCCCGUAGGGCGGCGCACAAUUGGCCCAGCGUCGUCCGAGUUUGGCCGGUGUAGGCCGUCAUUGUAAAUAAGAAUUUGUUCUUAACUGACUUGCCUAGUUGAAUAAAGGUAAAAUAAAAUAAAAAGAGAUUAAGUUGAAAAAUCAAUGCUUAUUGUUGCAGCCAAGGCCGUCAGUAGGCGAUAAAAAAAUAUAUAUAUAUUUGACUCAUUUUGUGUCCUUUAAAAAAAACAGAGACCCAAGAAUCAGAGCUUUGUCAAAGCUGUCAAAAGUUGCACUUGACAUUGACUCAAUUAUUUUGUGUGGCUGUGUGUCCAUAAUCCUUUUUGACGCGGACUACCAGAUUACUUGUGAAAAGAGUUCUUGGCAAUACAGUAUAAGACCCGCCAAGCUAUUUAAUCCACAGCAGGAGCUUUUAUCGGUCUCCACUGUGGCCUGACAUGUGAGGUUUACCUACGGACAAGCAAACCGUACACACAUCAGUGCAGAGUUCAGCAGGGGGAAACAUUGAUUCCAGGACCUUGAUGGGGUUGAUGUUGUUCCUUGGGGGCUGGAGGCUCUCUGUGAUCUUGUUGGCCCAUCUACCCUCUCGCCUCAGGACUGUCUGGCUGGCCUCUGCCUGAACUAUCCCUGACUCCAGCCCCCGACACAGAGGCGCUGAGAUUUACAUCAACCUAGGGUUCACUUCUGAGGCGGCCUGAGUGUGUGUGUGUGAGGGGCUGGUUUCUAUGACACAGAUUAAGCCUAGUUCCGAACUGAAAAGCCCAAUGGAGAAUCUUGUAGAGUUUUAGGGAAAGAGUUAAGCUGGAUAAUCAAUAUCCUUUAUCUUGCAUUGUGGUGAACAGGUGGAUUGUUAUUCACUGUAUGUCAUUAAGUACCACUUACCCUUUUGUGUUUCCAUCUCUCUCCCUGUCUCUCUUCCUCCAUUCCCUCCUCCUCCCUAUUUAUAUCUCCCUUCCUCUCUUUCUUUCUCUCCCUCUGUGUUCCAGCAUGUAACUGUGACGCAGUGGGCUCGGUGAGGGACGACUGCGAGCAGAUGUCAGGUCUGUGCUCCUGCAAGACUGGAGUGAAGGGCAUGAAGUGCAAUGUGUGCCCCGACGGCAGCAAGAUGGGCAUGAAUGGCUGCGACACAGGUACGGGGAGGCCCCUGCUGACUGAUGUGCGCCACCUGCUAACUCGCCGCGCCACCGACAGAGCAUGGCAAACCCUCGGUUCUCGUCUAGUCCCUGUCACUCCUCUCAUCCAGGGAGCGGCCUUGCAGCAAUGAAUUCAUGAACUCAAUGGCCUUUUCUCUAAGCCACCUGUUUUAUCAGCAUUAAGAAGUAGCAGAAACUGUAGAAGCGGCUGCAGUACAAUAGCUGUUGUUGUAGCUGUCAUUUUUCAUUGUGUUAUCUGAAGGAAAAACUAAUCAGAAUGGGAAAUAUCAUGUUAACUAGUUUAUUAGGUACACCACCCCAUUCACGAAAAUGGUUAGCUCCUACAGACAUUGAGUCACAUGGUCAUGGUUUGUUAUAUAAAGCAGGCAGACCGGCAUUGAGGCAUUCAGUUACUGUUCAAUUUAAUGUUAGAAUCUGCAAAACGAGUGAUCUAAGCAACUUUGAGCAUGGUGUGAUCGUCGGUGCCAGGCACACCGGUUUCAGUACCUAUAAUGCAGCAGACGACCACACCGGGUUCCACUCCUAUCAGUUAAAAAGAAGAAGAAGCAGCUCCAGUGGGCACGCGAUCACCAACACUGGACAAUUUAGGAGUGGAAAAACAUUGCCUGGUUGCGUCAUGCUGAUGGCUCCAACCUGCCUGAUGUCAACGUUAGGUCUCUUGAUACCAAUUGAGCAAUGGUUGACCGCCACACUUUGCAGAAUCCAUUCCCCAAAGAAUUUAGACUGUUCUGGAAGCAAAGGGGGGUCCGACCCGGUACUAGAUGGGUGUACCUAAUCAAAUAUUUGGGCAAUUUAUCCAGUAUCCAUUAAUUUAGCCCUCCAUUCUAAUGUCUGGAUGAAUGGCAACCUAACCUAAUGAAUACACACAACUCCAGUUGACUUUCCGUCAGCUAUUGACAGGAAGUCAAGUGCUUAAUGAAGUCAAUAGUCCCAGCACAAAGUGGGGGGGGGGGGGCACAUGAAAGCCGAGAGGAGGCUCUCUGCACCGCUGUGAUGUCAGUACAGAGAGGAGAGCCCACACUCGAUGCCUCAAGGGCUCAUGGCAAUGAUUCUUAGCACAAGCCCCUGUUGCUACUGCUGAUGCAACCCAGUGGCAUUGUGCAUCAACGCUUCAAACAGGUUCCUUGGUUAAAGUACCAGUGAUCAGUGCUGCGGAGGCGCCUGACGAAAAAAACAUGACGGAAUGAGAUCAAAUCCUUAUUUAUUUAUUGUCUUGAAAAGAGUCCACAUGUUUAAUUUAUACUAAAGAUUAAUCAUUAAUAUAAUCCUGUAUGGAAAGCGUAACAACUAUUCAUCUGCACAACCUACUCAUGUUUCUAUAUAGUGAGUUCCAAAAGUAUUGGGACAGUGACAAAUGUUUUGUUGUUUUGGCUCUGUACUCCAGCACUGGAUUUGAAAUGAUACAAUGACUGUGUGAAUAAUGAUUAGUGAGAAAGUUACAGACACAUAAAUAUCAUACCCCCAAGACAUGCUAACUUCUCAGAGGGGAAUAUUUGUGCUUAUGUAACUUUCUCACUCAUCAUUAUUGACGAUUCAUUCAGGACUAUCCGUAAUCAUGGUAGCAUCCACAUUAAUGUAGGAGCAUUUCAAAACAUAUUCUAUUCUUAUUUACAAUAGUGACUCCAAAUUGACACAAUACAUUAUUUACCAUUAAUUUGUGUUGGGCACAAAAUAAUCUAAAACACAACCAAAACAAACUGCAAAUGCAUCCAACAAAUGUGUAGAGUCACAAGCUUGAUGUAGUCAUUACGUGCUACGAAUAUUGGACCAAAUACUUUACUUUUUAAUACACAUAUAAGUGAAUUUGUCCCAAUACUUUUGGUCCCCUUAAAAUGGAGGGGACUAUGUAAAAAAAGUGCUGUAAUUUCUAAACAGUUUACCCGAUAUGGAUGAAAAUACCCUCAAAUUAAAGCUGACCGUCUGCACCUUAACCGCACAGUCAUUGUAUCACUUCAAAUCCAAAGUGCUGGAGCACAGAGCCAAAACAACAACAUUUGUCACUGUCCCAAUACUUUUGGACCUCACUGUAUGUGGAAGUAGUACUGUGCAUAUAGAUUAUUAUGGUGAUUAUCAACUAGGGUUAAGAGCAGUUAAGAGCACCAAACUCACAUGCUAAUGUCAGCAUCAUGAUUUGGACCAGGAAUACACAUUCAUAUGAAUGGACAGUGAUGGUAUCCAUUGACCCAUGAGUUGAUUUGAACCCCUUCAUUCCCAUCCCAGGUGCUGAUGCCCCAACCUCAUGUGAUGAGCUGGACUGCAAGUUUGGCGCGUCUUGUGUUGAGGUUAACAGUCAAGCCCACUGUGAAUGCCCCUCGCCCGACUGUGACGAGAAGAACAAGACCAAGGUGGGCCUCUACAUUAUCUUCUCUAUGACCAAUCAGUCUAUACUGUCAGAAAUUCAUCACAGAAUUCAGAACACAGUAUCUGGAACUAUUGAGCUUGAGAUCGGCAUAAAGUUAAUGAGUUGUGAUCCUAGCCUGUUUCUCUCUUUUUUCCUGAGCAGGUGUGUGGCUCUGAUGGGGUGACCUACGCUGACCAGUGCCAGCUGAGCACCAUUGCCUGUAGGCAGGACAAGCAUAUCACAGUGGAACACUUUGGCCAGUGCACAGGUGAGCCCCGUCUGACCUCCAUACAUCAUACUAGGGGAUGUCCAACUCCUGUUGUCAGGCCCAUAUCAAAAGAUAAUGAAUAAUGCCACAGGCGUUGGAAAGACCAACUGUCCUCUCUCUAUCUAUCUGGCUCCUUGUCAAGGGGACAAGGGGAUAUGGGUUGUGUCCUCUUUGUGGUUGGUGCAGUAUUGCUUCACUGUGUCUUUCACCCAGGUUUGUCUAUGGAUAGCCUGCAUGGCUAUACUUAAAGUAUAGAAACUUUACUUUAUACAUUACUGUAGUAAACAAUUUUUGAGACUGACUGUACCAGAUAUCGUCAAGGGUUUGUAUUGUAGUGUAUGGGGGCUCUAUAUGCCAAGAAUUUGCAGUAAAGCACAAGUUUUCUUGUGGGAAUAACGAGCAGCUGGCGUGGCGUCAACAUACCUGUGAGCCCACACGACGACAGCUUAGGAUUUUUUUUUUUUUAAAUCAAAUCAAAUCAAAUUUUAUUGGUCACAUGCGCCGAAUACAACAGGUGCAGACAUUACAGUGAAAUGCUUACUUACAGCCCUUAACCAACAGUGCAUUUAUUUUAAACAAAAAAAGUAAGAAUAAAACAACAACAAAAAAAGUGUUGAGAAAAAAAGAGCAGAAGUAAAAUAAAGUGACAGUAGGGAGGCUAUAUAUACAGUAAAAUAAAGUGACAGUAGGGAGGCUAUAUAUACAGGGGGGUACCGUUGCAGAGUCAAUGUGCGGGGGCACCGGCUAGUUGAGGUAGUUGAGGUAAUAAUUUACCAUCAUCCUCCCUGCUUCGGAUCGAGGAAGAGGAAAAACUAAGUCUUGGGAGAGAAAUGAGGCCUGAGAUGCUCCCCUUGAGAUAGAUAAACUACUGUUUGGCUGCAGUCUGAGCCACUGAAUCCCCCAUAAAGGGGUGACAUUUUACUGUUUGAUUCCCUGCCCCCCUGUGCGGAUUAGGGAGGUUUAGCUCCCAAAUUCUCGGUGGGGAAUCCUUCAAUCCCCUUCACAGCUUUUAGCUGGAUGAGCACCACUAUUCAGCUAUCAGAGGAGCGAUUGGCGAGAUGCUUGAGAAUGGGGGGAAGAGUAAGCCUUCUGAUACCUGGUUUGGAAUGGAGGUUGUGGGUAGACGGCUUCACGGGUCCAAAAAGUUGGACCCAUUCUGAAAUGGAUCUGUGGCUUUCCCACCCGACCUGAUUCUUCUUCUUUUUUAACGGAGACCCGUUCCGAAUUGACCUGAGGACAGUCAGACCCGUUCUGAAAAGGCCUGUGGAAAUACGGACCUAAACAGACCCGUGCUGGUUUGGAUCCGAGAGACCCGUUCAGAUCUUAGAGUAGAAAGAGAGAGAGAAAGAAACCUCCGACUGGGCUCUGCCAGCGCCAUCAAUAAACGAGCGAUAGGCUAUUGGCCAAAUUUACGUUUCCUUAAAAAAUAUAUAUUUUUUUUAUUUAUAGCAUAUUCUAAGCUUUAGAGCCUAUUGUUUGAUUGGUUUUUACUUUCCUAAAACAAUAAUUGUCCACCUCAUGGUUCAGCUGUUGGAGAUUUGAGCACUAAAUGCAUCAUGGCAUUGCAUGGAUAUAGAUAGGCCUAUAGGCUUAGGUGUCCACUGUAUGAUAUUAAUAUAUAUUAAUAUAUAUAUAUAUAUAUAUAUACACACUGCUCAAAAAAAUAAAGGGAACACUUAAACAACACAUCCUAGAUCUAAAUGAAUGAAAUAAUCUUAUUAAAUACUUUUUUCUUUACAUAGUUGAAUGUGCUGACAACAAAAUCACACAAAAAUUAUCAAUGGAAAUCAAAUGUAUCAACCCAUGGAGGUCUGGAUUUGGAGUCACCCUCAAAAUUAAAGAGGAAAACUACACUACAGGCUGAUCCAACUUUGAUGUAAUGUCCUUAAAACAAGUCAAAAUGAGGCUCAGUAGUCUGUGUGGCCUCCACGUGCCUGUAUGACCUCCUUACAACGCCUGGGCAUGCUCCUGAUGAGGUGGCGGAUGGUCUCCUGAGGGAUCUCCUCCCAGACCUGGACUAAAGCAUCCGCCAACUCCUGGACAGUCUGUGGUGCAACGUGGCGUUGGUGGAUGGAGCGAGACAUGAUGUCCCAGAUGUGCUCAAUUGGAUUCAGGUCUGGGGAACGGGCGGGCCAGUCCAUAGCAUCAAUGCCUUCCUCUUGCAGGAACUGCUGACACACUCCAGCCACAUGAGGUCUAGCAUUGUCUUGCAUUAGGAGGAACCCAGGGCCAACCGCACCAGCAUAUGGUCUCACAAGGGGUCUGAGGAUCUCAUCGCGGUACCUAAUGGCAGUCAGGCUACCUCUGGCGAGCACAUGGAGGGCUGUGCAGCCCCCCAAAGAAAUGACACCCCACACCAUGACUGACCCACCGCCAAACCGGUCAUGCUGGAGGAUGUUGCAGGCAGCAGAACGUUCUCCACGGCGUCUCCAGACUCUGUCACGUCUGUCACGUGCUCAGUGUGAACCUGCUUUCAUCUGUGAAGAGCACAGGGCGCCAGUGGCGAAUUUGCCAAUCUUGGUGUUCUCUGGCAAAUGCCAAACGUCCUGCACGGUGUUGGGCUGUAAGCACAACCCCCACCUGUGGACGUCAGGCCCUCAUACCACCCUCAUGGAGUCUGUUUCUGACCGUUUGAGCAGACACAUGCACAUUUGUGGCCUGCUGGAGGUCAUUUUGUAGGGCUCUGGCAGUGCUCCUCCUGCUCCUCCUUGCACAAAGGCGGAGGUAGCGGUCCUGCUGCUGGGUUGUUGCCCUCCUACGGCCUCCUCCACGUCUCCUGAUGUACUGGCCUGUCUCCUGGUAGCGCCUCCAUUCUCUGGACACUACGCUGACAGACACAGCAAACCUUCUUGCCACAGCUGGCAUUGAUGUGCCAUCCUGGAUGAGCUGCACUACCUGAGCCACUUGUGUGGGUUGUAGACUCCGUCUCAUGCUACCACUAGAGUGAAAGCACCGCCAGCAUUCAAAAGUGACCAAAACAUCAGCCAGGAAGCAUAGGAACUGAGAAGUGGUCUGUGGUCACCACCUGCAGAACCACUUCUUUAUUGGGGGUGUCUUGCUAAUUGCCUAUAAUUUCCACCUGUUGUCUAUCCAUUUGCACAACAGCAUGUGACAUUUAUUGUCAAUCAGUGUUGCUUCCUAAGUGGACAGUUUGAUUUCACAGAAGUGUGAUUGACUUGGAGUUACAUUGUGUUGUUUAAGUGUUUCCUUUAUUUUUUUGAGCAGUGUAUAUAUAUAUACACACAGUGGGGAGAACAAGUAUUUGAUACACUGCCGAUUUUGCAGGUUUUCCUACUUACAAAGCACGUAGAGGUCUGUAAUUUUUAUCAUAGGUACACUUCAACUGUGAGAGACGGAAUCUAAAACAAACAUCCAGAAAAUCACAUUCUAUGAUUUUUAAGUAAUUAAUUUGCAUUUUAUUGCAUGCGCCCCUGAGUAUGGUUUGAGUGCAAUUAGCCCUAUAUUAGGCAAACACAACAUUACAAUUGGUACUUAAUUUGCCCAAUGAAAAUGGCUCAACAAUGAAACAAAACAAUUGUUGCAUAUUUAAAGAACUGGUUUAAAUCUUUACAAAAGCUUUGAACAGAUAGGCCUGAAUUGCAACGAUUAAACAAAGGCGACUGCCUACAGGCCUACCCCACAAAAGACAGCAAUAGGCUAAUUAUAUUUAUUUUACAACAGGCCUAUUUUCAACCUACAGUAUCUUAAAAUAAAUACGGAGCACAAAAUUAAAAAGACAGUUAAAACUUAAUUUAGCCAACGAAAAUGUCUAGACAAAAAGAAACAAAACACUUUUUGCAUAUUUUAAUUAACUGCUUUAGAUUUUUAAAUAGGCCUAAAAUAAUAAUGAUAUACAAUAAUAAUGAUAAAACAAAUGAUAAUAAAUAUAUGUAUUUUUUAAGUUAGAAAAUUGCAUCAAACCUAGAUAGCGAGUUGGCCACGCCAAUGUUCUUCUUCUCAUCUUUGUCCACUACAAUAUUAAAACUUGUCCCCGAGGACAUUCCCCUUGUCGGCUUCUUUUCACUAUACUCUUUCUCCUCUAUCUUUCCUUUUACUUCAGUGAACAAGGCCUAUAUCUUCGCAAUCAACAGUAGCCAAGACUCCUUUCACUCACUCUCUCUCCUCAGCAGCAGGCUCACGUGAGGUGAGCGGCUGGAGACAGUUUCAGCUGGACAUACAGUGGCUUGCGAAAGUAUUCACCCCCCUUGGCAUUUUUCCUAUUUUGUUGCCAUACAACCUGGAAUUAAAAUUGAUUCUUUGGGGUUUUGUAUCAUUGAUUUACACAACAUGCCUACCACUUUGAAGAUGCAAAAUAUUUUUUUAUUGUGAAACAAAUAAGAAAUAAGACAAAAAAACAGAAAACUUCAGCGUGCAUAACUAUUCAACCCCCCCAAAGUCAAUACUUUUUUAGAGCACCAUCUAUCAUUCCUUCAAUUCUGACCAGUUUCCCAGUCCCUGCCGAUGAAAAACAUCCCCACAGCAUGAUGCUGCCACCACCAUGCUUCACUGUGGGGAUGGUGUUCUCAGGGUGAUGAGAGGUGUUGGGUUUGCGCCAGACAUAGCGUUUUCCUUGAUGGCCAAAAAGCUCAAUUUUAGUCUCAUCUUCCAUAUGUUUGGGGAGUCUCCCACAUGGCGUUUGGCAAACACCAAAAGUGUUUGCUUAUUUCUUUCUUUAAGCAAUGGCUUUUUUCUGGCCACUCUUCCGUAAAGCCCAGCUCUGUGGAGUGUACAGCUUAAAGUGGUCCUAUUGACAGAUAUUCCAAUCUCCACUGUGGAGCUUUGCAGCUCCUUCAGGGUUAUCUUUGGUCUCUUUGUUGCCUCUCUGAUUAAUGCCCUCCUUGAUUGGUCCGUGAGUUUUGGUGGGUGGCCCUCUCUUGGCAGGUUUGUUGUGGUGCCAUAUUCUUUCCAUUUUUUAAUAAUGAAUUUAAUGGUGCUCCGUGGGAUGUUUGGUGGUGCCCCUUGCUUAGUGGUGUUGCAGACUCUGGGGCCUUUCAGAACAGGUGUAUAUAUACUGAGAUCAUGUGACACUUAGAUUACACACAGGUGGACUUUAUUUCACUAAUUAUGUGACUUCUGAAGGUAACUGGUUGUAACAGAUCUUAUUUAGGGGCUUCAUAGCAAAGUGGGGGAAUACAUAUGCAUGCACCACUUUUCCGUUAUUUAUUUUUUUCAUUUUACUUCACCAAUUUGCACUAUUUUGUGUAUGUCCUUUACAUGAAAUCCAAAUAAAAAUCCAUUUAAAUUACAGGUUGUAAUGCAACAAAAUAGGAAAAACACCAUGGGGGAUGAAUACUUUUGCAAGGCACUGUAAGCUAUAUGUUUCAUUGAGUUGCAAUUGGCUGACACAGAUAACAAGCUUUCACACAGUUCUCAUCACCGCACACAUUAAAUUAACAGAGGGACGUGUCCAAUCGGGUCCAGUUGGUAAAUCCAUUUUAAUUGCACAUACCUGAGACCCAUGGCAAUUAUAUCAGACCCAACCCAGAUCCGAGAGAAAAGUCAGAAUUUUGGAGCCAGACCCGCUCGGGUCCCGGGUCGGAUCUCAGAAUUUUGGGUCUAUGGGACCCGGAAGACCUCUAGUGGGUACCUUCCAUCCCCUUCUGUUGGAGUGUUUAGCCGACUGGAUAAAAAAAUUAUUAUAAUAAUUAUGUCCCCCCCACUUCUAAAACCAAAGUUGCGCCCCUGCGCAGGAGUAAGAUUAAUUUGCUCUAUGAGAGCCCGACAGCACUUUGAUCUGGUGAUUAGCGAUCUGACACCGUCGGUUACCAGUGAAAUUCACUCCAGACUCAUUCUCUGUUGCCUGACGAUGGAGACAUGGGUAGUAUGUAAGACCUUACUUAGUGUGGAGCUUCAUUCGGAGGGACAAAGAGUUGUAGCAGGGACUGCUCUCUCUCUCUCGCUCGCUUUCUUUGAGCCCAAGGGGAAGCCAGACGAACACAACAGGCCUCCGACUUGUCACAGCAGUUCUUUUAAUUUCUUCCCCCAGAUGCGGUCGCGCCGUAGGUAGCGGGCUCCUCAUCCUCCCCCAGGUUGGGGGUUAGAUCGAGCUCAUUUCACGUGUGACUGGGUGCAAAUUAGCGUUCCAACAUCCUCCCCCCGCCGCCGCUCCUCGCCUCCCGCUGAUCUGAUGCAGCUCUUAAUAAAAAUUACAGAAAUAACUUCAAUGCUAACAGCUAGCGCAGAACCACUACUGAGGGCCUUUGCCAUUCCUACAGAAAGCAUAGUCGCUAAUGGCUAAUGUUAAUAAAUAUUGAUCCGAUCCAAACUCAUACCGAAGUAGCUCCAAGGACAAGCCUAUUUGAUCUGAUGUAACUCUCACACCUUAUUGUACAUCAGUGCUAAUAGCUUCACACUGAAGCAAGUUCUGCAGAAACUACAUCAAAUGGCUGUGAACUUGUGAUCUGACACAUCUCUCCGCCCAUGCUAAGGGACAAGCACUCUGACUCUUCUCUACACGACACAGCAUUUCUACUUCUGGCUAUGUCGCCUUUCUCAGAGCUAGAUGAAGCAAUCCAUGGGAAAACCAGUGAAAGUGUGAGAGGUACAAGCCACUAAAGUGAUGGGGGGGGGGCACCCAUAUGUAGGUUUAAAGCAAAUUGGCAGAGAACACUAGCAUAUGAUAUCAUUAGUUUUCUGCCUUAAUGUCAGUCUCUUGUAUUUAAUGCCCCUCCCUCAAUCCUCCCAUUUUCUCAGAUGUAUUCCUCUCUCUCUCCCCUCUCUCUCCAUCCUCAUACUUUCCCUGAACACUUUUUUCCUCCGUCCCUCUUUUCAUGUCUCUCUUUCGUGCUCUCUUUCUCCCUCGCCCGUUUUUCAUCCUCUCUUCAAUUUUCUCUUUCCCUUUUUCCUCUCGUCUUUCCAAUAUCUGAUUCCUCCUCCCCACUGAGCAUGGCAGACACUGCAAACAAUCUUAAUAACCGCCUUUCAAAGAUAACUACACAGCCCAGACAAGUGAAGAUGACAAUGAUUUCUCUCCCUGCCCGCCCGUCGAUAUAACCGGGAAAAAAGCAAAUGGAGCGUUAAACCUGAUUAAGGAAAGCUUCCACUGAACUGACUGCGCUGCCAGUUGUCCUACCCUUCUUUCUGUCUCUGUUUUUUUAUUAUUUUACCCACCCACCCCUCUUUGAGCGUUUGCCGCCGAAGGACUCCCGGCCGGAUCCCAGACACUCACUCCCCUGGCUCCGCCGACGCAAGGCUUGGCACUUGAGUGACAGGUGUAGUCAAGAGGAAAAGCAAAGUAUGCCACCGCCUCGCUCACGGUGAUAGCAAUCGCUAGAUGCACUCUGGGGCUAAGCUGACAUAUUGUAUCUCUGCAGGCUGGCUCCUCUGCCUCCCCUCCUCUGGAGCCUAGCAGGGUGGGAGAUAGUGGGGUGCCUGCCUGGCUGAUAACAUCCAGUUCUUCAUCAAGGUAUCACAUUUCACACUUCACGGCGUAAUUGCCGAUCAAAUAGGAGAUUAUUAUUGUGCAAUUAAAUCCUACACAUAAUGUUAGCCGAAUUCCAAUGAGACGGAAAUAAUAAACCGUAGGAGGUUUUUAUUUCGCACUGCACACACAACGGCUGGGGUAAAGUAGGAGCGUCGUUAUUUUGUCACGCCUGGCAGGCUCGCCGCCAUCCUAGCAGCUACACUUAUGAAGUGUCUCCAUUCCCUACAGCUCUUGACUCGCUUCUCCUAUUUUAUCGGUUUUAUCUGAUACAUUUUUGUCUUUGUACCAAAGCCUUGCAUGGGUAAUGGCGGUCUCUGCUGAAAGAAAAGCGGGUCCUCCUCUCUGGCGACGGCAAGGAAAGGAUUUCUGAGAGUGUUUUUUGGAUGGCGUGUGUGACUGUGUUGACAAGGCUGCCUUUCGCGGCGGAGUUGACGGAUGCUUGUGCGGCUGUGAGCCGAGUCUGGAGUCUUUGAAGCUGGAGUUAAACCGUGCUUUUCCUGCCCCAUGUAUAUUAUCAUUCAUCACCAGAGGCUCUGACUGUCUGUGAUUAAAGCUCCGCUACAGGAGGGCAACGUAUGAAUAUGUAUAUAUAAUUCAUACCCACAGACACACACCAAUGCCGACACAUAUACACACAGACACACUGAACAAACACACAUGCCUCACAAAGACACACACACCCCAACACCUACACACACACACCAGUGCAACUGCAGUGCAGCUUAACCCUAUAUAGGGCACAUUCUUCUUCUCUGUACACAAACAGACUUCAGUGCAGUUGAACUCUACAGUAUAACAUCCUUUGGCAUACUUCAGUGUAAGAUGUUCUUAUUUUCAUGCCGUGUUUUGCUUCGUGAGUCAUAAGGGGUUCAAAGAUUUCAUCCAGGUUUUCCGUUCCUAUGUGCAUAGGGUUUCAAUUCUAUUUUAGAUUUAUAUUUCAUAUUGUGGUCCUCUGUAGCUCAGCUGGUAGAGAAUGGCGCUUGUAACGCCAGGGUAGUGGGUUCGAUCCCCGGGACCACCCAUACACAAAAAAAUAAUGUAUGCACGCAUGACUGUAAGUCGCUUUGGAUAAAAGCGUCUGCUAAAUGGCAUAUUAUUUAUUAUUAUUGCAAUGAGUCUGGUCUCUGCUCUUGUGUGUCGGUCAGAAUUGUGUGCUCAGGUGCUUGACGUGACCAGAACACGCAAGACAACCAUAAGGGGUACAGCAGUAGUAUGAGGUAAAGGUGUACAAUCGAAAUGGGGGCUAUAGGGAGAAAACAAAAUAUGAUUUUCAUCUUUGCUUACCCAUUCAUCCAUUCCUUGCUUCCUCUCCUCCUCCCUUCCCUCCCCAUGCAGAAAGCAUCACCGAGCCAGCCGGCCGACCCACCCCUUACCCCCCCACCCCCCGCUCAAAAGCCACCACCCCCUCCACCUCCCACGUCAGGCUCACUUCGCCGCGUCAUGGCACAUCACGCUCUCCCUGGGAUGACGAUGAAACCGAGGGGCCACCAGCCUCAUUCGUGGAGGCCCUGCCGCCCCCCAUGGACACUGAGAGAGCGCUCACCACCAACCGCCCCGUCACCACCCCCCACCACACACCUCACUCCACCACCACCCGCCUACCCAGCCACACCAGCCCUGGCUCCUCCCCUGCAGCUUUCGAGGACUCAGGGAGCGGCGAGCCCAGCGGAGACGACCAGGUGGAGGAGGAGGAAGAGGGUAGCGGCGUCAGAGUCCUGGAGGCGAGCGGAGAGGAGCCAGUUGGUAAAUCAAAGCUCUUUCACUUCAUAACCCAUAAUGCUGCUCUACAGGGGGUCAAGGGUCAGAGGUCAGUGGGGGUCAGGGGAGGGUUGAAUUAUAGACAUUAUACACAUUGAGCCUCUUUGCCGCUUUGAUUGGCCUACCAGUGGUGUGUAUUCAUGGAUGCCAAGGGAAGCAAGGCAAUUUACCAAGAAAAAAACAUACAAAAUAAUGUAUCUUUCGUCUCUCUGUGUUUCAUAAAUUUCCUUCAAUUCGCAAGAGGCUGAAUGUAUAUCAUCGGAGAAAGCAUCCGAGCGAACAAAACAGCGCCCCUCAGUCUCAGUAUGUGUAGCGUAUCUAUCUGAUGCUGUCUGGUCAAAAAGAGUAUGACAUUGUUGCCGCCCGUAACAUUGAAUGCCAGAGAAGCCAGCGAGCUCCUCCCUUGAUAAAAAAUAUAUGAAAAAUAGCCAAUCAGCGUUGAGCUAAACUGAGUGAGCUCAGCUGUGAAUGGUCCUGGCGCACCCAAAAUUGGAUUGGAUUUAGCUUCAGACCAAUCACAUCAGAAGCCAAACGUCAUUGACAGAAAGAAACUUGAAUUGUUUCAUCUCGUUGUGUCAUUGUCCUCUGGUGGCUAUCUAGCUAAAAUCAGCCCUUUCCUAAAUUGACCAUGGAUAGAGAUAGGGAUUUGGACUUGUGGUUUUACUUAAUUCUCCGUACUGGCCAAUGAUUAUAACUGCGAUUCUGAUCCACAUUUUCCAAAUGGCCUUCAGUACAACUUCCACUCCUUUGAGAAAAGUAUUUUCCUUUUCGUCCUGACAAAUGUUGAAGCUCCUGAACACCAACAGCUGAGUACAAUGUUAACGAUAAUGGUAUAGGGUCCAUAAAUUCAUACAUUCUGCCCCUGGCCUGAGAGAAUGGAAGUUCAACAUGUAGCUAGAUGUAGUAUGCUAAUGUUAACUAGCUGGCCUGCCGCAGUGUUGCCCAUGAAAGGAAGUUAGGCUAGCGAGCAAGCAUUUUAGCCAGGUAGCCUAGGACAACAAAAACUAAAAGUGUGUACUGUGUGACAGAGUCAUAGACCGUUUAGGCAACAUGAAAGAGGAGGAUGACAUUUGCGUUUCUCUACCAGUAGGCUGAGUCAACAUGUUUUUUUUUCUACUUGCACGCACGCACACACAAAGAAAUCAGUACCAUGGACAGCCACAUCAUAUUUAACUUACGUUGAUUGGACCAAAUCGUUUUUGGUAUCUUUUAGUUGUCACUGUAUUAGCCUAAGCGUAGAUGAUUAGAUGUUGAAAUGUUGAAGUUUAAAUGGUGCUGGAAUAGCGGAGGUAGCACCUGUUUUCUUUGCGACUUGCGGUAACUCUCCAUGGUUCUAAAUCAAUAGUUGUUUAGUAGUCCGAAUAAUGUCGGAAACUUGCUUGACCAUGCUGUAGGUCAUGUAACUGUUUGUUACAUGCAAUAUGUUUUGUGGACUUCUCCAGUUUUGUAAUGAAAUAAAUGUAUUCUUAUUGUCUCGGCCUUAGGCCUAUACAGUAUAUCGCGAUGUCAAGGCAUAUAAACUACCAGGUUAUAGAGCAAACAAUGCAAUUAUCACAACACAUAGGCUGUAAUAGGGAUUAAUUUUUUCUGGCUUGGAUUCCCUGGUGAUAUUACCCACGCACCACUACUGUGGUCAACAUAAACAACAAAAGCUACCAGUCUUUUUUAUGGAGCAUCAUAAAAACUACAUUGAGAAGUUUUAUUAAAUUAAUCAUUUGAAAUGUCAUGGUAUAUCCUUGUAUGUAACAAUGUCACAUGGAUAUUUUAAUUUAAUUUAAAGCCUUUUCAGUGUUAAAUCAGGUUAAAAUAGGCUUAAAUUAGGCUAUACUUUUUCUAUCGCAAAAAUGAAUACGCAGACAAGUAUUUGAAUACUAACGUCCAUUCGGAUAUUUGAAAAUUCUAAUAACCGUGCACAUCCCUAGGUUGAAUAUGGGCCUCUGAACUGACUCAUGGUUUGAUAUGUCAUUGCUACAUCAUACACCAUUUAAACAUGUCAUUGUUUGAUGUUAUACAUGUCAUUAUCUGAUGUUAUGUCACCACAACAGAGGUGUGUUUUCAAAGUGUCCUUUACAUUCAGUUAAGGUUAAUCCAAAUGUUAAGCAGAGAAAUACAAGAAUGUAUUCAAAACGCAAGACUGUUGUCACAGAAUCCUCCAUUCUGUGAAAAUAUGAAGCUAUUUUCAUAUUUGAAGCGUUUCUCUCCCCACAUAACUGAUUUUGUAGAAAUGGAAAACCGAAAGGUGAUGAGAUUAUUGGCUUAUGUUGGGGGGUUGUUUCAAGGCUGAGUUGAUAGCUUGAUAAGAAUAUCUCUUACCUUGUCAUUGCAACAUAGUGAUACGGAACACAACUCUCGCUCUACACAGUAAAAUCCCUCCACGGCAUUGUGGCCUUAUAGCUAAACCACUCCACCAAGCACCACACUCCAGAGACCUGUAGACUAACCCUUUUCAAUCAGCUUUUUUUUUUACCAUUCCAAAGCUCUGUGACCCUUCCAGUCACCCAACAGCUUGCUUUGACGCUCCUGAAUUGAUGGAACACGAGCCUCAUUGCUUCCUCAGUCGCUUUUCCCCCUCGCAGAUUUAUUCUCUUGUCACCAGCGGACCGGAGCGCACAUGACCUGUCUGCCAAGGAGACCUGGGUCACCUCCGUGUCUAGGUCUGUGUGUGUGUAAACAGGGGGAUGGUUCUGGUUGUGGUUGGGUAGAUGUGUGUUUGCCUCUCAAUGGAGCAAUACAUAGUCCCUGAGUCAUAGCACACCUCCCUACCCCGCCAUCCUCCCAACUCAAUCGCUGUCGUUCGUAAAUCCAUGGGCCAACAGAUGCCCUGUAGACGCCAACACUCCCCUCCCUCCUCUAUCCCUCCCUUCCUCCCAAUCCCUGUUUCUCCACAGACACCUGUCCUAGCGGCGGGUGUUUCGCUCACGGGGUGACGAGAGAGAGUCCUUGAAGAGACAACCGUCCCCAUUUGACGUCUUUACGACUUAUUCAGCAAGCCACGGUUGUUUGCUCUACGAUCAUUUCUAAUCAUAGGGUGACUGUUAAGCUGCUCCACAGAGGGACCUAUCCCCGUAAGAGAGAAACGGGUGCAGGCCAUUCCCUGGUGUACUGUGAGAGUAGCCACUUUACCCCAUUGGAGAUAACGUCAGGGUACUCAUAGAUUUAUAGCAAAGGCAAUGUUCUCUGGGACAAAGUCUUUGGAGAUAGCCAUCUGCCAAUCAGUGGACAUUUGCAGAUAGCAGUCGCCCAAUCAGUGGAAGAGAUUAGCUGUUUCCGUGGUUAUUUACCAGCCCUCAUCACAAAGUACUUAGUGCCAUUAUAACGGUAUGUAGCCCAUUAUGUAGCUACUACAGUAUGGCUCUCAUUAUGGAGAUGAGUUCCAGAUGCAGCUCUCUGAGGUUGGGGUUAAGAAGGUAUUAUGAAGUAUUAUGAAGCAUUACAAUGCGCUAUAAAGCAUUAUGAACCUUUUCCUCUCUCACCCCUUGUUCCCUAGGCUGCGGCCACCACCGCCAGAUUUUAGAUGUGUUACAAGUGUUAUGAAGCGUUAUGAGGUGUUAUGAAUCUUUAUGAACCCUCCUCUCUUUCCCCUAGACCCCACAGCCGCAGCCACCACCAUCCCCAUGGCGGAGGACCGCUCGUCGUGUGACAACACCCCAUUUGGCUGUUGUCCCGAUGGCAAGACGGCCUCCAGCAGCCCUGAGGGAGCCAACUGCCCCUGUAAGUACCCUACGACCCCCCUCUUCUUCCCCCUUUCUCCUGUUCCCCUCCUAUACCACCUCACCCCUCUUCAACCCAUUUAGGAGGCACACUUGAAAUUGAGGAGGACUUUUGGAUAUGAAACAAUGUGCUCAUAUAAAAUCUAGAGCUGUGUUGCUUCUUUCUCGUCACACAAACACCAACAUUAACAGUCGCUGCCAUCCAUGAAAUGGAAACGUGAAAUCACGCUAUUAGCACUACAAUACAUUCUCUGUACAGUACAUUUGCAGCACGCCACAUCACGCAAUGACGAAAUGCAUCACAAACAUCCGUUUGUGUCAGCGGUGGCGAGGCGCUAACGAUGUCACACCCACACAUUGUCGAUCGAUAGCUCAUUCUGCCAAAGUGUUACCGAUUUAUAGAGUGUAUCGCUCCUUAAUCAAUAUGCCAGACCUAGUUCUACUCCCAAGAAAGGCUGAUAUCACACUCAGUAGGAUGGAAAUGACAAGUCCAUGGCGACCGGCAAGGUGUAAUAUCUAUCAGCGGAGCGUCUCACUGUAUUUUCCUCCUGUAUUGACGGUGUCAGUGAUCUCUCUGAGGAGAGGAGCUAACCACUAUUUGCUAAUGCUUAGCGAAAAAAGGCGUAGUUAACUUUAGAUUGCCCGAUAAACGGUAAUCAGAAGGUGUGGACAAAUUGUGGUGGUGCGCAAAUGGACAUUUUGAUCAUGUUUGUGUUCCUUUAACCGUCCGAAUCCCCACAGUACGCCCAAACAUUUUUAUGCAUCCACGUAGUCACAAGAUUUUGUUUUUUUGUCUAGCCCAGAUAAGCAUCAGUGGGAGUGAUUCUAUUUUACUAUGACUUUGUUGCCACAUCAUUGAAACAUCUGAAAAGUGUAAUAACUUGUCAGUUACAGAAUAUGUAUCAUGUGCAUGAUUUCCCAUUUAACAAACUUUUUUGUUGUCAGAAAAUAGAAUGUGACAUACCAUUUGAAAGCUAAGCCAUGGUUAUAUUCAUAGAGUAUGCAAUGUAGGUCAAGUCACCAAAAGUGCAAACAUUUAGUAUGCAUGGAAAGGGUACAUUGUAAAGCAAUGCAUUUCCUUCUCCAUCCACAUUAGCUUGUAUGCAUCCUCCACAUCUGCCAUUCAUCUAUCUCACUCGUUUACAAUAGGAAAAGUGAAUGGGAAAAGAAGUUUGCAGUUUCCUCACCUGUCGGUGUCUUAUUUCAACAACAACAAAAACGUGAUAAUUUAAAAGUCCUGAUUGCUAUGGUCAUUUUAAGAUGUUAGGCUUGAAAAUCUGUUUAGCCAUUUUGGCACAAUGACUACCAAACCAAACUGGUUUCAUGUGGCCAAAAUACGCCAUGUGCUCAUGUAAUCUCCUACUGCUUUCUAAUGGACAAACUGGGAAUCAGACGGGAUAUAUUUACAUCAAUUGAUAGGUAGAGACUUCAGCUUUCUCCUCUUAUGUAUAUCAUUCCUGAAGACAAAAAAUGAUUCCUGUAAGACGAGAAAUUACGUUGCACAAGCCCUGCUCUUUAAAAAUAUCUAUGUUCCUAUGGGAAUGUGUGCAUCUUUAGAGCAACACCAUUAGGUAAAAGAUCUGACUUAUUUUUUUCUUCAUAAAAAAACUACCUUUUGGAACAGUAAUUGUUGACAUAUUUUAUGUAAAACCUAGACUUUCAAAACUCUUAUUCUCCAACAUUUGACAAUUGGGACCCCCCCCCCAAAAUCUGAUCUAUCGCUCUCCUCUCCUCUUUUUUUCUUCUCUCCAUCCAAACGUUCCCCAUUUGUUCCUAUUUGAUAGCUGCCCCAUCAUAUUUGAAUCGAUGUGUGUCGGGCGGAGACAACGGCAAAAAAAAGUCCUUAUCAUGCAAUUUGAACCAGCCUAUGUCAGUCACCGGUUUGGCGGCAUUAGGAGACAAUUACGGCUAUCUUCCACGAUAAUCAUACAAGUGCUCUUCGCUUUUUUCCCAGGCGAGCUCCAAGCAGGGCACCAUGAUUGAUUUGGGCAAUUUGUUCAGUUGAUUAUGAGCCGCAGCAUGAAACCUCAGCAUCAGCGCCUCUCAUCAUCUCCUCUCCAGCCCCCUUUCUCUCCUGCUUUCUGCUUUAUUUCACUCUUCUCUUUCACGAUGUCUUGAGUCUCGCUGCCGUUGUGUUGCCGGAACAACAGCAAGAGGCCAUUGGGGGUUGAUGGAUUUUGAACAGAGAAAUGGGGAUGUUUAAGGGCAAGGCGGGGCACUGUCUUUGCCAAAGCUGGAAACUUUUAGAAAAUGUUCUUCAUUUUUGCUAUGUGUGUUGUCUUGUCUGUCCCUCUCUGCUCUUUGUAAUAUGUAUGUCAAUGUUUCCUGUCUGUCUAACUGAUCUCUCUCUAUCCAGUCCUCCAUGCCUCUGCCAACUUUUGGGACAAGUCUCGGUCUGGUAAACUCCAGUCCAUUACUCCACCCCCUGCCCUUCUCCUCUUCCUCUUCCCUUCUUCUGUCACUCCUCCUCCAUAUCCCACAAUCCACUCUUUCCACUUCCACUGCGGCCAAUCACAGGCUCAGCCCCCUCAACUCCACAGCCACACCCACCAUAAAAAACAACCACACUAACCCCCCCCCCCCCCCCACCCACCCCCCCUCCCCAUACACACACGCACACACACAUGCGCACACACUCCAUCACUAACCCAGACUGGCACUACCCAAACGGUCACUGUCUGAAGCUGAGGGCGGGUAGUUGAGGGCACCGCAUGCCUCACAGGUACAGAAAGUAAAGGUUUAUAACGUGUGUGACACCAUUUCCUCCCAGCCACCAUGCGGUUCAACGGCUUCCUGCACUUGGACCAGGUGGAAGGCCAGGAGGUCUUCUACACCCCUGAGAUGGAGGAUCCCAAGUCUGAGUUGUUUGGCGAGACGGCCAGGAGCAUCGAGAGUGCUGUGAGUAGCAACCCCCCUACAUACAGAACUAGCUGCCAUAGAAGGCUGCCAUAGUCAGUUGUUCAACAACAGUCUGUCGAAGAAGUGUGGGUUGUCAAAGUUAAUGCUCGCUCUUAAACGGGGACAUUGCAUGUGUGUAUGUGGGCAACGCGCAUACGUGUGCUUCUCGACAGCUAUUGAAAUGGUGUCACUGGCCCCCGUCAAAGCCUAAUCUACCGCCUCACAUCACUCUGUGUGUGACUGUGUGUCUGUAUGUGUGUGCAUCCUACGCCUCGUGGGAGCCAGCUGUGGCAAUAGAUAGCAAAACCAUCCCCCCUCUAGCCUCUAGUGUGUGUUUGUCUGCUAGAGACUGUGUGUGGAUAUCACCUGAGGUUAAAACUAGAGAGGGGGAGAAGUGGACAUGUUUCUGGGUCAGUGUGGCCGUGGUGGCCUGGCUUGUGUCUGGGCACACACACAGAUUGGUUUUGCUAUGCUACCUGCAGUCCCGCCCACCACCCAGCAGGGGUACCUGAGGAGUAUGUGCAGAGACAUAAACAUACAGUAUGCUAGAAUAGAAAAUGGAGUAUAGUAUUAUAGAAGUGUAGUGGGAGUGAUGUCGUUCACCCCCAGACAAAUCAUUUGAGGUGAACAGAGGAGGAACAGGCCAAUUGUGUGUGCUUCAAAAACGUGUUCAUGUAAUUAUACCUUAGCUACAGCUAAAUGUCAAUUUGUGCACCUAGACCAGGCCCAAUGUGGUUCUACACAGUAGUAGACCUAUCCACUGACAUAGGGUGUGUCCCAAAUAGCAUAGUACACUACUUUUGACCACGGCAAUGUCUUCCCCCAGCCUUCUGGUAAAUGAGUUCACUGCACUCAAAUUGGAUGAGCCACUGCCCAGAGCUCAUUACCUCGCUCAUUCAUCAUCCUGGUUGUAUUCAUUAUGCACAAAACAGAACAAAACGGACUGAAACAGGGAGGGACUACCUGAUCUUGUCCAAUAAGAAACGCUCAUUUUCUGUUGCACAACAUUUUGCUAUGUUAUGUACUAAUGAAUGUGUUUCUCCUCCCUGGCUCAGCUGAACGAGUUGUUCCGUAAGUCAGAGGUGCAGAAGGAAUUCAUGAGCGUCCGAGUCCGCAGCCUGGCGCCCAGCAACUCCAUCCUGGCCUUCGUCGAGGCCCACUUCGACCCAGGUAAAAACUGUUUGAUAAAAAGUAAUGGUGAACACACUCUGGGCCAGUUUCCCGGACACAGAUUAAAAAGCAUGUUCAAUGGAGGUUGGCCUUUGAAAGUGCUUCUUAGUCCAAUAAACCAGUCUUACUGUAUGGUAUAGUAUGGCAAAUGUACUGUUAUGGCUAGUGUCGCACAGUCAUUAAACAUAGAAACAAGUUUCUAUAUGCCAAUGUCAGCAAAAGGCUAUGAUCUCUAUGGCAAGUGUAUCACUGCACUGGCAUUAUUUUUCAGAAAGUCAUUCCAUUUUAUUAAAAACACACUAGACAGUGGCUAUGUUAUUUUAGUUUUUAUUCUUUUUGCUGGACGUGGGCUGUAUUUGUAAUUUGUAAAAGCCAGGGAAAAACGAACAAACCAACAACAACGAAAUCCUCUGUGAGCUUGGUGGCGUUGUCUUUCAGACCUUGGUUCAUUUCAGGCCCCAGAGUACUGUUAAGCAUUGUUCAAACUGCAGGCCUUAAUGCUCAAAUCAGUUUUGUUUUGGAAUACUGAUUGUCCAAACAGCAAGUUACAAGUGACCAAAUCGGAUUUGUGUGUGUUCUGACAUCAGUAAUUUGCUGACAUGGCUACGCUAGUUGUCAUAGUAAUGACGGGUGUGUGUGCAGUAGUGUAGGCUGAUUAGUGGUGGUGCUUGUGCUUCCUAUCACUCAUAAGUUAUGUAGCAAGCUAAGGUGACAACAAUGCCUGCAUUGGACAUUUCCCAGUUGCAUUGAAUGUUCAAAAUCAUAGUGUAAGAACACUUUUAAAGCCUCAAAGGAUAAGAUGAUCCAACUUUGAAAACGAGUCCUUUUUGGCUAGGCACAGCAGAAAUGGGUUUCCUUGGCCGUGCAGCAACACACAAGCCUAAGAUCACAAUGCGCAAUGCCAAGCGUCGGCUGGAGUGGUGUAAAGCUUGCCGCCAUUGGACUCUGGAGCAGUGGAAACACGUUCUCUGGAGUGAUGAAUCACGAUACACCAUCUGGCUGUCCGACGGAGGAAUCUGGGUUUGGUGGAUGCCAGAAGAACGCUACCUGUUCCAAUGCAUAGUGCCAACUGUAAAGUUUGGUGGAGGAGGAAUAUUGGUCUGGGCUGUUUUUCAUGGUUCGAGCUAGGCCCCUUAGUUCCAGUAAAGAGAGAUCUUAACGCUACAGCAUACAAUGACAUUCUAGAUGAUUCUGUGCUUCUAACUUUGUGGCAACAGUUUGGGGAAGGCCCUUUCCUGUUUCAGCAUGACAAUGCCCCCGUGCACAAAGAGAGGUUCGUACAGAAAUGUUUUGUUGAGAUCGGUGUGGAAGAACUUGACUGGCCUGCACAGAGCCCUGACCUCAACCCCAUCGAACACCUUUGAGAUUAAUUGGAACGCAGAGUGCGAGCCAGGCCUAAUCGCCCAACAUCAGUGCACAACCUCACUAAUGCUCUUGUGGCUGAAUGGAAGCAAGUCCCCGUAGCAAUGUUCCAACAUCUAGUGGAAAGCCUUCCCAGAGGAGUGGAGGCUGUUAUAGCAGCAAAGGGUGGACUAAUUCCAUAUUAAUGCCCUUGAUUUUGGAAUGAGAUGUUUGUCGAGCAGGUGUCCACAUACUUUUGUAGUGUAGCUAGCUAGGUAGCUUUUUAGUUUUCUACCACAUUCACUAAUUUUUUUGUAAACAAUUACAAGCUAGUUAGCUACCACAUGUUCUUGUCUAAAUGUCAACAGAGUAGCUAGCAAGCUACAAAAUAUGCCAAAUAAGUAUAAAAACCACUUGAGGGCAAAUAAAUCAGAUUUUACCAUUCAGACACAAGUCGCAUGGCCAGGAAUCUAUGAAGGUGGUUUGAAAUGUGGCUUGUAAUAUCAGAUUCCAUGGGCUUUUUAGCCGUUCAGACUGCAGGAAGAAUAACAGAUUUGAAUCGGAUAUUCCCCAAAAUUCUAUUUGAACUGCCAAUGUGAACAAGGCUUUAGUGCCUCUCCCCUAUUGGAUAAAACCCUCCAAAAACCUUGCCCUCCUCGCCUCUUCUCUUUUUACUGGCUCCGCUCAGUGUCUUUUACAGCCGCACAAUAGAUGCUGCCAUAAAGGAACUCUGCGUCGGCCGUUUAAAAUAGCCAUCUGUGGAAAACGUUAUGAGAAAGAUUCAUCUGAACUUCAGUGAAACUUCGUUGGACGGUUGGAGGACGACUGGUCCCCUUGGGUGUGUCGUUGUCUCCUAGCAAGCGGUCUCGAUCGCUCUCGUAAAUAUUUACUAUAAUGGGAUGGAGGGAGGGGAGUUACAUUCCUAUUUUCCUGCCGUUUCAGGACAUUGCUUCUCUGCCUCCUAGUUCAGUGUCUCUCAAACCUCUCCUCUGGGACCAAAUGUUUCACAGUUUUGUUGUAGCCGUCGACUAGCAUCCCUAAUUAAACUAGUCAAGGGCUUGAUAAUUAGUUGACAAGUUGAAUCAGGUGUGCUAGCUCUGGGAUAGAUAACAUACGUGGAAGUACAUGGAACAGCUGUCCUAGUUGAGUGGUGUCCUGGGGGUUGUUGUGAACGUCUUUGUCCUCUGUGUUGUCCCACAGAGACCAGGUUCAUGGUGGAGGACAUUGAAGGAGCCCUGCUCAAGCAGCUGAAGGCGGCCAAGGAGACAGCCAUUGUGGUGAAGAAGCCAGAGGAGGAGAAUAUUCGCUUCAACAACUAUGGUAGGACACACCCAGGGGAUUGGCUUGCAUUGUUUACAUGUAAUUACAAACAUGAAGCAUGAGAAGGACAUGAAAUGUUCUUAUGAAGGACGAUGUAAGCAUGAUUAGGCAUUUUUUGGUUUUUGUAUGUCAAAGUCCAAGACUGACACGCUCCUUGACAUUUGCUCUCUCUCUGAAUCUCCCUCUCUCCAUCUGUCUACCAGGCCUGUCCAUCCUCCCCUACUUCACCGCCACUACCACGGCUACCGCCACCACCCCCACUGCCAGCACCGCCACCAGCACCACCCUGCCGCCCCCCACCUCCCCCUUCAUCCCACGCCGUCCCCUGGGCACCACACGCCGCCCCUACCCCAGCCGCCGUACCACCGCCGCCCCCUCUCCAGUGACCACUACUACCAUGGCCCCCACUCCCACUCCCACCCCUACUAUCACCCCCCUCCACAGGACCAGGCCUGUGCCCCACCACACCAAGGCCCAGCGGCCCUGCGACUCCCACCCCUGCCGCCACGGCGGCACCUGCGAGGACGACGGCGCCGACUUCAGCUGCAUCUGCCCCGCCGGGAGAGGGGGCGCCGUCUGCGAGAAAUGUGAGUGGAGCCCCCUCGCCCUCUUCCUUGACCGACAUACACACACAUACAAACCCUACUUUGAAAAGGAGAUGAAAAUGAACACAAUCCUAAAAGAGAACAGUAGGUUCCUAUUGAUGUCUUGAAAUUACAGUGCUGAACUGGAACUGACCAAUACCUUGCACCAAAGACAAUACCCGAACCCAUACAACUUACCUUCCGGUCUAUUUAACUCAAUAGAUAUCCAACCUCUAUCAAAGUUGCUACACCGCUAGCUAAAUAACCAAAGAGGUUAUCAACCACUGCGCAUUCUACUAGUCAACGCUAAAGUAAACUGAUAUCAAAUCAGUGUCUGCUGCACCGAGCAACAAAAUCAAAUGUUGAGUGCUGUCAGAGCAAUCUCAAGAGCUUUUUUCACUUAGUUUCUCCCACUCGGUGGUCUCUGAUAAGAAAUUACCUCACGCAGCUGCAUCUUAAAAUAAUUGACACUAAGUGCUUUGAUCGGGAUUAGCUGGUGGAAAUCAGCGUGUGUUUGAGUCAGAGUGUGUGUGAGUGGCUAAGUGACAGCCCCAUAGCCUCCCUCGAAUCAAUCAAAUCAUUAGACAAGAUAAUUUCAUCAGCCUACAUUCUCCCAAGACGACUAGAGGCGGACAGAGAUGAUAAUGAUGAUAUAAUGACAGAGUGAGAGAAACAAGUGUGCGUGUGUACGUGUUUUGUGUAUGUGUGCGCGUUCAUGUGUGCAUUCGUGUCAAAACUCAAAGUAUACAAUCGAAAACACAUCAUCAAGCCGUCCUUUUCUACCUGACGAUACACACCAGCACAUAUUCUUUAAGUCACGGGUUCUCUCUUUCCACACAUCUGUCUGUUGAGCUUACUGUAUGACCUCCCGAGCUAGGCUAGGCUAUGUUAACUUAACUUAACUAGGCUCUUGCCUUCAACUGUUUGACAUGUACCAACCAUAGCGUUGCCAUUAAAUGCUUUUGUGACAAGCUGUGUGAUUAGCACCCUCUAUCCAACCUAUGGUAUCAACAUUACACCUAGUAUGUGACACCCUUCCGUCCACUCUCUUCUUCCCAUUAAAAAAAUAUAUUACUAUUACCCCCCCAAAAAAAAAAAUCCACUCCACAAACAAAAGUAUACAUACUGUACGAACAACAAUUUACAGACCCACAAAAACAAUGACUACAUCUCCUCUGCCCAGACCCGUAUGCUCACACAAACCACCUUCCCUAGUGUCUGCAUUAUUGUUUGCCACUUGGCCUUAAAUCAUACCAAUGUAUUUUUCUCGGUUGCCGAUGCCAUUUCAAUAUUUCAAUAAUAAAUCAUUCGAUUUUUCCAUUGUGUCAAUGAUGGCGGAUUGAUUGAUUUCCACGUUUUUAGUAUAUGUUUUUUUCAAGUUGAGUGAUAACAAGAGAAUCGUCCAGCCAAUUGGGUAUCUCACUCCACCCCCAUAAGCCAUAUCUUGAAAUAUGCAGACAGACAGAUUAAAAGUAAGUUUACAUUUUAAUACUUCUGACAGCCAACUUUCUAGCUCCGCCCACAACUUCCGGACUUUAUAGCAUUCCCAGAAAGCAUGGAUUAUUGAGUCGUUAUUCGUUUUACACUUGAGACAUGACUCUGCCAUUGUGCUGUAGAAUAUGUGAAUUUUGUCUCUUGUAUAAUACAUUCUAUACAUUAGUUUAUACUGGAUUAAGCGUACAUUUUCAUUAACUGUAAUUUCGUUAGUUAUGCUCCAACUCUCCUUCCAUCUUGUGCCAACAUCAGUUCUUGGUUCCAAUAGUUUAUUUUUUUUCUAAGAGAUUGUCAGUUGGAUAUGCUCUCUGCAAGGUUUUGUAUAUCUUCCCUAUAAUAUGAACAUCCUUUUCUGACUCAAAUAAGAUUCCCUCAAGGUUGCUCUAAUGUACAAAAGAUUUCAAAUCUAUAUUUCGUGAUAUGUAACUUUUAAGUUGCAUGUAUUUGAAACUAUCUACAUUGGUCAGUUCAAAAUUACUUUUUAAUUAUGUUAUGGAAAUACAUGUAUUUCCUGUUUAAAAUAAUUUACGGUGGACCAAUUUAUCUUUGAAUUCUGAAAAGCUAUCCAAGGAUUGUUCCAUAAGGUUGUUUUUAGGGAGUGAUAUUGGUUCUUGUUGAAUAUGUUUCAUUUUCUUCCAUAUUGUUAUAGUGUUCUUAACUAUGAAGUUGUUAAUGUUCUUAACUUUAUCCUUUGAAAAUAGACAUGUACAAAUAUUCUGGGGAUGAGCAUGUGAAUCUUCAAUAUGUACCCAUUGUUCCUCUUUAAUGCAUUUAACUAUAUGUCGCAAGUAAAAGCCUUGGGUAGCGAGUUGAUACAAUUCCAAGGCUGGAAGGUUAAAACCACCCUCAGACUUAGAAAGAUGUAAAACUUUCCUUUUUAUUCUAUGAAUUUUAUUUGCUCUUAUAAAGUCUGUUAUGACAGAGUAUACUUUUUUAAAGAAUGUCUUCGGUGGGGUAAUUGGAAUUACCAAAAAUAAAUACCCCUCUCUUCUUCCCAGUGAUCACAUACUUCAUCCCGUCAUUCGGGGGUAAGUCCUAUCUGGCCUUCGACACCAUGAGGGCCUACCACACGGUCCGCAUCGCCAUGGAGUUCAGGGUGGCCGAGAUGACGGGCAUCCUGCUCUUCAAUGGCCAGGAUGGCAAGAAGGACUUCCUGUCUCUCACCCUGGUCAAUGGCAAAGUGGAGCUCAAGUGAGUGGACAGGUGGAGGGGAUUAAACAGGAAGUGACAAAACAGGAAGAGGUUCAGUUGUGUCAAAGGGCAUUGAUAGCAAGCUGUAGAUCAGGGUGUCAAACAUACAUCCCGGAUCCGGCCCGCGAAUGUGUCCUAUCUGGCCCGCGGGUGGUUUGAGUAAAAAAAGUAUAUAUACACUACAUGGCCAAAAGUAUGUGGACACCUGCUUGUCGAACAUCUCAUUCCAAAAUCAUGGUUAUUAAUAUGGAGUUGUUCCCCCUUUGCUGCUAUAACAGCCUCCACUCUUCUGGGAAGGCUUUUUCCACUAGUUGUUGGAACAUUGCUGUGGGGACUUGCUUCCAUUCAGCCACAAGUGCAUUAGUGAGGUCAGGUACUGAUGUUGGUUGAUUUGGCCUGGCUCGCAGUUGGCGUUCCAAUUCUUCCCAAAGGUGUUCGAUGGGGUUGUGGUCAGGGCUCUGUACAGGCUAGUCAAGUUCUUCCACACCGAUCUCGACAAACCAUUUCUGUAUGGACCUCACUUUGCACGGGCGUAUUGUCAUGCUGAAACCGUUGCCACAAAGUUGGAAGCACAGAAUCGUCUAGAAUGUCAUUGUAUACUGUAGCGUUAAGAUUUCCCUUCACUGGAACUAGGGGGCCUAGGCCAAACCAUGAAAAACAGCUCGAGACCAUUAUUCCUCCUCCACCAAACUUUACAGUUGGCACUAUGCAUUGGGGCAGGUAGCGUUCUCUUGGCACUCACCAAACCCAGAUUAAUCCGUCGACCUGCCAGAUGGUGAAGCGUGAUUCAUCACUCCAGAGAACGCGUUUCCACUGCUCCAGAGUCCAAUGGCGGUGAGCUUUACACCACUCCAGCUGACACUUGGCAUUGCGCAUGAUGAUCUUAGCCGGAUGCUCGGCCAUGGAAACCCAUUUCAUGAAGCUCCCGACUAACAGUUAUUGUGCUGACGUUGCUUCCAGAGGCAGUUUGGAACUUGGUAGUGAGUGUUGCAACCGAGGACAGACCAUUUUUACGCGCUACGCGCUUCAGCACUUAGUGCUCCUGAUCUGUGAGCUUGUGUGGCCUAUAAUUUCGCGGCGGAGCCGUUGUUGCUCCUAGACGUUUCCACUUCACAAUAACAGCACUUAUAGUUGACCGGGGCAGCUCUAGCAUGGCAGACAUUUUAUGAACUGACUUGUUGUAAAGGUGGCAUCCUAUGAAGGUGCCACGUUGAAAGUCACUGAGCUCUUCAGUGAGGUCAUUCUACUGCCAAUGUUUGUCUAUGGCGAUUGCAUGGCUGUGUGCUCGAUGUUAUACACCUGUCAGCAACGGGUGUGAAUGAAAUAGCCAAAUCCACUAAUUUGAAGGGGUGUCCACAUAGUUUUGUGUGUGUGUAUAUAUGUAUGUAUAUACACUAUCGGUCAAAAGUUUUAGAACACCUACUCGUUCAAGGGUUUUUCUUUAUUUUUAAUAUUUUCUACAUUGUAGAAUAAUGGUGAAGACAUCAAAACUAUGAAAUAACUCAUAUGGAAUCAUGUAGUAACCAACAUUUUUUAAACAAAUCAAUAUAUUUUUUUAUUUUGAGAUUCUUCAAAUAGCCACCCUUUGCCUUGAUGACAGCUUUGCACACUCUUGGCAUUCUCUCAACCAGCUUCAUGAGGUAGUCACCUGGAAUUCCUUUCAAUUAACAGGUGUGCCUUCUUAAAAGUUAAUUUGUGGAAUUUCUUUCCUUAAUGCGUUUCAGCCAAUCAAUUGUGUUGUGACAAGGUAUACAGAAGAUAGCCCUAUAUGCUAAAAGACCAAGUCCAUAUUAUGGCAAUAACAGCUCAAAUAAGCAAAGAGAAAUGACAGUCCAUCAUUACUUUAAGAGAUGAAGGUCAGUCAAUCCAGAAAAUGUCAAGAACUUUGAAAGUUUCUUCCAAGUGCAGUCCCAAAAACCAUCAAGGGCUAUGAUGAAACUGGCUCUCAUGAGGACCGCCAUAGGAAUGGAAGACCCAGAGUUACCUCUGAUGCAGAGGAUAAGUUCAUUAGAGUUACCAGCCUCAGAAAUUGCAGCCCAAAUAAAUGCUUCACACAGUUCAAGUAACAGACACAUCUCAACAUUCCUGUUCAGAGGAGACUGCGUGAAUCAGGCCUUCAUGGUUGAAUUGCUGCAAAGAAACCACUACUAAAGGACACCAAUGGGAAGAAGAGACUUGCUUGGGCCAAGAAACACGAGCAAUGGACAUUAGACCGGUGGAAAUUUGUCCUUUUGUCUGGAGUCCAAAUGUGAGAUUUUUUGUUCCAACCGCCGUGUCUUUGUGAGACGCGGUCUGCAGUGAUAUGCCAUCCCAUCUUAGUGGGACUAUAAUUUGUUUUUCAACAGGACAAUGACCCAACACACCUCCAGGCUGCGUAAGGGCUAUUUUACCAAGAAGGAGAGUGAUGGAGUGCUGCAUCAGAUGACCUGGCCUCCACAAUCCCCCGACCUCAACCCAAUUGAGAUGGUUUGGGAUGAGUCAAACGGCAGAGUGAAGGAAAAGCAGACAACAAGUGCUAAGCAUGUAUGGGAACUCCUUCAAGACUAUUUGAAAUUGCAUUCCAGGUGAAGCUGGUUGAGAGAAUGUCAAGAGUGUGCAAAGCUGUCGUAAUGGCAAAGGGUGGCUAUUUGAAGAAUCUCAAAUAUUAAAUAUAUUUUGAUUUGUUUAACACUUUCUUGGUUACUACAUGAUUCCAUAUGUGUUAUUUCAUAGUUUUGAUGUCUUCACUAUUAUUCUACAAUGUAGAAAAUAGUUUUUAAAAAAACGUUAUUCAGUAGGUGUGACCAAACAUUGGACUGGUAUUGGGGGAUUCUGGAGGCAAGGUGAUCUGAUGCAGCACUCCCUCACUCUCCUUCUUGGUCAAAUAGCCCUUACACAGCCUGGAGGUGUGUUGGAUCAUUGUCCUGUUGAAAAACCAAUGAUAAUCCCACUAAUCCCAAACCAGAUGUGAUGGCGUAUCGCUGCAGAAUGCUGUGGUAGCCAUGCUGGUUAAGUGUGCAGCAAAGCGCCCCCACACCAUAACACCUCCUCCUCCAUGCUUUACGGUGGGAAAUACACAUGCGGAGAUCAUCCGUUCACCCACACCGCGUCUCACAAAGACACGGCGGUUGGAACAAAAAAUCUCACAUUUGGACUCCAGACCAAAGGACACAUUUCCACCGAUCUAAUGUCCAUUGCUCGUGUUUCUUGGCCUUCUUAUUGGUGUCCUUUAGAAGUGGUUUCACUGCAGGAAUUCGACCAUGAAGGCCUGAUUCACACAGUCUCCUCUGAACAGUUGAUGUUGAGAUGUGUCUGUUACUUGAACUCUGUGAAGCAUUUUUUUGUGCUGCAAUUUCUGAUGCUGGUAACUCUAAUGAACCUAUCCUCUGCAGCAGAGGUAACUCUGGGUCUUACAUUCCUGUGAUGGUCCUCAUGACAGCCAGUUUCAUCAUAGCACUUAAUGGUUUUUGCGACUGCACUUGAAGAAACUUUAAAAGUUCUUCAAAUUUUUUGGAUUGACUGACCUUCACGUCUUAAAGUAAUGAUGGAUUGUCGUUUGUUUUUGCUUAUUUGAGCUGUUCUUGCUAUAAUAUGUACUUGGUCUUUUACCAAAUAGGGCUAUCUUCUGUAUACCCCCCAUACCUUGUCACAACCCAAGUGAUUGGCUCAAACACAUUAAGAAGGAAAGAAAUUCCACAAAUUAACUUUUAAGAAGGCACACCUGUUAAUUGAAAUGUAUUCCAGGUUGAGAGAAUGCCAAGAGUUUGCAAAACUGUCAUCAAGGCAAAGGGUUGCUAUUUGAAGAAUCUCAAAUAUAAAAUAUAUUUGGAUUUGUUUAACACUUUUUUGGUUACUACAUGAUUCCGUAUGUGUUAUUUCAUAGUUUUGAUGUCUUCACUAGUAUUCUAAAAUGUUACAAAUAGUAAAAAAUAAAGAAAAACCCUUGAAUUAGUAGGUGUGUCCAAACUUUUGACUGGUACUGUAUAUGUGUGUGUGUAUAUAUAUAUAUAUAUAUAUAUAUAUAUAUAUAUAUAUAUAUAUAUAUAUAUAUAUAUAUAUAUAUAUAUAUAUAUACACAGUAUGUAUAUAACUAUAUAUUUUAAAAUGACUAAAAUCGAAUCGAAACUGUGUAGAAAUGAUAAUGGACCUACAGCAUUAGAGAACAUAAGUUGAGGGCAAUUGAAUAUAAGAAAUAUAAUACCAUCAAUUCUCAACUAAGUUUUACUUAGGUACAUGUAGGGCAGUUAGUCAGGUGUAGCUGUGCACCAAUGAACCUCUAAACUGCUUCCUUCGAAAAAAUGAAUAUGCUGAAAAACAUAUGCAGUAUUGGCCAGUAUCCUGGAUCCAGAUUAAGCCUAUUACUGGAUUAAAAAUCCUCUUUCAAUGCAGAUACUCCAUUGAACAUAUUAUAUGAAGAUGAUAGUUUGCUUCCCACCCUAGGUUCAACACAGGCUCGGGCACAGGCACACUGGUCAGUAAGGUCCAGGUGAAGCAGGGUCGCUGGCACCAGCUGGUGGUGACGAGGAACCGGCGCAACGCUGUGCUGAGCGUGGAUGACGAGCCCCACAUCGAGGGCUCCAGCCCCCCCGGCACUGACGGCCUCAACCUGGACACAAACCUCUUCAUCGGAGGGGUGCCCGAGGACAUGAUGACAGAGUAAGGCCUAACAUGAAGAUGGCGUUAGUAUGGUUGUAUAUUAGCAAUAUAUAAUUAGUAAUAUGUUAGUAUAUAUAGAGAAAAGUAGAUUGAUGUAGAAAGAAGAUUUUAGUUGUUGAGUUAUAUGAAAACAGUUAUGUACGGAACUCUCCUAUACCAUAGUGGUUUAUUGAGACGCAUACACAGUGAGCAUUAUCAGAGUUGCAGAUAUUGCUUUUUUCAUAUUAUUUGUUUGUUUUUUCUGUCCAGAACCUGUGUGUAUUUUUCCUAUUUUUCACUCAAUUGAGUUGAAUAACUGUCGAAUGGCUGAUGGUAUAUUAUCAUUCACGCUUUUUCUCUCUCUCCCUCUCUCCGUCUCUCUCACUCUAUGUCCCUCUUGCUUCCCCCUCUCUCUCUCUCUCACUCCCUCCUCUCUCUCUCUCUCUCCCUCCAACACUUUCUCUCCCUCCUGCUCUCUCCAUCCCCCUCUCUCUUAGUGUGAAGGAGAGGACCUCCGCCGGUACAGGUCUUGUUGGCUGUGUUCGCACGCUGGACGUCAACAACCUGGUGUACAACCUGCAGGAGAAGGGUGGCACCGUGCUCUAUGGCACCGGCGUAGGCGAGUGCGGCAACAACCCGUGCCAGCCCAACCCCUGCAGGAACGGCGCCUCAUGCCAGGUCAAGGAGGCCGAGAUGUUCCACUGCAAGUGCAUCAACGGCUACUCCGGUCAGCCAAACACUUUUUCUUUCUAACAACAGGGUCAUAGUCAUUAGGCACCAAACGGAAGAAAGUGGACCGCAACAUCGAAGGACUACAUGGACUUGUCCACAGAGAAACGCCCUUUUUGGUUUUCCGUUGCAACAAGUUUCAAAAUGUUUUUUGUUGCAUGCCCUAAUGAACAUGACCCAGACCUCAGUUCAUGGCACCGUAGGUCUGGGUUCACAAAUAGUAUUUGGUUUUGUUUAUUUGAAUAAUUAAACUGCACUUGAUUGAGCUUGCCUGGCCCCAUAGAACCAAAUGACAUAUUCCCCACAGUAGAAGUCUUCAUGGAUCCACCUGUACCUGAACACCUGAGACCCGGUCCGGGACCCGAGCGAGUCCAGAUACAGAUUUCUAAAGAAUAUCACGGGUCGGAUCUUAGAUGAUUGUCACGGGUCUCGGGUAUGUGUAAUUGUAACUGACUUGUUUGGAAGGGCCAGUACAGAUCCCAACGCAACUGCUGCAGUAGAGAGAGAGAGAGAGAGAGAGAGAUAAAUGUCGUCAUUUAUGCUGCUGCUCUUGCUUUUCACUUGAGUGGACCGUGGCGUGUGUAGCUUGUGGUUGGCCAAUCAUAAGUCAUCAAAGCUGCAAUAGGCUACAGUCAUAGAGCCUCGCUCCGUGUAUGGCAAAAUUUAGGAGAUAUCUAAUCAAUGGAAGAUGGAAUUAAAAUGAGGGAGUUAAAAGAGAGCUGUCCUCCUGUAGGGGUGGGAGGGCCAAGAGACCAGAGGUGGCGGAAUGGAGUGCUCGGUUUGGGAUGUAGGGUUUGAGCAUAGCCUAAUGUACGAAGGGGCAGUUCCCCUUGCUGCUCCGUAGACAAGCACACCAGGGUCUUGAAGAUGAUGCGAGCUUAGACUGGAAGCCAGUGGAGUGUGCAAGAGGAGCGGGGUGACAUGGGAGGACUUAGGAAGGUUGAACACAAGGUGGGCUGCGGCAUUAUGGUUUGAUGGCAGAAGCGGGGAUCCCAGCCAACAGAGAGUUGCAUUAGUCUAGACGGGAGUUGACAAGUGCCUGGAUUAGGACCUGCGCCACUUCCUGUGUGAGGAAAGGUUGUUUACUCUACAAAGCAGUGACUGCAGGAGUGCGUCACUGCUUUGGUGUUUGCAGAGAACGAAAGGGUCUUGUCCAGGGUCACGCCAAGGUUCUUUGCACUCUGCGAGAGGGACACCGUGGAGUUGUCAACCGUGAUGGAGAGGUCUUGGAGUGGGCAGGCCUUCCCCGGGAGGAAGAGCAGCUCCGUUUUGUUGAGAUUGAGCUUGAGGUGGUGGUCCGACAUCCAAGCUGAGAUGUCUGCCAGGCACGCAGAGAUGCGUGUUGCCACCUGGGUGUCAGAAUGGGGGAAGGAGAAGAGUAGUUGAGUGUCAUCCACAUAGUAAUGAUAGAAGAGACCAUGUGAAGAUAUGACAGAGUCAAGUGACUUGGUGUAAAGAGAAAAGAGGAGAGGGCCUAGAACCGAGCCCUGGGGGACACCAGUAGUGAGAGCACGUCGCCGCGCCACCUGGUAGGAGCGACCUGUCAGGUAGGAUGCAAUCCAAGAGUUUGCAGCGCCUGAGACGCCCAACCCUGAGAAGGUGGAGAGGAGGAUCUGAUGGUUCACAGUGUUGAAGGCAGCGGAUAGAUCUAGGAGGAUGAGAACAGAGGAGAGAGAGUCAGCUUUAGCAGAGCGGCGAGCGUCUGUGACACAGAGGAGAGCGGUCUCAGUUGAAUGAGCUGCCUUGAAGCCUGACUGGUAAGGGUCAAGAAGAUCGUUCUGAGAGAGAUAAUGUGAGAGUUGGUCAGAGACCAGAGAGAGGGAGAUGGAGUAAGAGGGAGAGUGUGAGAGGGAGAGUGUGAGAGGGAGAGUGUGAGAGGGAGAGUGAGAGAGAGAGAGAGAGAGAGAGAGAGAGAGAGAGAGAGAGAGAGGAGAUGAGAGAGAGAGAGAGAGAGAGAGAGAGAGAGAGAGAGAGAGAGAGAGAGAGAGAGAGAGAGAGAGAGAGAGAGAGAGAGAGAGAGAGAGAGAGAGAGAGUAAUAGAUAGCAAUGGGAGAAAGCCUUCCUUCAGCAUUCUCCUCGCUUCAGGCAGCUCUGGCUACUGAAAUAAUGACAGCUGAAUGGCUAGUGUAGGGCAAAGCCAUUUCAGCCAUCCGGGAGCCAUUUCAGCCACCUCUCCCACAGCCAGGAACUAAGUCUCCAUACGCAUGACUGCAAGACAGUGUGCCUGGGUCUUUCCUUAAUCUGCACGUUUAAUAUUUCUAAAUUCUAUCAGAAAAUGACCUCUCUUACUGAGGAAAUCCAUCCUCACCCUCGACUCACAUGGAAUGGAGGGAAAAUGGUCUGAAAGGCCUAGGUUGUAUUAAUUAGGGCAUACCGUAGCAAAACGGAUUGAAAUAGAAAAUGAACGAGUUUCUUAGAAUACAACUUCAUUGUCCAUAUGUUACAGCAUGUCACGCCCUGGUUCUGGGACUCUUAUAUGUUGAGCCAGGGUGUGUAGUUUCUAUGUGUUUGUGUUCUGUGGUUAAGUUCUAGUGCUUGUGUUUCUAUGUUGGCCGGGGUGGUUCUCAAUCAGAGGCAACGUGAAUCAGCUGUUGCUUGUUGUCUCUUAUUGGGACCCAUACUUAGGCAGCCGUUUGGGCAUUGUCAUUUGUGGGAUCUUGUUCCGUUUGGUUUGUGUAACCGUAGGACUGCACGUUUCGUAUCGUUUGUUGUUUUGUUCUGGAAUAAAAUAAAGUAUGUUCACAUUCCACGCUGCGCAUUGGUCCACUUCUCAAGACGAUCGUGACACAGCAAACAACGUUAACUUGUCUUCUGCCCCAUUCUUGUCUUAUUGGACAGGUUCAGGUAGUCCCUCCCUUUUUGUCAUUUAUUUCCCUUUUUGGUGCCUAAUGAAUACAACCCUGGUUUUUAUAAGAGAAGAUGGUUUAAAGAUUCUGUAUUUUGAGUUCUGACUUGUUUUUUUUUCUUCUGGUGAAAUACAGGUCCGACGUGCGCCGACACCCACAAUCCAUGCGAGCCUAACAGAUGCCACCCAUCAUCCCAGUGUCAGGUGCAACCAGAGGGAGGGUACAAGUGCGAGUGUCCCAUGGGCCGCGAGGGACGUCAUUGUGAGCGAGGUACACUCACUCACACACACACACACACACACUUUCCUAACCCCACUGGGUCGAGAAACACCUGAGGAACCGCCUCUUGCCUCAACACAAGUCCCAGUUAGCAGGUGAUUAAAAUAAAUUGGGGUGAACUGAAAAUCAAUGUGAGGGAAAGAGCGUCUCACACUCUGAGGGCUUCGAUUAAAUAUGUGAGAUAACUAAUGGCAUCAGUCCUCCCAUGGUGAUUAAUGACAAAGUCACUCAUCCUGAGUGUCUGGCCGACACAGGAUCUGGAUCAGAUAACAGAACCAUCAUUCAGCUGAGUAUGCUUUAAGGGCUGUACUGGGAACAGUUAAAGACAGGAUCUCUCGGAUAAAAAUACAUAAUCCAGUGGCGUAUGCUUUAAAGGCUGUACUGGGAACAGUUAAAGACAGGUGGUGUCGCCAACCGCCUACUCGAAGGAAGCCCUUGGUAGACAUAGUUAUACUAAUAAGUAUAAAAGUGCCUUUCCCUAGUAGUUGGCUGCUGUCCCCAAUUCAACUACAUAGAGUUGCUUCACUGGAACUCGGUGUGAGAUUUUCAAAUCCAACUGUCCAUCUCCCUUUACCUUGUCACUCACUUAUCUGAGUCCUUGUACAUUAUGGCAGAAACAUAGCCAGUCCUUUAAACUAUAGGUGCAAUUCUCCGCUCAAAUUUGCUUAUGACAAGUAGUGUGUGUGUGUGUGUGCAUGCAUUCAGCUAAAGAAACCAAAAUCUUCUCCCGCUCCACUCUGUAAACAGGCCGAGUUCCGAGGUAGCUCUUUCCUUUCCUUAUUAUGACAGCUGCUUUGACGACACACUUCCUUGUUGUGUCUGCAGCGGUGCUCCUAUUCUCCUCUCCUCUGUUAACGUCAUUAGCCGUUUCCUGAACAAUGGCUAAUUAGCGUUCUCAUCUCCGUCUGCCUCCCCUCCCCACCCUGACUCAGUUAGCUAAUCCUGCCUAAUUACCAAUGAAAAGAGCCUCGCAGCCCCAAACUGUGUGUGUGUGUCUGGGUGUGUGAGGACUAGGCCACCAUUGUUAUUUGAAAUGGAACCCCUGGUUGGGUAGCACUGACUUCACCCAAUGUGCCCCUGACAGACUGCAUAAGCCUUCUUACUGUCAUAAGUGUGCAUAGUGCUAUCGUAAGGAUGAAAUAAUGCCUGUUGUAAUGCAUUCUGUUUGUGUUUCAUCUUCAGUGUCGGACAAGAAAGGGACCUACAUGCCGUUCUUUAGCGGUGACUCUUAUCUGGAGUUGAAGGGAUUGCACACCUACGGUCACGAUCUCCAGUAAGUCAAAUGCAAAUUUCACUACACACAGGCAUACAGACACACACACACAUACUCACACACACACUCCAUACAUUACAUACACAACACCAUAUGUUUCCACAAAGACACUGUCACUGAUAUUUGAGUGUAUUCUGGUCCUGUAUUGUAAAGGCAUAUUGAUCUCCAGGAGUAGGUACUCAGGAGUUGUGAAUUGAUGUAAUGGCAGACAGAUACUUAAAGCUGUGCCUCCAGCAGAACAGUCUUGUGAUGGAUUAAAUAUAAUUAAAUGGAACAGAUAAUUGUCCUCCUUAGAAAUAGUAUUCCAUAGAAAUAUAAUUAAUAACAUUUAUAUGUUGUCCUCUAUGGUGGGAAUUAUUUUCAGUCUUGUGUAGGUUACACAAAAGAACACACAAGUACAGCUACCGUCACAUACAAAAUUGUCACAUUAUGAAAAGACCAGAUAGACAUAACAGUAGACAGACAGGCAUGGUAGACAAGUGUUUAAUAUCAGGUCUGGCCUCUGUUCAGCGAUGGUGUUUGUUUACCAUUGUUCUUGGUCUUCUGUCUGGUGUUUGUUUACCGUUGUUUUGUGUUUAGUCUGGCGCUUGUUUACUCAUGUUGUAUGUGUUUUGUCUGCAGCCAAAAGGUCAGCAUGACGGUGGUGCUCAUGGCCAUCGAAUCCAACGGCAUGAUUUUCCACAAUGGCCAGAAGACCGACGGCAAAGGGGACUUCAUCUCCCUCUCCCUCAAUGACGGCAUCCUGGAGUUCCGCUACGACCUGGGCAAGGGCCCAGCCGUCAUCAGGUGGGCACCACACUAGAACCCCAUAGUGACUCUAGUCUAAAACCCCAUAGUGACUCUAGUCUAAAACCCCAUAGUGACUCUAGUCUAAAACCCCAUAGUGACUCUAGUCUAAAACCCCAUAGUGACUCUAGUCUAAAACCCCAUAGUGACUCUAGUCUAAAACCCCAUAGUGACUCUAGUCUAAAACCCCAUAGUAACUCUAGUCUAAAACUCCAUAGUGAGUCUAGUCUGAAACCCCAUAUUGACUCUAGUCUAAAACCCCAUAGUGACUCAAGUCUAAAACCGCAUAGCGACUAAUCUAGAUCCCCAUGUUGACUUUAGUCUAGAACCCCAUAGUGAUUCUAGUCUAUAAACAAAUAGUGACUCUAGUGUAGAACCCCAUAGUGACUGGUCUAGAAUCCCAUAGUGACUAAUGUCUAGAACCCCAGAAUGACUCGAGUCUAGAACCGCAUAAUAACUAAUCUAGAACCGCAUAGCGACUCUAGUCUAGAACACCAUAGUGUGGCAGGUCUUAAACCGCAUAGCGACUAAUCUACUACCCCAUAGCGAAUAAUUUACUACCCCAUAGCGACUCUAGUCUAGAACCCAAUAAUGACUCUUAUCUAGAACUCCAUAGUGACUCUAGUCUAGAACCCCGUAGCAACUCUAGUCUAGACACCUAUAAUGAAUCUUGAACCUCAUAGUGAGUCUAGAACAUAGUCUGUAGUCCUUGUUAACUGGGUUAUUGUCAUCUCUUGAUUUUGGAUUGUACUUGAGUGUGUUGCUUUGAGAUGUCCCUGACCUCUUGGCUCAUUUGUGUCUGCUCCUCUCAUGCAGGAGUAAAGAUAAGGUCAAGAUGGGUGUGUGGAACACAGUGAAUCUGGAGAGGGCCAGUCGCAAGGGAGAGAUCAACAUCAACGGAAAGGACCCAGUCAGGGGAGAGUCGCCGGUGAGACAGAGGGAGAGAGCUAGCAUGCUAGGCUAAUCACGCUUCUUUAUGAUUAGCCUAGCUAUUAGCAUGCAAGGCAAACCGGAUAUGAAUAUACUCUGCAUAGCUGCUAGCAUGCAAGGCAAUACCCAGCCUUGCUUAUGCUUAGCCUGCGCUACUGUGUGUGUGUUUGCGUAUGUGUGUGUCACUGUAGCGCCACAUCCUUGGCCAUGCAUAUAUGGCCUUAUCAAUGAAGCUGUUCAACUCAGUGCCCAGAGUGCACUGAUGAUAACACACCAGAGCUGACUCUGCAAAACGCUUCCCUAGUUGAGGUCGUCCAAAAGGGCAUACACGCUACUGAAAAAAUUUCCACUGUAUUCUGAUAUCUCGUCAAGGUGAGAAAUAGUAUGCUGGCGACGUAGAGGGCACGUUUGACAGGCGGUCUCUGAUUUGGAAAUGCCUUAUUUCCCUCCUUUUUAAAAUCCUUUUUAUCUGCCAUCUUUGCAUCUGCUGAAAUGCCUACACAGUAGCAUGAUCUUGUUCUUAUUUGUUUCAGUCACGAAAAACAACCUCUAUGGCCUGAGUGGUAUACACCCAUUAGUAUGACUUAACAUAUUCCUUUUAGCUCCUAGUGAAGCAAAGAACCCCAAUAGUGCAGCCCAUUAAUGUGUACACGCAUUAGUUCAAGUUCAAGUUUUAUUGUCACAUGCACAAGUACAGUUAUUAUCAUUAUUACAUUAUUUUAACCCAUGCUCUUAAAAACUCUAGGGAGAUGGAUACAGUAGGGAGAACAAGUAUUUGAUACACUGCCGAUUUUGCAGGUUUUCCUACUUACAAAGCAUGUAGAGGUCUGUAAUUUUUAUCAUAGGUACACUUCAACUGUGAGAGACGGAAUCUAAAACAAAAAUCCAGAAAAUCACAUUGUAUGAUUUUUAAGUAAUUAAUUUGCAUUUUAUUGCAUGACAUAAGUAUUUGAUCACCUACCAACCAGUAAGAAUUCCGGCUCUCACAGACCUGUUAGUUUUUCUUUAAGAAGCCCUCCUGUUCUCCACUCAUUACCUGUAUUAACUGCACCUGUUUGAACUCGUUACCUGUAUAAAAGACACCUGUCCACACACCAAUCAAACAGACUCCAACCUCUCCACAAUGGCCAAGACCAGAGAGCUGUGUAAGGACAUCAGGGAUAAAAUUGUAGACCUGCUACAGGACAAUAGGCAAGCAGCUUGGUGAGAAGGCAACAACUGUUGGCGCAAUUAUUAGAAAAUGGAAGAAGUUCAAGAUGAGGGUCAAUCACCCUCGGUCUGGGGCUCCAUGCAAGAUCUCACCUCGUGGGGACAUCAAUGAUCAUGAGGAAGGUGAGGGAUCAGCCCAGAACUACACGGCAGGACCUGGUCAAUGACCUGAAGAGAGCUGGGACUAAACUAUAGCUUUUUGGUCUAAACUCCACUCGCCGUGUUUGGAGGAAGAAGAAGGAUGAGUACAACCCCAAGAACACCAUCCCAACCGUGAAGCAUGGAGGUGGAAACAUCAUUCUUUGGGGAUGCUUUUCUGCAAAGGGGACAGGACGACUGCACCGUAUUAAGGGGAGGAUGGAUGGGGCCAUGUAUCGCGAGAUCUUGGCCAAUAACCUCCUUCCCUCAGUAAGAGCAUUGAAGAUGGGUCGUGGCUGGGUCUUCCAGCAUGACAACGGCCCGAAAACACACAGCCAGGGCAACUAAGGAGUGGCUCCGUAAGAAGCAUCUCAAGGUCCUGGAGUGGCCUAGCCAGUCUCCAGACCUGAACCCAAUAGAAAAUCUUUGGAGGGAGCUGAAAGUCCGUAUUGCCCAGCGACAGCCCCGAAACCUGAAGGAUCUGGAGAAGGUCUGUAUGGAGGAGUGGGCCAAAAUCCCUGCUGCAGUGUGUGCAAACCUGGUCAAGACCUACAGGAAACGUAUGAUCUCUGUAAUUGCAAACAAAGGUUUCUGUACCAAAUAUUAAGUUCUGCUUUUCUGAUGUAUCAAAUACUUAUGUCAUGCAAUAAAAUGCAAAUUAAUUACUUAAAAAUCAUACAAUAAUUUUCUGGAAUUUUGUUUUAAGAUUCCGUCUCUCACAGUUGAAGUGUACCUAUGAUAAAAAUGACAGACCUCUACAGCUUUGUAAGUAGGAAAACCUGCAAAAUCGGCAGUGUAUCAAAUACUUGUUCUCCCCACUGUAUAUAGACGGAGAGAUGGGAAAAAUUAAUAAUGAUACUCAAGCAAUAAACCAGGUACAUGGGCCUAAGUGAGAGCAAUCUAAUAGCCAGAUACAGUAUGUCCGCAAGUCAUCCAAUUAUAUUAAAUGGUGUAAUUUGUGAUUAGGAAAAUGUACACCCGCACGCAAGUCAACUCCAAAGCCGCCACCUCCAGAAUGCGCUGCUGAAUCUUUUUCUCUCUUUUCUUUUUUUCUUCCCGUCCUCCGUAUAGUAAUUGUGUUUCCCUCCGGCAACAGAGGCAGACAAUCGUAUUAAAAGACGAGAACAGGGAGAGGGAGAGAAAGGUGGAGGGAUGAGCGGAGGCUAAUGAUGGAGGAGCUCAAUGCAUAGAGGCCCCAUGCAGGAUAUAGCUGGCAGCUAAUUUUCUCCUACUCCUGCAUACAAUGAAGAGGGGAGCAAGGAAGUCCCGCUGCACUCAGAGAGCCUAGCAUCUUUGAUAUAGAUACCUUAUAUAAAGUUAUUAUACCUGGGAUGUGAAUGUCAGUGAUUCAGGACAUCUAAAAAGAGAACAUGUCAGUAUAUCCAGAAGGACAAUUUCACGACAAAUCCAUGCAUGCUUUCUCACACAAACAGAAAUAACACUGUCUGCAGUGGCUGGCUAUAUGGUGGAUCCAAAUUCUGUUUGAGCUACAGCUACAACUUCCUUAAGCACACAUUUUUUUUAUCAUGUAUUUUGAGUGGCAGCCUUUGUCUUGUGCAUGACCUUCGGGCUUCACAGUUUGUGUUGUGUUAUGUGGUUUUAUGUUGGUCCGGGGUGUGUGUUUGAGUGUGUGUGUUGCCUGUUUCUCCGCACACCAAUGUCUGUUGAUCUCUCUCUCUCUCUCUCUUCUGAUAACCUUUUUCCCUCUCCCGUGUUCUGUUCUCUUACUGUGUGCUGUCUGGAAACUAAGAAAUCACGCAAGGUAAUAAGACAAGUCCCAUCCACCUCCUUAGUCAUAUUUCAUAUCACCAUUUUCAGCUCCAAUUUCAGUUUGCCACUUCUCAUCCACAUGCUCCACCAUGCUCCACCAUACGACAGUUAUUAGACUAUAGAACUGAAAGGGGAAACGGUCUAUAUUUAGUACUACCAUUUCAUACACCGUACCGAAGUAGAGACAUUUGUUAAAGAACUAGGUUUGGCUUUCACCUCAGUCCAUCUGCUGGAGGCGGAAGGAGGGAGGGAGGGAGGCAGUUAUCUUUCUGACCACCAUUGUUCCUGGCAACAAUGAAAUGUCUUCAUUAAGGCCCUUUCUCACCAAGAACGUUAUUUUCGUCUGAAUAAUUGGGACGAUUAUUUUUUUAUAAGAGCACGUCAUCUUUAUGAUGCUGUUCACACCAAUUGCGAAAUAUUGUACUGCCGCAAUCCGUCAAUUAUUUAUUCGGAACAGGUUCGAUUUUUGUGUAUUUUCGCAUGUGAAAAUAAGCUGUUGGCCAAUAGAAAUUGUUAUCUGGGACAGUGCCAGUCAGGCCGCGCCCUGACAGGUCUGUGGGUUCACUGUGUGAAUUAAUUAAUUAAUUAAUUUCUCUCUGCCUGUUUUUUUUUUACAUUUGCAAUGCAUCAGUGCAGCACUGUAUCAAUUUAGCCAAAUUGCUACACGUCGCUCUCGCCAUUCAAACUUCCCCGCCAGUUCAAUGCCAACGAUUUAGCCUAAUUUAUAGCCAUUCAGCAAGCAAGGGGAUCGAUCAAUGCUUCUCUCCUUGAAUAGGCCUAGGUCUAAACAUUUUUUAUUUAAAUACAUUUCAAACUAUAUCGUUGAUCAUUAUCUAAAUAUAGAGGCUACUUGUUCAAGAGCUAGAGAGAGGGGGAAGAGAGGCUGGUGAAGUUACCAGCGGAGAUGUGUGAAUUGCGCAAGGAGUGAAGAAGGAGAUGUGCAAAUUAAGUUACUAUAUGAAUGAAUAAUUUGUAUAGCCUAUACGUUAGGCUAAAUAUUAUAGGCCUGCUAGUGAAUCUAGGCGACCACCUGUGCUAAUAUCUGCCAGAGUUGACCCUUUUCAAUAAGUGGUUGCACAGAUUUAGAUAAAGCACUUACUCAAAUGUAAAAUGUAGUGUUAACAUAACCACCCAUUGCUUCACAAAAAUGUAUCAACGGCUGAUCAUUAGGCUAUGGAUAAGUUGUGUGCAUGUGUUUCUAUUUUCUAAUGGUUGUCAAUUACAUCUUCAUAUAGCCUAUAUCACAGUUGUCUCUAUAUCUCCCCCUUAAAAAUGUCCUCGUCAAUUUAUGUGAUAGGCUACAUUGAUUUAGCAUGAUCCUAUAGACUUGUUUUUAUAGCUUCAAAUCCUUUCUGUAGGUUAAGGCAAGGUUAUUACAGUAAUACGUUUUUGGGAAAGGAGAAAUGUGAUUUGCUUAUAUGUCUGAUUGAGAUGCGCUGCAGGCGGCUGUGAUUGAUGGGUCAUUUUAGGUGGGUAGGUGUGCGUGUAUGAGUUUGCUAAUUCUCUAUGUCCAUUCAGAAAUUUUCCUAAAAUAGGCCUAGCCUGUCUAGACUUAAUCUCUUUAAUCCGACAGAAAGAACUGUAGUCAGCAAAUGUCAUGAUUUACAGCAUAUAUGCGAGGAAUGACGACAGGUUCCAGUUUUGCAUCUCCUCACUUAUUGAAUGAAACGUAGCCAUUCGCCAUUCAUGAUUUUAUUUUUUUAAAGGAUUUCGUUCAUUUUAAAAAUUUGCAUAUAUAUAUAUAUAUACAUACAUACAUAUAAUGUGUGUGUAUAAUAGUGUGUGUGUGUGUUUUUCAUCUGAUAGAUUGUAAAUUACUGUUCUAUAUCUUUACUGUUUUAUAUCAUUAUAUCCUCUUAGUAUGAAUAGAUUGUUUUGAUAUCCUUAGAGAUUGAAAGUAGUGUUAGGUUCAAGCUCUUUGUGUAUGAGAAGUGUAAUUAUUUAGUGAACUAUAGGAAUGUGUGCUCCCAAAGCCUCUCCUGACUGAUAAGAAGUCUUAUGAUAUGCACGGAGAAAUCCUGGGUGAUGGGAAAAGUACUGACGUAUAUCUUUGUGGAAGGGAGGGUGUGAGAGCUAAGGUUAUAAGUGGACACUAUUGAAUGUACACCGUGGGCCCCGUGUAGCUCAGUUGGUAGAGCAUGGCGCUUGCAACGCCAGGGUUGUGGGUUUGAUUCCCACAGGGGGGCCAGUAUGAAAAAAUUUAAAAAAUUAAAAUGUAUGCACUCACUAACUGUAAGUCGCUUUGGAUAAGAGCGUCUGCUAAAUGACUAAAAUGUAAAAAAAAUAUAUAUAAAUACAUAAAUAUACACUACCGGUCAAAAGUUUUAGAACACCUACUCAUUCAAGGGUUUUACUUUAUUUUUUACUAUUUUCUACAUUGUAGAAUAACAGUGAAGACCUCAAAACUAUGGAACCAAAAUAGUGUUAAAACAAAUCAAAAUAUAUUUUAUAUUUGAGAUUCUUCAAAUAACCACCCUUUGCUUUGAUGACAGCUUGGCAUUCUCUCAAAACUUGCCAUAUCAUAAAGUCACUCACUCAGUUACUCACUCGAUCACUCACUCACUUGAUCACUCACUUACUUACUCACUCACUCACCCAUAACGGCGCUGGCAUUACCAACAACACCCAUGCCAUUAAAUAUACUGGUCUGUUAGCAGAGUUAGAGUAUAUCAUUCCAAUUCACUCCUAUUCAGGAGUCUAAUAUGACCUUUCAAAUUGACAGAAGCCAUGUUUAUUAUAUGAUGGCCAAAGUACAACUUAAUAAUAAUGGAUAAUGGACUGGAUGUAUAUAUCCAAAGCGUUUUACAAUGUAAGUGGAAGAAUUGCAUGUCAGCUUGAAUCGAAAUACAAGUAGAGUUGAUCCCAACCCGUGACUCUUCACUUGAGCAUUGCCUUCAGCUAAAGUGGGCACUUAGUCCUUCCCACAAGAGGCAGCCAUAGCUGGGCUGGAGGUGACCCACCUGACUGGGCUCUUGGAGCCCACUCCAGGUGCACCACACAGCCGUGGGGUUAGCAAAGCCCCACUGGCCUCCACUCUCCAGCUUCCAUCUCAGAUAGAAGCACAACCCCAUGCCAGCUCUCUCCACACACAACCCAUGUUUACUUGGCAACUUCCAUAAUUUUUACACCAAUUACCUCAUCUUUUCCCUCUGGUAAUUACUGGCCUACAUAAAAAUAAAGAUCCGCAAUUCUUCCCAAAGAGGGGGCCUGUACUUUCUCCGCAGAAGAAAGAGUUCUGUCGUAAUUGAAGGUAAUUCCCCUGCGGGUUGCUGGAUGAACCUGAUUUCAUGGUCCUCCACUGCACAAAUUAACGUCCAAUUAUAGGCUGUGGCUCGCUCGGCGCCGGAAAGGUCGCCGGUACAAUCACUCAUUCAUUAGAGAGACUUUCAUAAAAAUAACGGCAUCCAUAUCGUAACUCCAGCCGCACCAGCUGACUCUCUUUGUAGCCCUUUUCUUGUGUUUUGUACCAGAUAACGAAUAAUUGACUGGUUGGAGAGUUGCACAGAAAUCAAUUAAGUUUUGUAAUAUAUCAAGUUUAUUGAUGUGGAAAAGUAGGUAGCGCAGUUAUAGUGAAUUGUCCUGCAUGCACUAUAUAGAUAUAUCUUUCAAAGGAUAAAUAUUUUCACUGGGACAGCUAUUAGUCUCAUUGUGCUACAGUCUGUAUGGUUCAACAACAAAAAAACAAGUCUCAUUUGUAUCAAAACAGAAGAGAUUGGUCGGGUGUGGUUCUAAUCCCUGUGGUAGGGUUCUAGACCAUGUGGUAGGGUUCUUGUCCUUGUGGUAGGGUUUUAGUCCCUGUUAUUCUAGAGUUCUAGUCUCUGUAAGGGUUCCAUACCCUGUUAUUAUAGGGUUCUAACACUUGUGUCCUAUCUCCAGAACCAACACACCGCUCUCAACCUGAAGGAGUCUCUGUUUGUGGGUGGUGCGCCUGAUUUCAGCCGGCUAGCGAGGGCCGCCUCGCUCAAAGAUGGCUUCAAGGGGGCCAUUCAGAAGGUGAGUGUCCUGUCCACACACACAAUAUUCACACAAAAGCAGAUAUUUUUUGACAGACACCCUGUUCAAAAGGUUGUGCAAAAGUUUCUAUACAUUUUACCAAUUAUCAACAACUAUAGAUUAUUUCAUUUAAAAUAGGUAGGUAUUUGACAUCUUUUAACUGUGACACAAUGUUGAAUCCACAUUAUACAUGGAAAUAUAUAUUUCGACACGAUUUAGUGAUGGACAACAGCUAUCAUCUGCCUACACAUGAUGACCUUUACAGUGACCCCAACUAUUGUAAGGUCAGCUCUGUCUGAGUGUUGCUUUUAGUGUUGUUGGGCGAGAACUGUACUGACACAGUACCACAGAACGAAAUACAACGCAGUAAAAUCUGUAUCUACAGUUGAAGUCGGAAGUUUACAUACACUUAGGUUGGAGUCAUUAAAACUCGUUUUUCAACCACUCCACAAAUUUCUUGUUAACAAACUAUAGUUUUGGCAAGUCGGUUAGGAAAUCUACUUUGUGCAUGACACAAGACAUUUUUCCAACAACUGUUUACAGACAGAUUAUUUCACUUAUAAUUCACUGUAUCACAAUUGCAGUGGGUCAGAAGUUUACAUACACUAAGUUGACUGUGCCGUUAAACAACUUGGAAAAUUCAAAAAAAUGAUGUCAUGGCUUUAGAAGCUUCUGAUAGGCUAACUGACAUAAUUUGAGUCAAUUGGAGGUGUACCUGUGGAUGUAUUUCAAGGCCUACCUUCAAACUCAGUGCCUCUUUGCUUGACAUCAUGGGAAAAUCAAAAGAAAUCAGCCAAGACCUCAGACAAAAAAUUGUAGACCUCCACAAGUCUGAUUCAUCCUUGGGAGCAAUUUCCAAACGCCUGAAGGUACCACAUCAACAAUAGUACGCAAGUAUAAACACCAUGGGACCACGCAGCCGUCAUACCGCUCAGGAAGGAGAUGCGUUCUGUCUCCUAGAGAUGAACGUACUUUGGUGCGAAAAUUGCAAAUCAAUCCCAGAACAACAGCAAAGGAUCUUGUAAAGAUGCUGGAGGAAACAGGUACAAAAGUAUCUAUAUCCACAGUAAAACGAGUCCUAUACCGACAUAACCUGAAAGGCCGCUCAGCAAGGAAGAAGCCACUGCUCCAAAACCACCAUAAAAAAAGCCAGACUACGGUUUGCAACUGCACAUGGGGACAAAGAUCGUACUUUUUGGAGAAAUGUCCUCUGGUCUGAUGAAACAAAAAUAGAACUGUUUGGCCAUAAUGACCAUUGUUAUGUUUGGAGGAAAAAGGGGUCUGCUUGCAAGCCGAAGAACACCAUCCCAACCGUGAAGCACGGGGGUGGCAGCAUCAUGCUGUGGGGAUGCUUUGCUGCAGGAGGGACUGGUGCACUUCACAAAAUAGAUGGCAUCAUGAGGAAGGAAAAUUAUGUGGAUAUAUUGAAGCAACAUCUCAAGACAUCAGUCAGGAAGUUAAAGCUUGGUCGCAAAUGGGUCUUCCAAAUGGACAAUGACCCCAAGCAUACUUCCAAAGUUGUGGCAAAAUGGCUUAAGGACAACAAAGUCAAGAUAUUGGAGUGGCCAUCACAGAGCCCUGAACUCAAUCCUAUAGAAAAUGUGUGGGCAGGACUGAAAAGGCGUGUGCGAGCAAGGAGGCCUACAAACCUGAUUCCGUUACACCAGCUCUGUCAGGAGGAAUGGGGCAAAAUUCACCCAACUUAUUGUGGGAAGCUUGUGGAAGACUACCCGAAACAUUUGACCCAAGUUAAACAAUUUAAAGACAAUGCUACCAAAUACUAAUUGAGUGUAUGUAAACUUCUGACCCACUGGGAAUUUGAUGAAAGAAAUAAAAGCUGAAAUAAAUCAUUCUCUCUACUAUUAUUCUGACAUGUCACAUUCUUAAAAUAAAGUGGUGAUCCUAACUAACCUAAGACAGGGAAUUUUUACUAUGAUUAAAUGUCAGGAAUUGCGAAAAACAGAGUUUAAAUGUGUUUGGCUAAGGUAUAUGUAAACUUCCGACUUCAACUGUAUAUGUACAGUGCCUGUCGACGGAGCUUCUCCUUGUGUUUCCCCUAGGGGGGUAGUGGGCAUUGCCAAUGGUGCGGUUUUAUAGGCCCUUCUCUUUGCCGCAGAGACAACAUUUAGCAGUUUUAAAUCACAUUUCCUGCAAUUCUACACAUUUUGCCAUGACUUAUGCCGUGUUCUUAUGCCAUCUGAGUGACUCAAACAUUAUAACAAAAUCAACUGGGCAUGCCAUGACAUUUUUGGAAUUUUAGAUUCUCCCUAACUGUCGAGUUUUAAUUUGGGUUAUUGUUAGUUCUCAAAGAUGAUCUUAUAAAAAUAUACACUGAGUGUACAAAACAUUAAGAACACCUGGUGUUUUUUAUGUUUACACUGAACACGUUUUACCAUCCUGAAAAUUACUUAUUUUGUAUCAUAUUCUUCGGAGUGGUGGGGAAACACUGUAGGCAUUCUCUCAACCAGCUUCAUGAGGUAGUCACCUGGAGUGUAUUUCAAUUAACAGGUGUGCCUUCUUAAAAGUUAAUUUGUGGAAUUUCUUACCUUCUUAAUGCGUUUGAGUCAAUCAGUUGUGUUGUGACAAGGUAGGGGAGGGGGGGGGGGGGGGGGUAUACAGGAGAUAGCUCUAUUUGGUAAAAGACCAAGUCCAUAUUAUGGUAAGAACAGCUCAAAUAAGCAAAGAUAAAUGAGAGUCCAUCAUUACUUUAAGACGUGAAGGUCAGUCAAUCCGGAAAAUGUAAAGAACUUUGAAAGUUUCUUCAAGUGCAGUCGCAAAAAGCAUCAAGCGCUAUGAUGAAACUGGCUCUCAUGAGGACCACCACAGGAAUGUAAGACCCAGAGUUACUUCUGCUGCAGAGGAUAAGUUCAUUAGUGUUACCAGCCUCAGAAAUUGCAGUCCAAAUAAAUGCUUCACAGAGUUCAAGUAUCAGACACAUCUCAACAUCAACUGUUCAGAGGAGACUGUGUGAAUCAGGCCUUCAUGGUUGAAUUGCUGCAAAGAAACCACUACUAAAUGACACCAAUAAGAAGAAGAGAGUUGCUUGGGUCAAGAAACAUAAGCAGUGGACAUUAGACCGGCGGAAAUUUGUUCUUUGGUCUGGAGUCCAAAUUUGAGAUUUUUGGUUCCAACCACCGUGUCUUUGUGAGACGCGGUGUGGGUGAACGGAUGAUCUCCGCAUGUGUAUUUCCCACCGUAAAGCAUGGAGGAGGAGGUGUUAUGGUGUGGGUGUGCUAUGCUGGUGACACUGUCAGUGAUUUAUUUAAAAUUCAAGGCACACUUAACCAGCAUGGCUACCACAGCAUUCUGCAGCGAUAAUCCAUCCCAUCUGGUUUGGGCUUAGUGGGACUAUCAUUUGUUUUUCAACAGGACAAUGACCCAACACACCUCCAGGCUGUGUAAGGGAUAUUUUACCAAGAAGGAGAGUGAUGGAGUGCUGCAUCAGAUGACCUGGCCUCCACAAUCCCCCGACCUCAACCCAAUUGAGAUGGUUUGGGAUGAGUCAGACCGCAGAGUGAAGGAAAAGCAGCCAACAAGUGCUCAGCAUAUGUGGGAACUCCUUCAAGACUGUUGGAAAAGCAUUCCAGGUGAAGCUGGUUGAGAGAAUGCCAAGAGUGUGCAAAGCUGUCAUCAAGGCAAAAUAUAUUUUGAUUUGUUUAACACUUCUUUGGUUACUCCAUGAUUCCAUAUGUGUUAUUUCAUAGUUUUGAUGUCUCCACUAUUAUUCUACAAUGUAGAAAAUAGUAAAAAUAAAGAAAAACCCUUGAAUGAGUAGGUGUGUCCAAACUUUUGACUGGUACUGUAUGUUCAGUGCAUUCUGAAAGUAUUCAGACCCCUUGACUUUUUCCACAUUUUGUUACGUUAAAGCAUUAUUCUAAAAUUGAUUAAAUAAAUAAAAUUCCUCAUCAAUCUACACACAAUACCCCAUAAUGACAAAGCGAAAACAGGUUUUUAGAAUUUUUUUCACUUUUAUUAAAAAAUAAAAAACUGAAAUAGCUUAUUUACACAUGGAUUCAGACCCUUUGCUAUGAGACUCGAAAUUGAGCUCAGGUGCAUCCUGUUUUUCCAUGAUCAUCCUUGAGAUGUUUCUACAACUUGAUUGGAAUCCACCUGUGGUAAAUUCAAUUGAUUGGACAUGGAAAGGCACACACCUGUCUAUUUAAGGUCCCACAGUUGACAGUGCACGUCAGAGCAAAAACACAGCCUGCUUGGAGUUUGCCAAAAGGCACCUAAAGACUCUCAGACCAUGAGAAACAAGAUUGUCUGGAGGAAACCUGGCACCAUCCCUACGGUGAAGAAUGGGGGUGGCAGCAUCAUGCAGUGGGGAUAUUUUUAAUUUUUCAGCGGCAGUGACUGGGAGACUAGUCAGGAUCGAGGGAAAGAUGAACGGCGCAAAGUACAGAGCUCCUUAAUGAAAACCUGCUCCAGAGCGCUCAGGACCUCAGACUGGGGUGAAGGUUCACCUUCCAACAGCCCUAAGAACACAUCCAAGACAACACAGGAGUGGCUUCGGGACAAGUCUCUGAAUGUCCUUGAGUGGCCCAGCCAAAAUGUCUGUAGAGACCUGAAAAUAGCUGUGCAGUGACGCUCCCCAUCCAACCUGACAGAGCUUGAGAGGAUCUGCAGAGAAGAAUGGUAGAAAUGUCCCAAAUACAGGUGUGCCAAACUUGUAGCGUCAUACCCAAGAAGACUCAAGGCUGUAAUCACUGCCAAAGGUGCAACAAAGUACUGAGUAAAGGGUCUGAAUACUUAUGUAAAUGUGAUAAUUCAGUUUUUAAAUGUUUAUACAUUUGCAAAAAUGUCUAAAAACCAGUUUUUGCUUUGUCAUUAUGGGGUAUUGUGUAUAGAUUAAUGAGGGAAAAAACACACAAUUUAAUCCAUUUUAGAAUAAGGCUGUAACAUAACAACAUGUGGAAAAAGUAAAGGGAUCUGAAUACUUUCCGAAUGCACUGUUUGUCAGAUGUAUCUCCGAUGUAAGUUGUUUUGCUAGGAUCCCAAGUUGUUCCUGACCAUGUCACCUGACCAGGAAAGACUCUGAACCCUAGUUUUAGCCUUUAGGGUUCUAGUGGAUUUCCAGGUCAGGUAGGUCAUGUGGUCAGGAAAAACUGUGUAUGUGUAUGUCAUUUAUGUCCUAUGUAGGCUACACACUGCACUAAGACAGGUCUAAGUCCCCUCUCCUCUUCUCUAUCCCCCCUCAGAUCACCCUGAUGGGCACGCCCAUCCUGCGGCAGGAGAACGCAUUGCACUCCAGCGACGUGGCCAUGUUCGAGGGCCACCCGUGCAGCCGGGAGCCCUGCCACAACGGGGGUCGCUGCAACCCCCUGCUUGAGAGCUACGAGUGUGUGUGCCUCCACGGCUUCACAGGCACACAUUGUCAGAACAGUGAGUGAACAAUGAUCCUGAAUUCAAUGCAACGUGUAUGUUGGUGUAAUAUUAAUGUCACGCAAGUCUUACAAUGUUUCCCUUUGAAGGUUAGAGUUACCCCUCUGUUUCAUCAUUCUCACCCGUUCGCACACGUUAACACACACACACACACUAACUACACACACGUAUACUUUACCAAACCCAUUAACCUUGGCCGUAUGCCCUACUCUCCCUUUUACUUUAAUUAAAACCAUAAGCGCAUGAACGCUCAUCCCAAUUCAUCACCAUCCACUGCCUUGACUCCAAUUAAAGGAGCCAUGUUUCCUAUUGAUUCAUGUGAUCUCAUCCAAUGUUCCUCCUCCUCUUCCUCGCAGCCAUCUUUGAGAAGUCCGCCGGGGAGACGGAGUCCAUUGCCUUUGACGGCCUGACGUUUAUUGAGUACCACAACGCCGUCACCAAGAGG